AUGGUAACUACCACCCAUUGUGAUGGGCUUCUAUUUGGUGUAAACUUCUCUGUUGUGCAGUUUUCUGUGCACUAUCAUGAUGGAUGUAACAUGCUGGUUGUACACACCCAUGCACUGGAUGUCAAACUGGUAUGUGCUUUUUUCUAUCGGUGUAGCCACAGCCCAGCAAAAAUAGAAUAAGGUUCUACACACUAACCAUUGAUAGUGUUCAGACCAGUGCUCUUUUUUUAGGGGGUACUUUUUAGGGGGCACUUCUCUUUAGUUGUUGUUAAAAAGUGUGACACUUAACUGUAACAACUACAUGGUGAGUACUGGCACCUAUUUUUCUAGGGGGAAAUCACUGGUUCACACCCUUCAAAUUCUGAUCCCUCUUCCAGCUGAUUUAGAACACUUCUGCUAAACUCACUGUGUUCUUCUGUUGUUACAAUCACAUUGUAAUUUACACUGCAAUUUACACAUAGACUUUACACUGGCUUCCUAUUGCACUUUGAACCAACUUUAAGACUAAGGCUGAUUUUUAGAGCUCUCUCCACCUCAGCCCAACUAUAUUUCUUCUACAUGGCUCCCUUACUAUGUGUUCUGCCCAAACUGGUCUGCUAUUGAGCCCCUUUGGUCAUCACUGUCUCUUUCUCCCUUUCCUGCCUGUGUUCCUUAUGCCAUGACACUCUAGAGUAGCCACCCCCUCUCUAGUCAUCAAGCCACUUCCCUUUCAGCAACAGGGUGAGCUCCCAUUGCUCUGUCCCAGCUUCUGCCAACUUAGCAGUUCAAAAGCACACCAGGGCAAGUACAUAAGUAGGUACCACUACUGUGGGAAGGUAAACGGUGUUUCCGUGCGCUCUGGCUUCUGUCACGGUGUUCCGUUGCACCAGAAGCAGUUUAGUCAUGCUGGCCACAUGACCCAGAAAGCUGUCUCUGGACAAAUGCCGGCUCUCUCGGCCUGAAGCAAGAUGAAUGCCGCAACCCAUAGUCACCUCUGACUGGACUUAACCGUCCAGGGGUCCUUUACCUUUUACCUUUACCUUACAUUCUUCUUAUAAAUCUAUCACGUAUGGACACAUUAAGCCUCAUGUGAAAAUGCUGGAGGCUAAAAUCCUGAAUAUAUUUACUUUACUUGGAAGUAGGCCCCAAUCAAUGGGACUUAUUUUGUAUAAACUUGGUUACAGUCACACUGCAAAAGGCCACAAUGGCUAAAUGGCUGCAUAUAUUUAUCUAGAAGUAAGUCCUCCUGACAUCACAGCUCUCCAAGUUGUAUGGUGCUUCCAUUUGCCACAUUCACACUGGUGAAUGUGGUGGGUGCUCCUACCUUGGAGGUUUGUAAGCAGAGGUUGGAGGGCCAUCCACCAUGUAUGAUUUAGUUGAGAUUCCUGCAUUGCAGGGGGUUGGACUAGAUGACCCUCGGGGUCCCUUCCAACUCUUCAAUUCUAUGAAUAUAUCUUAGGUGAACUGCACAACUAAAAUGCACUAUAUCGGAGAAGGUGAAGGAGGAGAGUCUUCCAAGGAGAAAUGCAAUAACCCUGGGUCCUUCCUUCCUUGCGUUGCAUUGGCAUGAUAAUAAUAUCAGCCUAACCCACCCCGCAAGGGCCAACCGCGGGGCUAAAAUGCCGCUGAGGAGGAAAGAUGGGGCAGAAAUGUAAGAAGGCCAAGUACAUUGCGAAGUUCCUUUGGGGUGGAAUCUGCAUCCUACUGAAAGCAGUGGCAGAGCUCCCAUUGCUUUGAGUGGCUCUCGAUUGCACCCUUGGGGAGCAGCACUCAGCCGAUACCUUCCACUCUCAGCAGCAGCCAGCCACCGCCUUGGCUCCAGCGCCUGGAUGAAAAGUACCUGCAAGCUACGAGCCCGACGCGGCUUCGUGUUGCUUUAACACCAGCGCGCGACGCCAUCUACUGGCCAGGAGCCGCAAGUUCCCUGUUUUCCUCCUUCCAAACCAGGGCAAAGAAAUAAUAAUACAUUGGGCUGUGUGGGUAUGUGUAUAAAACGUCCAUCCUUUCUAUGAAAUCAUGAUUUAGCCAGAGCCUGUUUCUAACCCUCCCCUGCCCCCCCCCCCGCCCCGGCUUCUGUGUGUUUUAUUCCCCGACGUUUCCUCCUUUUCGCAGCUCGUUUGUUCAAAGGGAGACUGAAGGUGCGCGCUGCGUGGGAUCGGUGGCGUUGGAAAGGAAGCGUCCUCCUAUCAGGACCUGUGAUCAGGCCUAUGUGGGCUCGAGCAAUCAGUUUCCCAGAUUACUUGUAUUUAAUACACAAUGCAUCAUAAAACAAAUCCCUCAUCCUGACAGGAAGAAAAUAGAACAGCUCAUAGCUCGAGCUGCUCCAAUUUAUGGCUAAAUUUGAAAAAAAGAAAAAGGAAAAAAAAGGAAGGAAAGAGAAUGAGGAGGCUCCAAGAAUGGCACCAAAUUGCGCGAAGGCAGGAAAUCAAUAAGGACAGCAAAAUCGGGACCUGGGGAGACUCCCGAACUUAACCUUCCCGUGAAAGAACCUUGGGACGUAUCUUCUGUGAGAAGAUGUUAUUUACAAAGCGUUUGGUUUUGCCCAACUGCUGGGCGGGAGGGUUUUCUUCCUCCCCCCCCCCGCCCCUCCUGGAACAAUAGCCAUUAUCUGAAAUAACAGUUCAAUGUCACAGAUAACAGGCCUCGGAGACGAAUUAAUCAUCAUCUUUUGUCACUUUCUCCUCCGGCCCCCGAUGGCCCCGCCCUCCCCUCUCCUAAUCUAUAAAGUGAGAAUUUGAUUUGCACUUUUAAAAAAAGAAAAGUUGAGUGGCACCGGGAGGCGAAGUGCGGGGUUUCCUCCCCGAUGUUUGUACAUGUUCGCAUUUACGAGACGUUAGCUGUGUAUCCAAGCGCCACACACCCCUGUGAGCGAGCCGCGCCUGCUCCCCCUCUUCAUUAAUCAGGCUCCCUCUUGCACGUUUAUGUACGUGUGUAUGUGGCAGACGCGCAUCGCGGCUCAUGUUCAUCGCAAUUCUUCUGAAUCUGCAUCAAACCCAGAGCUGAAGUUGAACUCGCUGAGAAUCUGCUGACUUGGGUCCGCGACUUUGCUCUGCUUAAACCGCUUUGCUGUCCCAAUAUGUUUCAAAUACAGAAGCCAAGACAAUAUCAGAGGGAGAGAGAAAAUUAUUAAUCCUGCAGCUAACUAGCUCGCCCUUUCAUUCGCCAAUUUUGUUUAAAAACAAUGGACGCUGUACUUGAUGCUGUUUACGUGCUACAUUCCCCAACCCUCCCCAAAACGUAUAUUUACGAUUACCAUGGUCGUGAUGUGAUAUGUAGGAAAGUCUCAAGAGGAGCCAAAAUACAUCUUAACUAUUUGUUUUCUAGGUUUUUAUGGGAGAAAGCUUUUAGCUUCAGAGCUGUUUAGAAACCUGUACCAGAAAUCUACUAACGAAGUCUCAAAAUUAGAAGGCUGAUAACUCCAGCCACACUACUCAUUUCUCCCUAGUAAAGUGUCUUGCGAAGCACAGAAAACGGUUGUGAGAUGGGGGAAAGCCGUUUGUUGAGGACUGCGUAAAGGUGGCAAAUGUAGAAUUUUAUUAACCUCUCUUCUGCUUAGGGGAGGUGGAAAUGAAUUUAUAUAUCUCUUUAUAGAUCAGUCACACCCUUAGAGCCAUUGGACCAACCAGUUUUCGCUUUUCUAAGUAAACAAACAAGCCCACUUAUUAAAAUACUGAACUUCAACUCAUUUCGUUAUUGCUACCGAUACUAAUUUGCAAAAGAGCGAGAGAGCUGCUGAUUUGUGUAAAACUCUCCCUAAAUAAACAUUCCCAGAGAAAGCGCCGCGUUAAGGGAGCUGCACUUUCUCUGAAUACAACAGAAACAAAAAAAAAUGAGGUGGCGAUGGGGUUUCUUUUCCCCCUUUCCCCCUUCCCUGCGAAAGAAAAAGGAGGGUGGAGAGGAGUAAAGGGGGGGGGGCUCCUUCCGUCCAAGAUCUCCCCAUUGGCCGGUGAUUACAUGGAUGAAACUGACAUGUUUAAAGGGGACGGGCGCAUCCGUAAUCAGUCUGCCUGGCUAGGACUUCUGUCUGGGCGACCUUCUUGUGACCUCUCUCGCCAGAGGAGGCUGCUGUCACUUUAAAAAUUUACUGAAAGAGGAGCCUCUGUCUGGCUUCCGAUCGGCGAAGAGGUGGAGAGGGUGGGGGGAGAUACCUCUCCUCUCCUCUCUCUUCCCCCCCCCACUAGCCGGAGAGAACGCCUUCUCUCAUUAAAGAGACAGCUCAUGAAAGAGAACCGCCUGGCGGCUGAGGGUUGCAAGAAGGGAUCUGGGGAGGUAGUUUUUAAAUAUAUAUAUAUUUUUAAGCGCGCGCGGGGUGGGGGUCCUUUCCAAUGAGAGUCUGCGAUGGGAAAAGAAGCUCUUAGGUUUGAAGAGGUGUGCAGUGUGGGGAGGGGAAACCUCGCUCUUCCCCCCUUCUUGCCCCCCCUUACACACACUCUCUCGCUCAAACCCUUUUCUCUCCUCCCUUGUGAUCAAGCGGCAGAGAAGUGAAAAGGAAGUUAUUUUCUCGCUCUUUCUCUCCCUCCCUCUCUUCCCUCCGCCUCCCCCCCCCCAUAACUUUCUUGACGCAACACACACACUCACACACGCCCUGCAACCCCCGAGCAGCCGGAGGGCAAGCGAGGCGAUGGGAAGAAAUUAACACGCCGGGCUCCGAAUCAAUGGGGACAAUUAAAGCAAUCGGCGCGCGUCUCCUGGCCCCCCCGCCGCAUCCCCGCCGCUUCCAAGCCCCGCCACCAGCUCCCUUCCUCGCCACUUUCGCAUUGAAUAUCGCGCACACAUACACACACCCUACCCCGCAAUAACGACCCCCGCUGCCACCACCGCGCCCCCUCAAGGACCCGGAGAAGUUUCCAGGCGAGGAGAGGGGGAAAAAGUUUUCUCCCCCCCGAUCCCCCCCCCCAAAUGCCGGAGAAGGAAAUCGGACGCUGCAGGAGGCAAGUCAGGAAGCUGCGCCUGCGGGACUCCACCGGGUUGCAGAGGCGACACUCUUCUUUGGAGAGCAGCGGCGGCGAAAGGGCGUGGGGGGGGGGUGCGCGCGUGCAAGCGAAGUCAGGGGGGGCGGAUCUCCUCUUGAGAUGUUGCUGGCAGCUGCCUGAAGGAUUGAUUGCCUCUGCUGUUAUUAUUUCAUUAUUAUUUUGCAAUACGCCGCCCUCCUUUUUUUUUUCCUCCCCUCUCCCACUGAAAGGAAGGGGUUUUGGGAAGCAGCGGACCUAGUGAUCUGAGCUGGGCCAAGGUAAGAGGAGCCGUUGCCAGACGAUCGCUCAAGCCAGCUAGUCAUAACAACAACAACAAAAGUGUGUUUCCAUGUGGCCCGGGCACUUUCCCCCUCGCCUCUCUCUCUCUCCCUCGCUCCUUCCCUCCCUCGGUGGCGCGCUCUCGCUCUCUCUCUUUCCUGGGUUCCUUCCCCAGCCCCCUUUGCAGAUUCCACUUGCAAAGAAAACAGAAACAAACCUUAAGCUGCGAUCUUCCUCCCCGCGCGCUCAGCGGCUCUCCUCUGUCUCCGGGGCAGAGGGACGGGGCGGGGGGCAGUGCGAGAUGCGUGUCCGGGAUGGGUGGUGGGGAUGCCUGUCUGGCUGUCCCAGGUAAGAUGGAGCUGACCCAGAUCGAGAUACUUGCCAAGCAAGAUUUGGCCUCAGGUAAAGGUUACUUUAGCCAUGUUGCUGUAGUAGUCGCGGGGUGCGGAGAGUGAAAGAGCAGGCAUCUGCAAUUGCAGGUUUGUUGUAUCACUGUUUCUGCAGUUAUUUCAGAAGUAAAUAAAUUAAAUGUGAAACGAGAAUAAAUGGUACGUGGCUCUCGGAGCGUUUGUUGCAUUUUCAAUAGGCUUUAAGUGUUGCUUUUAAGGAUAUUUGAGGAGGAGUCAUGUCGCAACCAUACCUCUGCUUUACUUAAUCUUCCAGACAGAGUGAGGAGUUCUAUAUCUUUUUUUUCCUUUUAAAAAUAACCAGCAGGAGUUAAGCUUAGAAUAUUCCACGAAAAAAAAGGCAAAGCACUCACUUGACAUCAGAUCGGGUAAGGAAGGAGGCAAGCAGGGGAAGCGAGCGAUGUUAAGCGCACUAAGUUUUACGUCUCUACCGAAAGUGCACCAAAAUGUUAAAACACAACGGCUGAAAGAAGGAAAAAAAGAGAAACAAACUUAAAACCCUGGACUUGAACUUUACACUUCAAUAGCUGAAUUAAUUCAUUGGUGACAGUUGGAGUUGAAAGGAAGUCAACACGAAAACGAAUUAUAUAUAAAGGAAUUAGGUGUGGAGCUGGGAAGCUUUUCCUUCUUCCUCUCCACGUGCCUCCCCCCCUCUCUCCUCGCCACAUUUCCCGGAGCUCUCUUGAUUAAUUUACCUUCUGAACUUUGUAUGGACAUCUGAACCGUUGGAUCGCUUAAUAAAUUUGUGGGAAGAGAAAGGAGUCAGAGGGUUUGCGUGUAGAGGGAAACAAGGGCUUGGAAGCAAGGCUCAUCUUCUUCCCAUAACCUUUUAUUUUCCCUCUGCCUUGAGUUUCAGAAAGGGGUCCGAAUCAGCGAGCACUGGCCCUUGCAACCAAGCGUCUGCUUCUGCUUCUUUGCUUUCUGCCAGAUCUCAGUGCCAUUUUUUUUAACCGAGGACACCAUAAGGAAUCUGCUUUGGAAACAAGUGUUUGUCAAUUGUACACCACCGCUGAAAGGGCUGGUUUUUAUUUUGUUUAUUUUGUUUUCUUCCCCGUGACCCAAUUGGAGGCUCAGGUGAUGAGGUGAGGUUAGUGGGGUCAAGGUUAGUUUCAUACUCUGGGAUGUGAGACUUGGCGACUCAGAAGUCACAUUUUCUUUCCCUAUGCAAUGAAGAUUUUUGACCAGAGUGUUUACCAUUGCGUAUGUAAAGAAUCCAACACCUAGUUCACCUAGUGAGAUUGACUUUGAAGUGACUUCCCCCCUGGCAAUCUCUCUCUUUUUUUUUUGGUGCAUGGCUCUUUCUUUUAGCAAAUGAAACUGGUGGUACCCUUGUUGCUCUUAAGUGCCUCACUGGUUAACAAAACACAUGAGAGGCACUUUCUUCGUACCUCUUGCUUUGUGCCCUCUGCUUUGUCCUCUUGAAGUUUGUGGGGAGUUAAUGAUCUAAAGCUACUUCUGGGUGAUUACCUGAACUCUUUGCUAAAACUGCUCUAGGGCUAUGGAAAUGUGCCCUCCAACUUUUGUCUUUAACCUUCAGGUGGACCUAGAUAAGGCAGCUUUCCCACUGGGUUCAUUUAAUUCCUGAUUUGGAGCUGGUAGACCAGAUUGUUUGGUCCUUGAUAGGAAACUUCCUUUAAGUUUUCAUUAGCUAAAAUGAUAAAUAAUACCAGGACGUUCAGUUUGGCGGCCAGAACUGUUUGUUGUGGAUCUGAACAUGUGUUCAGAUUCUUUCUCUGCAGUUUCUUCCCCUUUCGGUUCUUUUCAAACACACUUUGUAUUGGGGUUUUUUUGGUUUUAAAAAACCUUCCACUACCAGCUGGUUAGCAUGCUUGCCGUAAGAUAGGGGAAAUGUUUUAAGAUGUAUAUUUUCACUUUAAAUAUUGCUCAGUUGAAACCUCAGGUUAGGCCUGUAUGCUGGCAAUUUGUGAAACUGCAUGUAUAAUAAUUAGCCAGUUAUCAUAAUAUUAUUCUUAUAGGACGGUGUUUAUAAAGUAACCACCAGCAAUCACAUUAAGUUUGUUUAUUAUCCACAUAUCUGAAACCAUUUAGGGGCAUGUGCUGAACAUAGCCACAUUUCGAGCAAGUGUUUACAUUUUAUUGCAUUUAUUUUCUUUGGUGUGGCACAAGAGGCCCUAUUAUUAGCCAAAUCCUGCAAUUUGCUUUGAUUAAAGAGUUGUGAUUCAAGGUUUGCAUAUGAGAGGGAUAAAUGGAACAUUAGGAGAAAAUUAAUUCCUUGAAACCUAAACUUUAUUUAGUAUAGACUUUUGAACGGAAAAGGCUUUAUUAAAGAUGGUAAACACAGAAUGCUAAAGGGCAACACCUUAUAUGUGGUUAAUCAUUUUUGCAUCUGUUUGCUGAUUAACAAGUUAACAUUUCAUAAAAAUGAUUGAAAUCAUGACUGUUCCCUAAGCUUGCAGCACUUAAUUAAUAUGUUCUUAUAGUGAUUAUUCCACAGCAUUUUGAUUCUACAAAACAUGUUGGGGGGAAUGCUCUUACAAUAGAUUGAUUGCUCCUUUAAUUAUUAGGCUUGUUUGAGCUAAUCAUUUUUGUGAAGUCUACUGAAGAAACCUAUUUGUUUGUUUGAAGAGCUGGGAUUUCUUUUUAAUUAGUACAACUCGGACAAGAAACAAAACAAAACACAACAUCAAUUUAUUGUUUUGUAUUCUUUUCUUUCUAGAUCUUGGAUGAGUAUUACAAUGUGAAAUUCUGCAUUGAUGCCAGUCAGCCAGAUGUAGGAAACUGGCUGAAGUAUAUCAGAUUUGCUGGAUGCUAUAAUCAGCCCAACCUUGUUGCAUGUCAAAUAAGUGAUCAGGUAUGUAGUGAACAUUUACUGGACUUACUUUUAAGAGCUUUAUGAUAUCCUUGGGAGGAAAAAAACAGAAUAGCAGCCAACCUAAAGUUGUGGACGGUGUGGUCUAUUUGCUGUUUAAGCGUACAUAAAUUGAAAAGCACAGAUGCGAAAAGCAGAACAGAGGUGGUGGUGGUUGCUUUUAAAGCAGCAACAGCAUAUGUCUCCCCUAAUGUUUGUCCACUUAUCCUUAUCCUUUUUAUGUCAAGCAUGGGUCAUGAUCUUUAUAUCACCCAAACAUAUUUGAAGUGGAUAUAUUCCUCUUUGUUGCUAAUAUUUUCUAGCUAAUUUUCUGGUCAAAUAGGGCACCCAGUUGUCAAGUUGUAACUUGUGAAAUACUCUUUUGUAUCAAUCUCAGUGAAGAAAGGUGUAAUAAUAACUUCUCAAAUAUCCUCUAUCAGCUACCUAUCAAUAUCCAGACAUAUUUUCCCAGUCAUUGCACAUUUUAUACCCCUCUUUCUGAAAUAAAUAAUAUCAUUUCCCAUUUUUUCCUUGGUAAUUUACAGCAGUAGUAGAAAUUUCAAUCUGUAUAGGAAUGGGAUGUUAAUUACAUUUGUUCCUUUAAAUAGCACUUCUGGAAUGCAGCCAGAUAAAAUAAUGAAGGACAUUUUGCUUUGAAACAGUAUAAUGCUGUAUUAUUCAUCUUUGCAUCCCCUCUUCUCCAGGCUCUGCUUAACUUGUACAUAAAUGUAAAAUAAAUACAAUAAUGUGAUUUUAAAAAUGAAUGUAGUUAGAGGAUUUGAGGACCAUUGACUUUUAAAGUAAACACUAAACUGGUUAGAGCAGGGGGCUAUGGAUUAUGUUAAUAUUUGAUGUCAAUAAAAGCAGUGCAAUCCUAUUAAUGUCUACCGAGAUGUAACCCAGGUAAGCAUGCACAGGAUUGCAGCCUAAAUCGGGUAGGUUGGUUAUAACAUUGAUUAUAAUUGCCUUGGCAUGACAGGGUAAAAGAAAAGAAGUACACACAAAGUACACACAAAGUUUCAAUUACAAACAAUUAUUUUCAGUGAAAUUAUUUACCUUGAUAUACUCAGUGUUUUUAUGCUCUGCCCUUCGCAGAAUUUCACAUAUUUACAAAUAACACAAGCAAAAUCUUUUCCAAAUUGGGGUCAGAUAUCUUCAAGCCCUGACUUCUUAAAGCCUCCAUAUUAAAGGCAUAGAAGAUUGAGCAAACAGAAUUGGCCACUAUUGGUUUUUCUUGCCGACCACAUGGUUCAAGUAAAGAAGCAAUAAAGGCCAUUAGCAAAUGAAAUAUACAUUUUGAAAGUUGCAGUCUGGUUUGCAGAGAAAAAUGAUCCAUCCUGAGAUUGUGCAGCCGCUUACAGAAAGGAAACGCCAGUGUUGUGCUCAAUUUAUUUUUACAUAUAGUAAAGCUUGACUGGGGAAAAAGAAAGUGAAUUUAGUAAAUAAAUCCAAAUGGAUUUAAGGGGGCAAUUGCUAAGGGCUUGCAUCUUGAUAAUGUUCUAAAAAUAACAAAACAUAUGUCAGAUUUAAACAGAAAUAUGUUUAAAACAUCUAACACUUGCUCCAACCUAUGCACACAGUUUGGAAUUAACAUCACAGAACUUGUUACUUUUUAAUGUUUACAUUUUUCACAGUUGGUAAUGGCACCUGUACUACUGCCAACAAGUUCUUUUCCUAAUCCACUGGAGAGGUAUUUAUUUUUGCACCAUCCUGCACCGUUUGCAAAUAUAUAUUUAUAUAACUGAUUGUUCUUCAAAUCUGCAAAUGAAAAAACCACUUGCCCUUUGUGUAGUACACUGCACAAGAUACGCAAGGAACAUGAAAAAUAGAUUGAAAGUUAAUUCAUAUCUCUUUACAUGGUCAACAAUUACACAUACCUAUUCUAGUACUUAAUAGCAUGGGCCACAGGCCACCAAAUACUAAUAUCAUAAACACAUGAUUGGAACUCGGUCCCUUUACUUCAAAGUAAACCUGUUUAGAGUCAAGGCACAAGUUGGUAAAUGUCAUCUCAAGCCUUAAAGUGAGCUUUCCAUGCGGCAAGCCGCCUCUUCCAUUGUUUUACCUCAAAGUGGGAGAGGUAAAAGUAAAUUAGGACAGAUCAAACUGUGAAAUUGAUAUUGUGUGUGUAUAGAUGGAAACUCUCGAAAGGGUGUUUUUUCUGCAUAUAAUGUGUAUGGAUACACAUCACUCUGGGUUCUAGGCAGUCCCACACACCACAAGGAAACCUCUCUGAUAAGGCAUUAAAACGGAGAGAAUACAUCCAGAAUUUGCAGAUGACUAGAGAGAAUUUGGUUUGCAUUUUCAGGAGGUCCUAGGAAGCAUAGGUAUGGCCACGCAGUGCUAAAAACAAGACUUAAAAAGCUGACUGGAACCAUUUACCAUAUCUGUUGUUUCACUCUGUUUCUCCAUGAGGAAUAAGGCCUGCCAGUUGGUGAAUUAGUCCUACUCAUCGCCUAAUGAACACCCCAGUUGACUGAGAUAUAUUAUUAACUAUUGAGACCAAGGACAGCAGUACUUGAUCAGCAGUAAUUGUGUUAACCUCUAAUUACCUCAAAUUACCUGCCAGAUUCAUUAGCAAAUGCUGUACUUUAUCUGGGACAGGGGAAAGUUGUUGCUGUCAGUGUGAUGAAACAAGGUCGAAUUCACAUUUAUAGCGCUGAAGGCAAGAUAAACUGAAAGACAGACAUGAGCCCUAGACUGCUGGAGGGUUUCAGCUGGGUCUCCAGCCUUUACAAUCUAGCCACUCAGCAGAGCCUUUAUCAUUUAACACCUAGGGAAAGAAAAACAACUUUUUGCUGUUGUCUAUGCUUAAGCCUUUCUUUUUUUAUUUGUCAAAGUGCUUUGCUUCCCUUCUUCCACUGUCCUCCCCCCCCCCCCCGUUUUCUUGUCUAAGGUCAGAUUUCAUCACUUUGGAACAACUUUACAAAAGGUCUGGGUUCCUUCUUAUAACUAUAUAAAUAAGCCCUACUAAGAUGAACAGCUCAAGAAUAAUGGGAUGCAGUCAAAACAUGUAUGCUGAGAGCAACUCAUAUUUCAUUUGAUUGGAUGUAGAACAGGACUUUUAAGACUGGAUGGGGAUAGAUUCCUUUUCCCCUCCCAAUAAAGUUGAUCUAGAAUUUCCCAGCGCUGUCCUAUUAUCUCCUGUCAUGUCUAAUAAGUCUUAAAAGUAUGUAAUUCAAGAUGUUUGCAAAUAAUGAAUUCCAAAUACUGUGCAAUAGGUUGUUAUAUUGGUUGUCGUCCCCCACCGUUCCAGGGUACUACCGUUCUUUACAGUGUGCUGUCUAUAGGAUCUUGUCAUCCGUGUUUCUCAGUGGAAUGCAUUUUUUUGCGGGGGUCAGUUUGGACUUGACAGUAGCUUGAGCAAAAUUGGUAAAAGUUUCUUAUUGUGUUUUAGGACAAGUCUGUAUGUAUCUUUGCAUACUAAACCUACUUUCUUACAGUUUACCAGUCAUUGGUUUGUAACAAAUCUGUGUCUGCUUCACAUAGGUUUUCAUGACUGAUUGAAUACAAGUUUGUUUUCUCUUUUUUUAAGGGAUACAGUAACUUUAUUAAUAUAUACUGAAUUUUGAGAUUUGGAGAACUGUAGCCUUGAAGAGAUUGGUUUGUGUGAGACAGUUUGAAAGUACAAAUUUGUGGUAUCUUAAUGUUUAAAUAGCUGUUUUCCAGGUGGUAGUAAAUUAUACAUUCUUUAUGUUACGGUUUCCAGAAUUCUCAAGGGAAAUAGAGCAGUCCCCAUACCUCAUGGAAGUAGACAGCUUAUACUGGUGUUAUAGUACAUCACUACAUUUUUUUCAUCAGCCAUAAGACAAGCGUACCUGUUUUUAUCCAGCACAUAUUGGAAGGGUAUGCAUGAUGUUGAUCCUAAAAACACAAAAGUUUAAGCUUAAAAGAAUUGAAACCAAACCUCAUGGAAAAGAGAAAUGUUAAAUUACAGUCGUGGAUAUUUCACAGUCUGAUCCUCUGCAUGUCUGUUUGGAAGUCAGUCACACUGAAUUCAGUGAGUGGGAAUUCAUAUUUACUCCUGAGAAAGUAUGUAAUCCUAAGCGCGCAUACUAGGGAGCAAUUCCAAUUGAGAACAAGUUUAUGAUUGUACUGUAAAAUAUAACUAUAGCGAAGUCAUUUUUUAUUAUUAUAAGAUAGCAGAAUGUUCCAUAAGCUUCAACUAGGCCAUUGACUGCUUUUUGAAAUCCAGUAAGGGGGCAUGCAACAUUUUAAAUAUUAAAAACAUAUGUAUUAUGUGUGUAUUUAUAUAACCCUAAAUUUCUUCAUAUGAUGGAGAAUCGUGAAAAUAUGAAAUGCAUCUUUAGUUCUCAUGCCAAAAUUAGACUAGUAGAUGGAUUUUAGCUUGCUUUGUAUUACAAAGACCAUGUUUUACUACACCUGGUUUUGUUCUACUGGGAAUAAACAUGGUAGGGCUAUUAUACAGUCAAACAAGUAUAAUACAACUAUUAAAUGUUUUUUUAUCAAGUUCCUUCCAUUAUUUUAAAACACUAGUGCAUUUGCUUUAAAUAGUUUUAAAACACAUUGCUUACACACACAAACACAGGCCGCCUAUUUAAUUAAUAUUUUGUAAUUUUGAAGUUACAUUUAAGCUAACCUUAUAUUUGCAGCAGCUUCAUUCUAUGGCUCAAGUCUGCCAACAACUGCUUACAUUCAGCCUCAUCCACAUAUAUUUGAAUUUAAGCAGUUUGCCCGAGGCAUUUUCUUACACAUGAUGGGUAUGAUCCGGCAUGUGUGCAAGUCCAUUUUUUCACUGGGUUCUUGACUGCGGUUUAGGAUUGGGAGUUUAGCCUGAAUACAGUCCUCUGGACAGUGCUGCUGCUCUUAGUAAGUCAACUCAGGAAAAAGUGGGUUGUAGGUUUCAGUAGUCUGCUGACCCAACUGCCUUGAAACCAGCAGUUCCACAACGGCUUUUUCUAGUGACUGUUUAUGGUAUAAUAUGUAGAAAUGGCACUAUGUACUCACAAGUACAUGUAUCCUGUAAACUAUUUGGAAGUUGUACUGAUUUGCAUACAUAGUUAAAUUUAUUACGUGUGAUUUAGCAAGCAAACAAACAUUUGGACCAAGAGUAGGCAACAUUAAGACGAAAUCUGAAUCUAAUUUUCCACGAUUAAUUCCCACUGCCCCAACUGAGGAAGUUAUGUUCUGUUGUCAGGCCAAUUGGGGAGAGAUCAUCAGGGGGUUUGGGCUGGGUGUUCAUCAGUAUGCGGAUGAUACCCCGUUCUACUUUUCUUUUAAAUCAGAACCAAUAAAGGCAGUGAAGGUCCUGUGUGAGUGUCUGGAAGCGGUUGGAGGAUGGAUGGCGGCUAAUGGAUUGAGGUUGAAUCCUGACAAGAUAGAAGUACUGUUUUGGGGGGACAGGAGGCGAGCAGGUGUGGAGGACUCCCUGGUCCUGAAUGGGGUAACUGUGCCCCUGAAGGACCAGGUGUGCAGCCUGGGAGUCAUUUUGGACUCACAGCUGUCCAUGGAGGCGCAGGUCAAUUCUGUGUCCAGUGCAGCUGUCAACCAGCUCCAUCUGGUACACAGGCUAAGACCCUACCUGCCUGCAGACUGUCUCCCCAGAGUGGUGCAUGCUCUAGUUAACUCCCACUUGGACUACUGCAAUGCGCUCUACGUGGGGCUACCUUUUUUUUUUUUUAAUAAGAUAUUUAUUAAGAUUUUCAGAAUAUUACAAUAUAAAAAAAGAAAAAUGCAAAAUAAAAAUAAUUAAAAACAAUUCAUUCUUUCCAUUACUUAUCCUUCAUUUGCUUAUUUCCCGGACCUCCUCACGCCUCCCUUUUUUGUAUUCCAGUUCAGUUUGUUAGUUCAGCAAAUCACUCCCCUCUUUAUAUAUCCUAGUCGUUAAUCAUACAGUAUUGUAGUUUUAAAUUUUUACCUUUUAAUAAUCCAUUUUUUCAUAUUCCCUUAUAACAUUUCAGCUAAAGACCACUUAGUUUCUAUCCAACAUCAUUCUAGCAUUCAUUAAUUUUGCAAUAUUUCUGUAAAUAGUCUUUAAACUUUUCCCAAUCUUCUUCCAUCGACUCUUCUCCCUGGUCUCGGAUUCUGCCAGUCAUUUCCGCCAGUUCCAUAUAGUCCAUCACCUUCAUCUGCCAUUCUUCCAAGGUGGGUAGAUCUUGUGUCUUCCAAUACUUUGCGAUAAGUAUUCUUGCUGCUGUUGUAGCAUACAUAAAAAAAGUUCUAUCCUUCUUUGGCACCAAUUGGCCGACUAUGCCCAGGAGAAAGGCCUCUGGUUUCUUCAAGAAGGUAUAUUUAAAUACCUUUUUCAGUUCAUUAUAGAUCAUCUCCCAGAAAGCCUUAAUCCUUGGGCACGUCCACCAAAGGUGAAAGAAUGUACCUUCGUUUUCUUUACAUUUCCAACAUUUAUUAUCGGGCAAAUGGUAGAUUUUUGCAAGCUUGACUGGUGUCAUGUACCACCUGUAUAUCAUUUUCAUAAUAUUUUCUCUUAGGGCAUUACAUGCCAUAAAUUUCAUACCUGUGGUCCACAACUGUUCCCAGUCAGCAAACAUAAUAUUAUGUCCAACAUCUUGUGCCCAUUUAAUCAUAGCAGAUUUCACCGUUUCAUCCUGAGUAUUCCAUUUCAACAGCAAGUUAUACAUCUUUGACAAGAUCUUAGUUUUGGGUUCUAACAGUUCUGUUUCUAGUUUUGAUUUUUCCACCUGGAAGCCAAUUUUCUUAUCCAAAUUGUAUGCCUCCAUUAUCUGAUAGUAAUGAAGCCAGUCUCGCACUUUAUCUUUUAAUUUCUCAAAACUCUGCAAUUUCAAUUUGUCUCCUUCUUGUUCCAAGAUUUCCCAAUAUUUCGGCCAUUUGGCCUCCAUAUUGAGCCUUUUCUGAGCCUUUGCUUCCAUUGGUGACAACCACCUUGGGGUUUUGUUUUCAAGUAAGUCCUUAUAUCUUAUCCAGACAUUUAACAAUGCUUUCCUAACAAUAUGGUUUUUAAAUGCUUUAUGUGCUUUAAUUUUGUCAUACCACAGAUAUGCAUGCCACCCCAAAACAUUAUUGAAACCUUCUAAAUCCAAAAUGUCUGUGUUCUCAAGAAGCAGCCAUUCUUUCAACCAGCAGAAUGCUGCUGAUUCAUAAUAAAGUUUGAGGUCUGGCAGGGCAAAUCCACCUCUGUCCUUUGCAUCAGUUAAUAUUUUAAAUUUUAUUCUGGGCUUCUUGCCCUGCCAGACAAAUCUAGAAAUGUCUCUCUGCCACUUCUUGAAACAGUCCAUUUUGUCCAAGAUUUGCAAUGAUUGAAACAAAAAUAACAUUCUUGGCAAUACAUUCAUCUUUAUAACAGCAAUUCGACCUAACAAGGAAAGCUUCAAAUUUGACCAUAUCUCUAGAUCCUUUUUCACUUCUGACCAACAUUUCUCAUAAUUGUCUUUAAAUAAGUUUAAGUUCUUAGCGGUCAUGUUAAUCCCCAAGUAUUUUACUUUCUUAACCAGUGUUAAACCUGUCUCCUUCUGAAACCUCUCUUUCUCAAUCGGUGUUAAAUUUUUCUCAAGCACCUUAGUUUUUAACUUGUUCAACUUAAAUCCUGCCACAUGACCAAAUUCCUGAAUCAAUUCUAAUACUCUUUUAGUACUAGAUUCUGGCUCCUGUAACGUCAAUACUAAAUCAUCUGCAAAAGCUUUCAAUUUGUACUGUUUAGCUCCGACCUGUAUACCUUUAAUCAGACGGUCCCUUCUAAUCAUAUUUAGCAGAACCUCCAGGACCGAAAUAAAAAGCAAUGGGGAAAUUGGGCAGCCUUGUCUUGUCCCUUUCUCUAUCUUAAAUUCCUCUGUCACCACAUUGUUAACUAUUAGUUUAGCCUUUUGUUCUGAGUUGAUUGCACUUAUACCAUUUUCAAACCCUUGACCGACCCCCAUCCCCUGAAGAUUUUUCUUCAUGAAGCUCCAAGAAAUAUUAUCAAAGGCUUUCUCCGUAUCUACAAAAAUUAAAACAGCUUUAGUAUUAAUAUUCACUUGCAACAUCUCCAAAAUGUUGAUUAUAUUCCUCGUAUUGUCAGACAAGUGUCUACCCGGGAGAAAGCCAGCUUGGUCUUUAUGUAUCUCCUCCACUAAUACUUUUUUUAACCUUUUAGCCAAAAUAUCUGCAAAGAUUUUCUAAUCCACAUUAAGCAGGGAUAUGGGGCGGUAGUUCUUAAGUUAUGUCUUUUCAGACUCAUUUUUCGGUAUUAGUGUCGUAUAAGCUUCCUUCCACGACUGGCGCUUUUUUCCCCUCCAAAAUUUCGUUACAAACCUCCUUUAGUGGUUGAAUUAUCCAAUCCUUCAAAGACCUAUAAUAUUUUGAGGUUAGGCCAUCUGGCCCUGGAGAUUUGUACGUGGGGCUACCUUUGAAGGUGACCCAGAAACUACAACUAAUCCAGAAUGCGGCAGCUAGACUGGUGACUGGGAGCGGCCGCCGAGACCGUAUAACACCAAUCCUGAAAGACCUACAUUGGCUCCCAAUACGUUUCCGAGCACAAUUCAAAGUGUUGGUGCUGACCUUUAAAGCCCUAAAUAGCCUCGGCCCAGUAUACCUGAAGGAGCAUCUCCACCCCCAUCGUUCUGCCCAGACACUGAGGUCCAGCUCUGAGAAUCUUCUGGCGGUUCCCUCACUGCGAGAAGUGAGGUUACAGGGAACCACGCAGAGGGCCUUCUCGGUAGUGGCACCUGCCCUGUGGAACGCCCUCCCAUCAGAUGUCAAGGAAAUUAACAACUACCUGACUUUUAGAAAACAUCUGAAGGCAGCUCUGUUUGGGGAAGUUUUUAAUGUUUGAUUCUAUUUUUAAUAUUCUAUUGGGAGCCGCUCAGAGUGGCUGGGCAUACCCAGCCACUGUUGUUGUUGUUUGGAGGGGGGAGAGGAAUAAAUGUUUUCCAGAGGCAGCAUGGAUUAUAUUCAGAGGCCUUGCAUUGACCACUCUUGCUUUAAACUUCUGUUGUGUCCUGAGAUGCCCUAAAAUUGGAAGGAAGUUUUCAGAAAUCUUAAGUCAUUUCAAAACUUGCCAGUGCACAGUGAAAGAACUUGGACAGCUAGCCUUUAAUAGGCACAAUCAGACAAGCAUGCCGUUCUCUCUAAGUGAAAAGAAAUUUGUUGAUGGGAGAUUAUCUUAUAAUCUUUGCAAGCAUUUAAGAAAUAAUAGAGAGGAUUAAAGAUGCCUACAGUGAAAAUGCUAAGCUGUAAUUCACUCAGUGGUUUCUGCCAACUCCUUUUGUUCGUUGUUGUUGUUUUUCUUUUAAAACUGGUAGUAGAAGAACGUAAGAAAAUUCACCUUGAAUUCUACUCAAGGUGGGAUUAUGUUGAUUAAUUUAUUUAAUAAAGUCCUGUGUAAACAUAUUACUGUUAAGUAUCCCCAUUUUCCUGACACUGGGUGGAAGAUUUGACAUUUUGUUUAUUGAGUUCUCUAUGCCACACUGCAUAUGGACAGGUGUCUACACCACAAUCAACAAAACUACAACUGGUAUUCUCUGGCAUGGUUUUUGCAUGCUAGUUUCAGAAGGUGAAAUAUACUGUAUUUUUCCAUAUAUAAAACACCUCCAUGUAUAAGACGCCCCCUAUUUUGGGGGACUUCAAAUUAAGAAAACACCCCUCAGCACUACCCGUGUAUAAGACGAACCCCAAUUUUAAACCUUUUUUUUUGUAAAAAAAAAACCCUAGUCUUAUACACAGAAAAAUACGGUAUAUUAUGGUGACUGAAACAAUUGUCCAUCAUAAAAGCUGGCCGGCCACACCAGAUACGAUACACAGGGGAGGAAGUGGAGGGGAAUUAGUGUAGGAUUCCCUCUGAAUAACAAUAAUAAAUUGUUAAUGUGCAGGGCCAUUCUAUACAUUGUUACUUAGAAAAAAGUCUCAGUGUGUUGAAUGGAGCAUACAGUACUCUUAAAUAAGUGUGCAUUGGAUUUUGGCCUCCACAUAUGUGGGCAUGUUAUAAGCUUUGAAGGUUAAAGAACCAGCAGCAUGAUAGGAUGAUCAAAAAACAAUUGGAUGUGACCUGAAGUUGUUUUAUUGGUUUACUUAAAAUGUCUGUACAAUUUUUUUCAGAUACCUUGUUCAAGGCAGUUAGCGGAUACGUACACUGUGAUAUAAUGGCUACAACUUUGACUUGGAGAAUCUGUGUUCAGGUCCCUCACUUGCCCACACAGCAUAGUGAGUGAGCUGGGGUCCAGCCAUUGUUUCUCAGCAUAAUUAGCUCUCAGGGUUGUUGUGAAAAUAAAAUAGCCACCCUGAAUUCAGUGGUGGAAAUGUGGGGUAUAAAUUCAAGAACUUCAGAAGAUAAAAUCAUUAUAAAAAAUAUACAGUAAGCUACUAAAUCAGAACAGCAAAGUCAGUAGCACAAAAUAUUAUAUGCUGCUGUUUUCAUUACAUCUCAGAACAAGCCCCAUUCCAGCAGGUCAGUCAUGCAAUCAGCCCUGAAUGCUGGGACUCUAUAUACUUUAAUGAUCGUAUCUACCAUCUCCUCCUUUUUGUUUUACCUCAAUCAAUCAAAAGGACUUCCCUGGCAAUAAUAUCCAUUCACCAAGUCCCCAAAGCAAGGCUGAGAGAUGGUUUUGGGGGCUAUCCUACAACUUUGCAAAUCUUUUGUCUUUAGAGAAUCGUGAAACUCUCAGCCUUUCCCAGAAAUGCUUAAUAUAUAUUUUUUGUCAAACUGCUGUGCAGCAGUUAUAAUCUGGUUUUCAUAUAUAGUAUUUUAUAUUUCAACUAUUUUAUCCUGCUAGUUUUAUUGUGUUGUGCUUUUAGAGUGUUGUACCUGCUUGUAAAAGGCCUGCAGCCAAGUUUGGGAGAUGGUAUGGUUUUGAAAUUGUCAUAAAUACUGAUGAGUGGCUGGCCAAUUCUUAUCAUGGCAUGCUCAGGACUGGAAAUUGUGUCAGGUUGGGUGGGUGCUGUUGGAUUAAGGUUGAUGCAGACCUAUCCCAUACCACGUUAUAGCUUUUUAAAAAAAAAAAAGCAAAGAAACAAGGAUAUGUUUCCAUACUAUGAUUCCUAUAGCAUGAGUCAUAGUGCAGACAUAACCUAAACUGAUUAUGUCCACAAAGCUGAAACAUUUAAUAGAAGUAGGUGCAGCAAACUUGCAAGGGCUGUGGUGAGCACAUGGAGUACUUUAUUCCUACUGUGUCCCUUCGCUAUUCUUUAAGAACAGAACAAUUGUGUUGCUGGAUCAGACCACUUUCGGUCUAGUUCAGCAUCAUGUUUCCAACAGCAGCUAGCCAAAUACCUUUAGAAGUGCCCAAGUGAUGAUGACCAUGAAGGUCAGUGUAGGAACAAUUUGGAAUUAGAGCCUUAAAACUUGAGACAUGGAACAGGAUAUGGUACAGACUUGCAUGUUGAGAGGAAAAUCUCCAUUCUGAGACAUGUCCUGCAAGAACAAAUGUCCAUGAUCUUCAUUGCCGUUUGUUUCUGUAAUUUUUUUUUUUUUAAUACUGCCCUUGUCAUUUUGAACGUGGGACUUAGAAAGAAUGGUAACAUCCUACACUGUGCAUGUACACAUCCAUUUUGGCUUUUAAAACUCAGGCUUCCCAUGCCAAGCAAAAAAUGGUCCCUUACACCACAGACAUAUAUGCUGCCAUCCUAUGUCACUUGCGUCCUUGACUUUCUUUUGGGUAACCAAGUGAUGUUCCUGUCAAAGUUGGCUUAUUAUACUUUCAAGAAUUAACUGGCCCUCAUGAAGUCACACCUACACAUGUAACUUGCAUUUUACCACUCUGAAAGGACACAUGCAAGAAAUUACACAUUAUCUUUUUUGUAUGAAUAUCUAAUUUGUAUGAAUAUCUGUAUGAAUAUUUGUAUGAAUAUCUAACCCAGGUGGAAUCUACACACAUAUAAAAACUGUUCUGAAAAUGCUUUUUAAAAAAAGCCUUUUAAAAAAUACAUUGAAUUUUCCAUAAGGCUCACCAUCGCCAUCUAGUGCCACAUUGUAUAUUGCACUUAAAACAUUUUAUUUGCAGCUGUAUAGCUGCAUCCCCAAUAUUUUAGAGGAAAUCUCACCCCUUCUCAAAGAUAGGGUGAAAGCUUUCUGUAUAAUAUCUGAAAGAGGAAUGAAAUGUUCACAUAAUUGGCCUGGAUAGCUGGUUAGAGAGUGGUGCUGAUAAUGCCAAGGUUGCAGGUUUGACCCCCCCUAUGGGACAGCUGCAUAUUCCUGCAUUGAAGGGGAUUGGAUUAGAUGACCCUCAAGGUCCCUUCCAACUCCACAACUCUAUGAUUCUAUAGACCCCUAAAUGGCUCCCCGCCCCCGUUUAUACAUACCUUGCUUCCAUAAUGGCAGUGCGCAUGGGUUUCCCAGGCAGUCUUCCAUCCAGGCACUCAUAAGACCCAGAUUUGCUUAGCAAUGACAUGGGGGCCGCCUCAUUUGUUCAUUUGUAUUUCAGCAAAGACUUGAUGUCUGCUCUUUACUGUCCAGUCUUUCCAGCUCAUUUAGUUGGUGACUGUACCACUCUCUUCUUUUGUGUGUGUGAGAAAUUCAGAGCUUUGGUUUUGUCUUUUCAGAAUUUGCCCACUCUGCUACUGCUGUUACACAACUACCCUUGGGUAUCCUAUAAGUCAGCCUGUUUGUCUAGAGGUGGUUUAGCCCUCACAUGGGCUGCUAACAGACUGCGAUGCCCCAAUGUCUGGGGUUGUAUCCUGAGGUUGCAGCCCUCUCAUUUCAUUGUUCUUCUGUUCCUUCCCAUGGCAUUUCUGCAGUUACAGGAAGAUCUGAGUCUGAGGUAGGAAGAAAGUGGGAACCCCCCUCAGAUCAGUAUUUGAGCGUUCGCAUUCCAUGGUCACAACAUGCAGCAGAGGAGCAUUGGAUUGGGGAAGCGGGAGAGACAAAUCAAAACAAUUGACUUGUAAGUCAACAUGCUAGCUUGCUGUUUCAGGCAGACUGUUGAAAUCCUAGCCCUACGAUGAUAUCAUUUAGACUGCAGGGGGCUCUGAACUGUGUGGAUGAAUGGACUGAGCCGCCUUCAUUCACCUCAGGAAGAGGAAGAGUUGAGUGUGGCCCCAUUUUCCACAGAGAUCUGCUUCCCUGUCAUUUAAUGAUAGGACAGAAGGACAGCAUGUACCAAAGCGCAAUUUAGCCACCUGCUGCACUGAGGUAGUUCCCUCCUCUCUAUGAUUUGCAAAGUGUAAAAGGGCCUCCCUAAGGAGAUAUGAGGCGCAAUCCCUUCAGCUCAAAUUAAUUCUGCGUUUUGAAUGGAUAAGAAGGAAUGCCAGCCCUGUUAUCUCUCCCCCAUCCCCUUCAUAUCCCAUUCAAUGUAGUACAGGGAGUUCUAGUGAUGCAUUGAGAAUUUUCAUGUGUCACUAAAAAUAGCGCCUUUGGGAGAAGUGUGAGUUCAUACAUGUUAAAAAGCAGGAGACAGCUUUUCAAAAUCUGACAAUACAUGCUGAUCAGUUUAGGCAAGAAGUGGGUAGUUUGCGGCCAUACAGGUGUUGUUGGAAUUCAAUUUCCAUCAGCUGCAGCUAGGAUAAGCAAUGGUGAAGGAUGAUGGGAGUUGUAGUGCAGCAACAUUUGGAGGACCACAGGUUCCCUGCCCCUGGUUCCAGGCUUGUAUUUGCAUUGCAAAUGGAAAAGGGGAAUUUUAAAAAAGCGAUUUGUGCCUUACACACUUGGAAAGCUUAAACUUCUCUACAAGAAACUGAAAAUGGUACUCAAAGCGCCAGAUAGUUCCACUAGUGGAAGCCAAUCUGAGGCCUUCUGCUAGAUAAAUGUUUUUUUGUUUGCCUUUCUCCUCCCUCAAAUUGGCUGGGCGGGGCAGGGACAGGGUUGGAGGAAACCCCAGAACAGCAUGCAAGGGGAGGAUUCCAUAGGGUGGCCAUGGGUCCUACUUUACAGAAGACAUUCCUAGCAGAAGAGAUAUUUGGUUCAAGUCUGAUUUAAAGAUCAAGAAUCAGAAGAGACCUUGAAACGGCUCAUUAACAGUUAACACCUGGAUAGCAUACAGAUCACCUGACCACAGCCUUCUUCACUAUGGUGAGAUGUAUGAUACUUUAAUUUACAUGAUUUACAAGUCAACACUCUUAAGAUCAUGGAGGUUGGGUAGACAAAUUAACAUUUGAAAAUUCAUCUAAGGCUGCUGUUCUGUUCCCAUAUAAGUGUUUACUUAAAGUAAAUUUUCUAAUAAAUGGGUUUAGGGUUGUAAUAUUACUGACUUUAAUGUGACUGAGCACUGUUUGUGCUGGGAAGGGAGAGAAUGUAAUGCAAUCUAGUUUUGGCUGUACCUGCCUUUGGUCUACCCAGGUAUAAAUGGGCUGUAUUCAAUUAAAUUCUGCUCACAGUAGACCCUUUGAAAUUUAGGAACCUAAGUUGUACCUACUAAUUUCAAUGGGUCUACUCUGAGUAGGACAAGCAGUGAACACAUUCCAGUAUGUUGAGAUGUGUUUUAAUCAUAGCAGGCGAUAAACGUUGAGACAGAAUUUUGGAUUCUGUCAAGAGUUGGGGGAUAGAGAAGAACAUUUGAGCAUCCUUUCAAUCUCAAGUCAUCCAGGUGUUCUACUUUGGAAUGUAAGCCUUAUAAUAUUAUUACACUACUAUGCUCCAAGUGAUAAAAAUGGAGAACUUGCACUUUAAGAGACAGUAGCUGUAACAGAAAGGUAUGGUUACUAUAAAUUCAAAGCCUAGCAUUUUAUUUAUGCUGAGAACUGCAUAAGGUAUAUAUGUAUGUGUAUGUAUACCAUACGACAGCUCAGCUUUGUACAUUUAAUGAGCUAAGUUGGGGGAAGGUUCUGUGGAUAGGUCUUAUGUUAUCAAAGCAAUAAUAAACAACUUUAAUGCCACCUUCCUUCACUUGCUGUAACAGUAACAUCCAUAUUCUUUAUGCACUCCUGUGCUUGGCCUAAUUUCUUGGGAGAAAAUGUGAAAUGAAUAUUAGCUACUCAUUCUAGAUGGACCAUUUAAAGAAACAAGCUAAGUCUCUGAGUUGGGAGUGUUGGGCAGUUUCAUAGGCCCACAUGUGCUCUGUAUGCUUACAUAAUGUGCUCCAGGGCUGACCCCUUGAAAUCAAGCCAUGGGACUAAAACCUGCUGAAGCCUGGCUACAGAAUGUAAUAUCUAAAGACCUGCCCAAUCUCAAACUAUCCUGGAAAUGUUAUGUUGCUUGAAAGCUCAAUCUCAGGCUUGAAAGGGCUGCUUUUAAUUUCUUAUCCAAACUACAAGAAAGAAGAUUCCACCUAAACAUUAGGAAGAACUUCCUGACAGUAAGAGCUGUUCGACAGUGGAAUUUGCUGCCAAGGAGUGUGGUGGAGUCUCCUUCUUUGGAGGUCUUUAAGCAGAGGCUUGACAACCAUAUGUCAGGAGUGCUCUGAUGGUGUUUCCUGCUUGGCAGGGGGUUGGACUCGAUGGCCCUUGUGGUCUCUUCCAACUCUAUGAUUCUAUGAUUCUAUGAUUCUAUCCCAGUGCUCCGAGGCAAAGCAUUCUGCACAUGCUCAAAGGCAUCCUUAUUACACUUUUUAUAUCAUGUUAGUGCCUAGGGCAUGUUCUGCCUAGGGCAGAAAGGAGAUGUUCACCAGAUGCUAUUGGAGGCAUUUCUGGUAGGGAUGGUGCCUCCUACUAGAAGGAUCAGGCAGGGUCUUCUGAAGCCUUCUGCUUCCUCUCUAGGGAGGAGUUAUCCCUCUUUCCAGACCAAUCCUGUCUUCUCAUCUAUAUCCUUUCUAGUGUUUGUUUUGUGUCAGUUUUGUGAGUUUUGUGAUCUUUUUCCUCCCCUCCCACCUUUUCUUCUUCUGAUAAAUACCCCCUUCUCAGGGACCUUAGCAUUCCCCUUCAGACUUUUCCCUACACGUUUCCUGAAAUGAGAAUGUGUCACUCCCUGCCCCCGCCACUAUUAUCAGAAUGCCCCCCCCCCCAAACUUGAGAACUGGGGCAUUCCUCAAAGUGCUGCUGCUCGUCUUCUCUGCCCUGGGUGGUGGUGGUGGAGAGAUGAACAACAACACUGCACACAGGAACGCUUCAGCUCUCCCCAAACUCAGCGAGAACCAGGGCACUCCUCAAGAUGUUGCCGCUUGCCUUCUCUGCCCCAGAGCUGGGAGAGACGAGAAGCAAUGCCACAUGCCAGAAUUCCUUCCUCUCACCAGUGAGAGGGCAAGCAGGGCACCAGCUCUUGUGCUUCUGCUACCUGAGCCAGGAGCUUCACUUCACCUCACCUCACCUCAUUGGUGGUCUGGCUCUGACGGAGUGUGUCUGGAGAGCUGCAGAGACUGAUCCUGACCCUUGAUGCCUGCCUGAUGGGUUGGCAUGCUCUUCUCAACCAGGUAGUUGCCCAAGGAACAACAGCCUAGAGCUCUGGGCCAUAUCCCUGGGCCUGAAGUCUUUCACUUGAGCUGUUCAUUGGUGAAGGCCUUAAUUUGCAUCACACUGUUCAUCACUUCAGCUGGCCAGUGAUAGACCCCUUUGCAAACCUGGUCAUUGCAGUUUUUGGCAUUCAUCUUGUGCUUCCCUUGUGCAACAUUGAAGGGAAUAGACAUUCUAUUGCACCAUGGUCUGGGGGUUCAACUAUUAGCAUUCUCUUUCCCCUCUGAUUCCUUGUAUGAUCCAGAAGAUUCAGCCGCUGUAGGCUUUGGUAGUCCUUGUGGCCUCAUUAUGACUGUAGAGGCCAUUAUUUCAAUGUCUCAUCAUUUUGUCUGUGUGAAACCUGUGGAUACUUCCAGUCCCGAGGAACUGUUGUUGCUAUUUAUUUAACAGUAUGACAACUGAAAGACUGCCUGACUCAAAUGGUUGUUUCUGUUGUGACUGCAUUGUACUCUAGGAAGGCUCCCUCUUAACACAUGUAUAAACUCAAUAGGAUUUAUCAGUCCUGGGGUUCUGCUGCUAAGGUAGAGCCAGUGAUUUCCUUGGAGCUGCCUGGUCACAAGGUCAUUUUGCUGGUUGCAACUACAUUGGUGAGUAGGGUUACAGAGUUAGGAGUCUUUCAUUGGACCCAUAGUUAUGUGUUAACGAGGGUGGUGACUGGGAAUGGCUCUGUUCUUUCUCUGUUCACAGGCAGUAGUUUCAUUCUCUUUUUAUCAUAAUCCUUUACAUUCUCACGAAUCCAAAUGGCACACACUGCCAUUGGUAAGGAGAGCUCUGCGGUACUAGCUGCACAGAGCUUUGGAGUUUAAACUUUCUGAGACUCUUUUGUCUUCUUUCGCUCCCUAGAAAUGGUUCUGCACUCAGUAGCCAUCCUGCUUGCAGGAACACAGAGGGCUCUGCUGUUUUAUUUGGAUAGGUCUUGGGACACCAGGAGGUCUGAGUCUCACUCUGAGGACUUACAGGUCCCUAUGUACGAAAGUGAACUAAUAUCUAUAGGCCACAAUGUGUUGGUGAGGGGUGGCUGGGAGAGGAUCCUUCCCUCUCUCUUUUCGGAUUGUUCAGGAAGUGCAUUUUCUCUAUUAUUUCAAAUAUUACAACGUUGAAGGUCUUUCAUAAUUCACGCUUCUGUUAUUCUUUAUGCAUGCCAAAUGCAGGCUGUUAAACAUAAAUAAAACUUCCAGUGCCCAACCAGGAAAAAUAAACUGCCAAGACUUGUCCAUCCUCUAAAAGGAAAUAGAAUAUAUUUUCAAAUUUUCUUCCUCCUCACUAUAUUUCCAUUUGGUAGCUUUUCUUUGUGGCUCUGUUACAUUGACACCUACAAUUGUUAUUCUGAAACACAGUUUUUUUCCUUUAUUCUGUGUUAUUUUAUUUCAUUGUUGUAAGGCAAUUUUCAGAAUACAAUUAAAAUAGGAUAGGAAGAAAUAAUUCUGCACUAACAGGACUGUGUGUGUUUUGGAAUAUAAUUUUGCAAUUCAGAAUUUGGCAGCCUGGUAAGAACCUCCGCUUUUUAUUUUAAAGCAAAUAUCCAGUCCUUGGGGUCUAGAUAUGCAAUAUGGCAGGUGAAGUUUCAGAAGAUAGUGGGUGUAAACAGGAUUUUUCUAACAGUUUAGAGAGUUACAAUGCCCUGCAUAGCUUUUCACUGCAUAGUCUUCAGCAGUUUACCUGACACGUUACCUUGCUUCCUGACUGUACAUGUCUACUCAGAAGUAAAUUCCACUGAGUUCAUUGGGACUUAACUGCAUCAAAGUGUGUUUGGGAUUGCAGCCUUAGCUCUGCAAAAUAAAGACAUGUAGGAAAAUAAUUUAUACAGGUUCUAAAACUUUAUUUUAAAAAACCCAAAACCUGUUAGCUUCCACUAAGUGGAGCAGUUUUAGAACAAUGAAAGUAGGAAAAAUGAAAGUGCCAGGGACUGCAAAGAGUAGGCACAAACUAGGAAGAUCAGCCCUUGAGAUCAGGUUAUUUUGCUUAAAGCUGGAGAAGCUACAACUCAAGUGGUCACAAAGGAUUCUGAGCACACUCCUUUAUCAGCAGAAUUCUUUCUUAUGCUUGGCUCUCACUUCUCUGGUUGUAAAAAUGGGAAUAAUCAUUGCCAUAGCAUUUGCGAAGAUGAAAAUAGUAAGGAUUAUAAUGUAUUUUGCAAUCUGAAAGCCAUCUUAAAAUGACAGGUAUUCAUAAUGAUCGCAUGCUAUGUGCAGCAGUCUCUUGGAGUUUCGUUUGAACUAGUGCUCCCUUAACAGGACAUAGAUGAUGAAAUCUUCCAUCCUGGAAUAUGAGAAGGAAAAAUGUGAAGCCUGCCGACCUAUGCACAGUUAGAAAUAGGCUCCAUUGAACUCCAUGGGACUUACUUCUGAGUGAACAUGCAAAGGCUCAGGCUACAUAGGAGGCAGUACACAUCUCUGUACAUAUACAGAGUACCUUUCCUUCAUCAGUGUGCAGUUAGAGCCAAGGCCCACAUUCCUGGGAUGAGAGGACUGAGUUUCUUGUUCAGAACGUAUGUGUUUAAGGCAGGUUUUAGUUCCAGCACCUUCCUUUUUUAAAGUUAUAAUAUCUAGGGGCUUCUUAACCAGAUAAUGUGAGUUAUUGUGUAAUGGUCUGAAUGAGGCAAAGGCCUGUUUGUGACAUAGAAAGCUCCAUUCCAGCACCUCGUAGGUCUCUGAAAUGUCGUGGUCAUCUUACAGAAGUAAUGGUCACUGUUAUUAAGAGCCACUAUACAACUGAAAGUUCAGGGCUACCAUUAAGUAGUAAAUCAUAUUACUCAUAUAUUGAGAAAUGCUAUUUCAAAGGCAAAGCGCUAUGGAAUAAAUACACUUGGGUUUAGCUUUGAGACAAUGGAGAGCUUGUGUAAAAUGGAUACAAGGUGAAAGUAAUUUUUAAACUUUUAUUUUCAAAGAGUUUUGUGACCCAUUUUGGCUCCUUUGCUUGAUGUCCUUCCACUGCUUUUUUGAUUUUUUUUUAAAAAGACUCUUACCAUUAUAUCAGGUCCAGAAAAAAAAUCCCUGCUUUCCACAAGAAGGUAAUUCUGGGUGUUUUUAUAUAAAAAGAAGAGUGAGACAUACGUGACGUUAGGAGUGCCUAUUGCAACCAUAUUAAAAUGGCUAGCAAUCUCUCUCCCCCCUUCCCCAUUCCACUAGCAUACAAUUUGGCACAAACAUUUUGAGGUCAGAUAUUACAUGUGCUUUUGUUUUGUUUGUCAAGAAAUAGUAGGACUGUCUUUUUUUUUAUAAGAUAUUUAUUAAAGUUUCAAAAAUAAAAAAAGAAGUUACAAUAGUAAUAAUAAGAACAAGAAAAAAAAGAGGAAAAAAGAAUAAAAAAGAAAGAAGAGAAUACAAAAUACAAAAAAGUAAAAACAAUUAAAAACAAAUCAAUCUUUCCAUAUCUUGUCUUUCAUUCACUUGUUUCCCUGACCUCCUCACACCUCCCCUUUUUUGUAUUCCAGUUCAGUAAGUUAAUUCAGCAAAUCCUUUCCCUCUUUGUUUUUAUCUUAGACCUUUGUCUUAAUAUGUAGUAACUGUAUAUUCUCAUCUGUUAGCAGUCCAUUUUUACAUACUCCUUGUAGCAUUGCUACUAAAAACCCCUUAGCUUCAUUCCAACAUCAUUCUAACAUUCAUUAAUUUUACAGUAUUUCUGUAGAUAGUCUUUAAAUUUCUUCCAAUCUUCUUCCACCGACUCUUCUCCCUGGUCUCAGAUUCUGCCAGUCAUUUCCGCCAGUUCCAUAUAGUCCAUUACCUUCAUCUGCCAUUCUUCCAGGGUGGGUAGAUCUUGUGUCUUCCAGUACUUUGCGAUAAGAAUUCUUGCUGCUGUUGUGGCAUACAUAAAGAAAGUUCUAUCCUUCUUUGGCACCAAUUGGCCGACUAUGCCCAGGAGAAAGGCCUCUGGUUUCUUCAGGAAGGUAUAUUUAAAUACCUUUUUCAUUUCAUUAUAGAUCAUCUCCCAGAAAGCCUUAAUCCUUGGGCACGUCCACCAAAGGUGAAAGAAUGUACCCUCAGUUUCUUUGCAUUUCCAACAUUUAUUAUCGGGCAAAUGAUAAAUUUUUGCAAGCUUGACUGGGGUCAUGUACCACCUGUAUAUCAUUUUCAUAAUAUUCUCUCUUAAGGCAUUACAUGCCGUGAACUUCAUACCUGUGGUCCAUAACUGUUCCCAGUCAGCCAUCAUAAUGUUAUGUCCAACAUCUUGUGCCCAUUUAAUCAUAACAGAUUUCACUGUUUCAUCUUGAGUAUUCCAUUUCAACAGCAAGUUAUACAUUCUUGACAAAUUCUUAACUUUAGGAUCUAACAGUUCUGUUUCCAGUUUUGAUUUUUCCACCUGGAAGCCAAUUUUCUUGUCCAAAUUUUAUGCCUCCAGUAUUUGAUAAUAAUGAAGCCAAUCUCGCACUUUAUUUUUUAGUUUUUCAGAGCUCUGCAAUUUCAGUUUAUCUCCCUCUUGUUCCAGAAUUUCCCAAUAUUUCGGCCAUUUGGCCUCCAUAUUGAGCUUUUUCUGAGCCUUCGCUUCCAUCGGUGACAGCCACCUUGGAGUAAGAAAUAGUAGGACUGUCAAUAGCUAUCAGCCAGGAUAGCUAAAUGAAACUUCCAUGUUCAGAGGCAGCAUGCUGUUGAUUAUCAGAAGGUUGCCAAAUGCCUCUGGGAAGCUCAGACGUGUGGCAUGAAGGCAAUAGCCUUGCUCUGUUCCAGGCACUUAGGGAAGCCUAUUGCACAGAGGUCACACUUGCAAGUUUCCCAAAGCCCUCCUUGGAAGCAGAAUCCUGAACUGGAUGGACCUUGGGUCAAAUACAUAGGACAGCUAUUAACGUGAUGUGCUUGAAGUCUUGUGAUUAGGUGACACGUUUUUGCUUUUAUUACAAAAAUGCAUUCAAUCUCAGUUUUAAAGGGGGAAAACGUGUUUUAGCUUCUUAGUGUCUCCUGUAAAGCAAAAUGUAAUACACGAUUGCAACAGAAAGGAUGUCAGUUGCAUGAAAUUAGAGUACUGUAUGUUAAUUAGCUGCCCGAUUCCACCCUUGCAAUGCAUAUUCUGCUGCUCUCCCCUAAUUAAGAGAUCAAGGAUCCUAUGCUGUUGUCAUGUGCAGUUUGUUUGAAAAUCUCCAUAUAUGUGUGUAUGUGUGUUAAGCAGCUGAUACAUUGUACUUCUUAAAAUCUGCUCUUUGGUCUCAGUCAGUUACAUGAUAGGAAAGGACAAUAGCAUUAGUUUCAAAAUUGCAGACAGUGACUUGCUUGACAGCAGCCCGAAGAGGAGUCCUGUCCCUUAAAAGUGAAGCAGGGAAGGCUUCCUAGUUCUGUCUCUCUGUCAGAAGAAGAACCCUUCUCAGUUUACAACCUGUGAGCAAGACGCCUGCACAACUUCACAGGAACCAGUCAGAGCCAUUUCAUUGUUUGAAAUGGAGUUCAGAUGGCAUCACCCCCACCACUCUGACCAACUUUUAAAAGUCUUGCUGCACCAUUCAGACACCAGUGCCCACCUUCAUCUGCUUCCCCCUCGUGCUGCCAGGUUUCCUUACCCUGCUGUGUGGCAAGGCUGGCCCUGAAUGGGCCCAAAUGGUUCAAAGCUUGCUGCAUGAGGAGAGCAGCAAGCUACCUUUGCCACCCCAGGCAAUGUUGUGUAGAUGACAGGACAUACAAACCAGAGCAACAGCAUUGUCACUAAGGGCUAAUUCACAGCUGCAUCUCUGGUCAUUGAUUGUACAAUACAUCAAGUGAUGACCUGCAUGUGCGAAUGGCCCAUCAGAGGUUAAUCGGCAGACAGACAUUUCUUGCUACUCAACACAAUACCUUUCAGGAGUCUGGUUGUUUUCUGACAACUAUAAACUCCACUUCUUAACCUUUGGUACUUAAAUUAAAAGCCAAAAGAAGGACAAAAGGAAGACCAUCUAUUGCAUACAACCUGUACAUCUUGCCGUCAUUCUUCCAAGACUCUGUAAGUCAGCAGUUCAGUCGUGUCUUGGGCUCAUCAGCCCAUAACUUACUAUUCCCUUUCAAAUGCACCAAGGCCAUUAGAUCUGGAGAAAAGUCAGAUUUAAAUACAUUUAUCUUAAUAAAUGGAAAAGCAAGUGUUGCUUAAAGCAAAUAUUCAGUGCAUGCGAUGUUGACAUCAGAUUUAUUUGCAGGACUUAAAAGCUGGCCUUACUUAAAUCUGUUUCAGCCGUGGAUCAAAUGAAUUUGGUUGUCCCAACCUGGCCCCCAGUGAAUCAAAGUCCACAUCACCAACUCACAGCAUCAUUUGUCACAAUUGGCAGUAUCUGCUCAUGAGAAAAUUAUGUGGGCACGGGCUGCAGAGUAGGCUUGAGGUGCAUUAUCAGAGCUGUAUGGGGAAGCAUGCAGCAGGCUUGCCCUUGCUCCAGCAGGACUUGCUCUACUUCACUCUUGUUUUCAUAAGGCCCAAUAAAUAUCAAGUUAAAGCUGAGAAUGAGUUUGAGCUCAUUUAACUGUGCUUCUGUUUUGCCAUUCAUGUUCAGUCACCUUUUCAAAAGUCCCAAAUGUGUACUCCAAAUCACUAGUGUGAUUGUCACAUUCUUUCGCUGUCUCUCACUCUAUCAGAUACAUUAUGAAAAUGACUUUUGCAUAUUAACUAAAAAACUAAGGAACUGCUUCAUGGAUUUCCCAGCAGAAUUGCAUGAGAAACAUUAACAUAUUUGGUGAUUCAGAAAGGUGGAGGGAAGGGAGGGAGUAGAGGCAGAGAAAGCAAUAAAGACUUUUGCAUAUUUGUUUUUCUGACAAAAUCAAAUAUGCACACAAACCAGGAGGGAAAUGAGUGAAGGAGGUGUACCAUAAUAAUGUUUAUUUCACAAACUGUGUCCCUGUUGGGUAUAGGGAUCCCAUUGAUUUGCCCAUAGCUUACUCCAAAGCUCAUCUUCUCCUGUGCUGGGCAGGGUACAGGUGUAGAGCCGAUCAGAAGGUGAGCUAUUUGACUCUGUGUCAGAUGGGUGAGCUCCAGUUGCUCUGUCCCAGCUUCUGCCAACCUAGCAGUUCAAAAGAACACCAGGGCAAGUAGAUAAAUAGGUACCACUGCGACAGAAAGGUAAACAGUGUUUCCAUGCGCUCUGGCACCCGUCAAGGUCCUCCAUGCGCCAGAAGCAGUUUAGUCAUGCUGGCCACAUGACCUGGAAAGCUGUCUGUGGACAAACACUGGCUCCCUUGGCCUGAAGUGAGAUGAGCGCUGCACCCCAUAGUUGCCUUUGACUGGACUUAACUGUCCAGGGGUCCUUUAUACCUUCAGAGGCGUCAGAAGAUCCCUUAAACAUAACAAACAUUAUUGGGUGGGCUCUCUAUAACAUUAAUUUCAUUAAACUGCGUUUUAUUUGUAAAUACAGACCUAGUAACAGAUUAAUUACCCUUUAACCCAUUUUAACCAUGCAUUUUCUGCACAUUUAAAUUUGUUAGAAGGUGGUAAAAGGUCAAGUUUCUUAAUUUUUCCAUGCAUGUUUGAAUGGUGAAUUGAGCUUCUAUGAGUCUUUGAAAGGAAAAAGCAACCCAUUAUUUCUUACAUUAUUUUAGUUACUCUGCGUUAAUCCACUAUACUCUGGUCCUAAGUAUACUGACUCGUAUUUAAGUCUCAAUAAUUACAGUGAAACUGAUUAUUCAGAAGGUACCUCUUGCAAUAUGCAUGCAGGGGUUCUAAACUUUUAAAGAUGCCCCUGUAGCUGUGCCUUUAACAGCAUUUUGAUCACCAGACAUCUCCCUGCAAGGAAAGCUUCAGCUGCUGAUUUCUAGCCAGUCAAACUGCUGUUAAGAACACAAGAGCAGCCCAAGCCCCCACCCCCUUUUCUCAUUUGGCCACUGUACACUGAAGGGGUGAGGUGGGUUAGUGUCCUGGGAAGAGGACUGAAACAUGCCCCACUUCAGAGAUAAAUUUUCCUGAGCAAUUAGCUGGAUCAGUGUCAUGUAGCCCAAUCCUGUUCCUGUUUACUCAGAGGUAAAUCUCAGUGGAACUCGGCUAAGUACGCAAAAGGUUUCAGCAUUAAUCUUAAUGUCAAUGCAUACACACUCCUCCGUGUAAGUUUACUGAUUCUGAGAAUGGGCCCCUUUAGGCUUCCUUUACAAUGCAAUAUGUAAAUUGGUGAAUCAGUCAAGUUAGUCUCCAGUCCCCAACCCAAGUCAGCUAGGGACCAAUUAACAUGUUCCUCCAUGACCUUUUCAGACCAUGGCAGCCAUGGUUUUUCACUGACCUGUUACUUGUAUCCACACUAAGCCGGUUGUGUAUUUUGACCACCACUAGACUGAACUCAGACAAAUUUACUUCUGGCGCUUGAUCAUAACCCCAGCUAUUUCAAAUGGCUGCAGUCAGGAAUCAAAAUAGUCUUUGCUGUGUUGUGGGUGGUGCAGUGAUUAGCCUUUCUUGCUGACCCCUCCCAGCUUUUAAAGUCUAGAAUGUCUUUAUGCUCUCUUUUGACUAGAAACACAUUGCCUUGUUGUGCUGAGUGCCUAUGUUUCAUAUCCCAUUAGUUUUUAGACAAAUUUUAAGAUGAGCCAAAAUUCAGGAGAAACAGCGAAAGGCUUGUUGUCUUUCCUUUUUAAUUUGUGCAGGUUUGUGCUGAACAGAUCAGACCUUUAAAAAAAUCUGCAAUAUCAUAGUGUUUCCUUUCCUUUAAAAACAAAAUGGGGGAGGGGAGGAAGGCUUUUUGGUGUACGUGUUAAGGCAGCGUUUUUCUUUGCGAGACCUUGCUGUGAAGUUCUAAUAUGUCACCAUUCAAAUGUCAGCAUGCUGUUGGAAAGGAAGCUAAUAACUUAAACCUUUGAGAGCUGCCAACAAAAGAGGUAAUUCAGAUUGUGGAGAGAAUGCCAUUGUGUUCUUAGGGGAAAUAGAUUUCCAGAAUGAAACAUGCUACUUGGAAGCAUUUGUCUUUUGUGUGUGUGGAAAGGGGCAACGGGGGCGGGGGGGGGCGGGAAUGUAGAUUAUAAACCUAAAAGAUGGUUUGGCUAAGAUAGCUCUCACUUUGGAGAACUAAAGGAGGAAAAGGGAGUUGACAGAAGUGGGAGUGGAAACUCCAGAAGCCCCAAAUCUCUACUUUUAUGGGGAAGGUGCGUAGCUAACAGUCAGCAGCCUGCACAUUGUAUGAUUAAUGCUUUUUUUCUUAGAGCUUUUGCCUUUGGAGAGGCAGCCACAAUGUGGCCUUAGCUUGUUCUCUGGAAAUGUCAUGUAACAUACAAAUUCCUUCUGUUUAUCCCAACACCACUCGACAAUAUAUGACUUGGCUUCUUCAGGUGGUUGAACUACUGCAAGUAUUAAAAAGAAAAACAACAAUGCUGCAUGUUUAACGGUGGGGGCAGGAAAGAAGCAAAUAAACCUGGAGUAAUGCAAUACUCUUCAUUAAGGUAUUUGUAGACACCCCCCCCCCCCCCGCACAUAGUUGUGGUCAGGCUUUUUCUGAGAAAAGAAACAAUUGGGUUUUAGAGCCACCUACUGGAACUGUAUAAGAACUGCGUGCACAUACAGCGAAUAGUUUUGAGCAAUGUGGAUUUUUGCCAUUGGUGUGGGUCACUGAAACUUCUGCCUUUUCCCUAAAGACUUUGAGAACUUCCCCUAGGCCGACAAGCGUUCAAAAUAGUUGUUUCUUUUGAACCCCCCUCCCCAUUGUUGUAUCCUCCUAGUAUUAAGAGUUGUCACAAAAUUAUUUUAAUAAAGUAAAGGCGAAGGCUUGCUUUGAGUUUGAUAAAUGAACAGAGGUAGCCAGUGCUUUUAGAAUUAGUUCAAAUAUCUUAUUUGAACAUUUGUCUUUUAUCAAAGUCGCAUGAAAACUGUUCUCCAUAAUGCAGGUUCUGAGCGAAACAAUAAGACAGUGAGCUUUUCUUCCUAAAGUAAUCUUUUUAUAGGCCUUUGGGGAUCACAAAUAAGGUUCUCCUACCCCUAAAGGGCAGCCAGCCUGGGCUCUCAGCCAGUGCCCCACCUGCCCCACUGCUGGAAUUAGCUCUGAUUUGGUUGUCCUUCCUAUUCCUUUUCAGAGCAUAACCAUCAGGUUAGGUUUCCUUCCUUCUUCACUACAGGCUGCAAAUUCAAACGUGCAAAUGAUGCUUUGAUGUUUGAUGGGGCUGUUUAGGUGGAGUUUUCCUUUUCACACAGGAAGCUAAGACUGUGAUCCGAGGUAUAUCUACCAGGACUAACCUGGAAAUACAAGCUUAACCAAGUAAAGCUCUGCAGAACAAUUCUGCACAUCCCUGUGGAUCAGGUUGCAUAGUAAACUUUGAGUGAUAUCUGGGUAUGUGCUUACCCAAGGCAUUGCAGUUGUUCUUUAUGAUUAAUUUGGUGUAUCCCAAUGCUUAUAAUACAGACUGGAUUGUCAUUCUAUUAUUGACUUCCUACCUAUUUGCCCAAUGGAAUUAUCACUCACCCCCUGCUGGUGUAACUAGGAGAAAAGUUGAUCCUUGUGUGUGGUGUGCCUUUAUUUUUAUUUUUUUUAAAAGACUGCAUUUGAAUAUACCUGUCUUCUUAGUUGGCACUACAGUAAGAAAUUUUAUUCAAUGAAUUACCUGUACAGCCCAUGUUAUAGGAAGAUUUGUGAAUUGUCAGCAAGCAUUAAUAACACUUUGCUUGUCACACAGCUUGCUCUUGAGCAUAUUUCUUGAUGGAAAUACAGCUUUCUUUGCAUAGGAAUAAUAGCUAUUGGGAUAAAUCUUCUGCCAGAUUAUUUUGGCUUUGGGACUGCUACUGAGUAACACUAUUUGUGCUUCUGGCCCAGUGCUGUCCACUCUUAAUUAGCAACAGCAAUCCAAGAUCUCAGACAGAGGACUUUCCCAGCAAAGUUGGUUGGUAGGUAGAUAGAUACCUGAAAUCCUUUUUCUACCUGAAAGUGCGAGGAACUAAAUGAGACCUUCUGCAUGCAAAAAUGUGCUCUACCGCUGAAUUGUGGCCACUCCUUUGUGGCACCAACAUGGCCAAUAUGACCUCAUAUUUUUGCUGCAACAUAUAUGUAGAAAAUCCCCUCUUGGUUACUGUGUGCUUCUUGUCACUUACUUGCCAUUCUCUCUGUCAGAUAUAUUACAGAGUGGUGAAAGACAUUGAAGCUGGAGAAGAGCUCCUUCUGUUCAUGAAGACUGAAGACUAUUUACACGAUCCUAUGGCUCCAGACAUUCAUGGUCAGCAAUUUCUUAUGGCAGAUUGUCAAAUAACUUAUAUAGAAAGUUCCCUAAUUAUCAGCACUUAGAGCAAAUUUAUCCUCUCGCAUUGGUCGAAGGCCACUGAGAGUAAUGACUGAUUUGCUUUACAGAGGAGCGUCAGUAUCGGUGUGAAGACUGUGACCAGCUGUUUGAGUCCAAAGCAGAUCUCGUGGACCAUCAGAAAUUCCCAUGCAGCACACCUCACUCAGCAUUUUCGAUGGUGGAUGAGGAGUUUCAGCCAAAGCUUGACAAGGAGAAUGACCUCCAUGAUAUGCAUGACAUUCAAGAGUGCAAAGAAUGUGACCAAGUGUUCUCUGAUGUGCAAAGGUAGGAACAGGCAUAUUUUAAGAGAAACAAAACACACAUAGACACCAUAUAAAAAUAUAUUAUAUAUAUGGUCAAAGGUAAAGGACCCCUGGACGGUUACGAAAGACCCAAAUCAAUCUUUAUUUUAUUUCAAAAUUUAUUUAUUUUAUUUCUAUUUUUAUUUUAAAAUAUUUAGUAACUGAUGAUAAUUAGAGAAUUCCAUAGUGGUUUGCAACUUAAAAAUAGCUAGUAAAAUUGCCAAUAAGAAAACAUAAAGUAAUUCAAACAAAAACUAACAAUAAGCCAACAGCAGAAAGUGAGGAAUUACAGCACAGUAGAGGAUAGUGUGUAAACCAGUCAUCAGGUCUUGAUUCAUAACAAACAAACAAAUAACCCAUGUUUGCCAAAAGACAGCAGUGCUUGUCUUGAUGUUUUUAGAAAUAGAGUUCUAGAAUCUUGGGGUUCCUGAUCAUGUCUAAUACAGAUUUCACACAAAAAAUGGAAGGGACCUGAUCUCAUGGUCUCAAGUGGGGGGGGGGGCUCAUAUAGGAGGACAUGUCCCUGCUGUGCUCAGUGAGUAUGCAGUGCCUAGAGAGGUCAAAAGCUACAAAGUUGGCAAGAUCUACACUUCUAGUGUUGGUGGUGCUGGAAGAAGUCAGAGAUGCACUUUGAGUAUUUGCUAAAGGACAAGGAAUAAAUAUGUAAAAGUUGGUGUUUUAAGAUUUAUAGCUGCUAAAUUAUUUUAAGUUCCAGCUAAUUAUGAAGGCAGUGUCUGGUUUUGAAAGUCAGUGCACAAACAGAAACCAUUUUCAGGCCAGGGUUCUCUUGGAUAAGUGAGCACAUCCACUGUUGGGAAACUACAAUAUCACGGCAGCAAAAAUGCAACCUUGAGGGAAGAUGUCUGGACUUUAGGAACAGAUGGAUGACAACUCUGCAUUACUCGUGCUUCGAAAACUCUUCUUUGGGGAAGGCCUUUAAGGGUAUUAAAGGCUCAGAACAAAGGCCAGGAAAAAAUAGCAGCAAAAGACAAAUCAUAAAUUGCUCUGCCACUGAGAGGGAGAGGGUGAAAAAUGAGAACCGUCAGCCUGGCUGAAAAACAUUUAAAUUAUUUAAAGUCCAAUACAUGACAGAAACAGUUCAAGGAAAAGGAAUAUAGAGAAAAUAUUCUAUUUCAAAAAAAUGUUCAGGUGGCAAUUGGAAUUGUUGAUAUAUAUGCAAGCUGGUGUAUGUGUAAUUAAUGGGGGGGGGGGGGGACAGCCAAACACCAUUUUAAAUCUAUGUUGAGGAUUAAUGGUGGAAGUAAUAGUAAAUUACAUGUGAAAUAUUAUGAAAGAAAACAGUAACAUUAAAUAAGACGAGAAGCAUGACUCAUAGCUACACAUAACAGUGACAGAUUGGAUUCUACAGCAGAUGCAGAAUAAUAUUACUUAUUUAUUUAUCUGGAAUGUUUCUAAUCCUGCUUUUCAAUCCAAAGACUCUUAAAGCAGCUAACACAUAUUAAAAACAUAAUCAGUCCAAUUAAAAAUUACAAGGAAACCAGACAGAGUGGCAAAAUAUGUUAGUAUCAAGUCAGGUGAAAAAUCUAAAAAGCUACAAUAUAAUAAAAAAUAUAUUGUAAAAUAUAAUUUAAACAUGUAAAGGCCUGGCCUUCACCUGUUGCUCAAAAGACAUUAAACUCUCAUGUUUUGGUUGAGUCAAAUAAGAUAUCGCUGCAAAAACCAUAUUCCACUGGAUCCGUAGGCAGCGAGAGCCUCUCUUUCUAGUGUAUCAUCUCCUAAGGGCCAUGUCAUAUGUUGAGGAAAGACGUAGCAAUGUAUUGGCUGAGUGUGCUGCACACACAUUAAGAGGUUCUUACUCCUCCAAGAACUGCUUCUAAGGUUUGAUUCACUGAAGCAUUUGUAAUAUGGGAUAGUCAAUACGGAUUAAAUUUUUCACUGAAUACGGUAGGUUGAACCAGUCUUGUGAAUAGUCCAAAUUAGCAGCCGCACUUCUUAACAACUACAAAAAGUGUAUAUUCUAUUUAGAGUAAGAAGAGUCCUACUGGAUCAGACCAAGAAGACCCGUCUAGUCUGCCAAUCUGUUCUCACAGUAGCCCACCAGAUGCCUAUGGGAAACUCACAAGCAAGAGACGCAUGCUCUCUUCCUUGUGUUGCCUAGCAGCUGGUACUCAGAGGCAUAUCGCCUCUGAUCCGGGAGGGAAUACAUAAUCGCCAUGACUAGUAGCCAUUGAUAACCGCCAUCUCUAUCACACCCCCUCUUACGUGUCCUUUUCCUAAGCAAAAAACAUUGUAACCUCAAAGUUUAUUGAUUUCAAUAAAUCUACUCUGACUGUGACUAACAUUGUGCAAUCCUAUGGGUGAUAUUCAUCGUAAGAGUGGAGAUUCUUAUUCUAUGACUACUUUCAUUCCCUGAACUGAAAUAAGUUCCUCUUCCUGAAAUAGGCUCCUGUCUCUUCACUUCUUGGAACAGGAAAAGGUCUAUGUAGUUCCAAAAAGCUUGAGUCACCAUCUCACCGAGCCUCUUCUUCUUGUAUCUUUGCAGCUUAGAAAAGCACAUGCUAUCGCACACCGAAGAGCGGGAGUACAAGUGUGACCAGUGCCCCAAAGCCUUUAACUGGAAAUCCAACUUGAUACGCCACCAGAUGUCCCAUGACAGUGGGAAGCAUUAUGAAUGCGAAAACUGUGCCAAGGUACAGUGAAAUUGUAGGGUGCCUGGAAUUUUGUAUAUGCACCAUUGCUUAUGAUAUGUAGAGUAACAUUUUGAGCAUCUUAGGUCUGGCUUCAGCACUGAAGCACAUGAUAUCUCAUACGACGUUUCCACUGGACUGGACCACUUCAGGCAACAGGUAGGGGAUCAGAUUUGAAAGCUUCUCUCAUGUACAAAUGAUUCCCUGCAUAUGUAAGGCAAGAUGUCCACAAGAAGGCUAGGUUAGAACCUUCUCCCUGACAUUUUUGUAUGUGCUUGUUUUGUAUGUGCUGUAACGUGCUUUUGUUAAUGUGGGAGAGCAUUCAAACUUGGUUCAUCCAUCUGCAGCCUGAAAUGUUUCAGUGCAUCACAUGACGCUGCUGAUUGUGACAUCUAACUCAGAGCUUGGUACAUAUUUUGCACGUAUGGGGUCACUUUGAUGUUGUAGAGAGCACACCCGCCUAAGCAAGGGGUCUGAAAUCCAUUGAUGGUUUUCAGUCAGAUGGACUACUCUUAUCUAACAUAACAGAACUCUUAAUAUACCAAUAGGGAAAGGCAACUGAUUGAAUGCCAAAACUACUUGUGUGACUACUGAAACUAGGAUUUAGGGUAGUAUAGAGUUUUGUGGCAAUUAAGCCAUUGUGUUCUGUCAGCUGUUUACUCUCAUUGCUUGAACAAUAUAACAAAAGGGAAAUAAUACCAUCCAAUAUACACCUUUUGGGAGCAGAUUAUAUCUGAGAAUCUGCAUAUAUGACAUUGUAGAAGACAAAUAACUCUGUUUAUGAGAUGCUGUGUCAUGGUAUUGACUGUCUGCUCUUACAUGAACUGCUUUAAGCACAAAUCUAUUUGUGUAAAAUACAGCAUAAUUUUUUUUGUCUGUGCCUAUGGUUUCAGUGCCACAAAUGAAACAUGGGGGGGGGGGGGGUUAGAUGCAUGGGUGUGGCAGAAACGUUUAGUAAAUUUAGUAACUAUAAAUAGGUCUUAUUGAUGACAUUGUUCUGAAAUAUAUUUGAAUAGUGUGGCAGAAAAUGCUUGCUGAGUUUUGUUUCUGUGAAGGCUUAAGCAAACAUUUGAGAUUAUGAAGGUGAUGGAGAUAAUUUCUGGGACCUAUCCAUUUAGGAUCCCAGCAACAUGCAGCAAUAUGUAUUUGGCUCAUCCCCUAGGGAGCUACAGUCCAAUAGACAAAAAUUACUGUCCAUUUGCAACCCAUCCUCCAUUUUCUCUACUUAACAAAACAGGGCAAGGAUAAGCUUUGACAGUCAGGACAUUGCUGUUCUUAGUAAACCAUGAGUGUUAGUUGUAGGUAUCUGGUUUAGGAAUAUCAGAAACAGACAGGAUUAGGGGUUUGUUUAAGAAAGAAGUGAAUAGCUGCAAACUGUAUUGGAAUGGUAAUGAUGAUGACAACAAAAGUAGCAAAAGGUUAGAUUCAGAUUUAGCCAUGCUUAGGCUAGACCUAUUGAAAGUCAUGUCUAACUAAGUCACAUUUCAGUGGAUCUACUCAAAGUAUCCUUUGCAGGAUCCAACCUAAUAUUAACAUCUGUCUGUUGCCGUCUUUACAUUUUAUUAUGCUGGAAAUGGCUGCUAUUGUUACUAUACAGUUUAUAAAUUCUAAAAUGUAUUUUCUCUGAAAUACUGUAUACCCUCAGUGAAGCUAAACAUGCAAAAUAAAUGAAACUGCAGAGAUGUUUUAGUACUUCUGCACAUUUUCAAACCACUUUGAAACUGGUUUAACCAUUAUAGCAUCCUCCAAAACGCCCUGAGAGUUGUACUUUUGAUGGUUAGUGGCUGGAAGCCCCUAGCUUCAUCACAGAAUUUAGUUUCCAGGGUUUCUUGUAUGGGAGCCAGGGCCCUUAAGGGUGCUUGACGCUGUUUUAAUUGUGUACUGUAGACAGGCCUUAAAAGUCACCUCUUCUUUUAAUUCGCUUACAUAACUGAACUCGCAUAAACUAUUGAAAAAAGCCAACUUUUGCCUAUUUCAUAUGCAAUGCCUCCUGGUUUGACUAGAGUCUUAUGCAAUUGCUGGUGUUGUUGUUUUUCCUUGUUUGCAUCAAAGUUUCGUGUUUAAUCAGUACUCAUUUCCUAGCAGGUUUUCACGGACCCCAGCAACCUCCAGAGACACAUUCGUUCGCAGCACGUUGGGGCUCGUGCGCAUGCUUGUCCAGAGUGUGGUAAAACUUUUGCCACUUCUUCAGGCCUCAAACAGCACAAACAUAUCCACAGCAGUGUCAAGCCUUUUAUAUGUAAGUCUCCCACUUAACCACUAAGCUUCUGUGUCUGUCUGUUUUUUUUAGCAAGAUGCGGAAUCAGAUAAACAUGCUCCCAUUGAAGCAUUAGCAAUCCCAAUGGUCUUUAAUCAGACAGUUCCCAACUGUCUUUAACUGGAUUGUGCCUUUAAUCAGAAAAAUAAAAUAUUGUGUUGGUGGAAAGUCUGGAGCCAUAUAUUGCACUGACAAGCAAUUUUCUUACUCCUAUCAACCUCUGUAGUUCUGGGACUUGCUCAAGAAGUGUUCGGGGAGGACUUGUCUUAUUUCAGGCAGCAGAAUUAUUAGAAAUUUAAUUUCCAGUCUCAACAUAUGGUCUUCACUCAUUACUUUCCCCACAAGCAGAUACUCUAGCAGAUUUAACUGUAGGAAGUUAAAUAAGACUUAAGGAACAUAAUUUAGGCUUCAAUCCUAGACACGCUUAACAUGAGAAUGAGUCCCAAUGAACCCAAUCGGUCUUACUUGUUAAUAGGAUUAUACUGCCAACUUAUUGUUCUAUGAAUGUACGGGAACCCUUAGUAUAAGAAUAAUUAUCUGCAAUCUCCCUGGUACAGAAAGGGCACCUUGCAACAGAUGCCUUUAAAAUUCUGCAAAGCUCUGCAAAUGGUGUCCGUUCAGUCUAUAUGUGACAGGGAAGCUGGGGUCACUUUCCCAUGUGGCAUGGCUGACUGAAGGCCUGCCACUCCCUUUCUUUCUCUGUGCAUGUAUGUGUCUAUGUAGAAUCAGCACUCUUGUCACAUUUCAUUUCAGGUGUAUUCCUCACUAUCAAAUUGGCACAGUGGUUGGUUAUGCAUGCUUCUUUCCUCGCACUUUUAAUUUUAUAUGUUUUGCAAAAUAAAUGCUGAAUUUGUACAAUCUGCUUUCAUGCACACCCUAAUAAAUGUGAUCCUAUGUGCUUAAAAAGUGUGUGUGCCAAAACAGAAUAGUGAAGGAACCAAGCCUGGUUUGUGCUAGAAGUACCGUAUUUUUUGCUCUAUAAGACUCACUUUUUCCCUCCUAAAAAGUAAGGGGAAAUGUGUGUGCGUCUUAUGGAGCGAAUGCAGGCUGCGCAGCUAUCCCAGAAGCCAGAACAGCAAGAGGGAUUGCUGCUUUCACUGCGCAGCGAUCCCUCUUGCUGUUCUGGCUUCUGAGAUUCAGAAUAUUUUUUUUCUUGUUUUCCUCCUCCAAAAACUAGGUGUGUCUUGUGGUCUGGUGCGUCUUAUAGAGUGAAAAAUACGGUAGUCAGUGAAUGAAUGAAUUGCUGAAAAUAGCACCUGACCACUAAAGGCCUUUGAGAACCACAUAGAGAUUACUUCAAAAUCACAGAGUGAGUCUGCUAUAGUUUCUAGGGUACUUGCAGUGUAGCCACAAGACGCACCUUGUUUUUGUAAUCUACUUCACCUUUCUUUUUUGAACUUCAAAAGAUGUCACCCUGGGCUACGGCUAUGGUAGGAAACUUGCAUGGAGCAGCAUCAACGACAGUAGACAGCCAAGGGUAUGUGGGACGAUGGAAUGCAACAUAGCACAGAAGAAAGCAGACGGGAGUAACCGUGUAGAAAUCAGGAGAGGAAUACAAGCUCAGAGGAAGGCUGUAGAGCCAGAAUUAAGCCUACACAUUCAUUUGCUCCUAAAAAUUCCACCCCCAAAGGCAUUCCCAUGGCACGAACUUUCCUUCCCUGAAGUAAUGAUCAUGGAGGAGAUCCUCUGCCUCUGCUGCAUGUUGCUAUUGAGGAUAGCCACUUCAUGAUGCCUGCCUCUAUUUGGUUAGAGCUUGUAAACCUUGUGGCAAGGAGGUGAGAAUUCACUACAGGGAUGCUACUUUUGGUUCCCAUAUGGACCAGCUCUUGGAGGAGAGCACUCUGCGUAUUUUUCCUGCCUGUUUCAUUUCAGAAGCUGCCUGGUAUCCGAGACUCUGUAGGCAAUUCUGGAAAUACUUUUAUAACCUCAUUUUAUAUUGUGUGCUCUGGCAUACUUCCCUAGGCCCAAGUCUAAUUAUGCUUUGAACCUUUUGUAAGUUUAUUUAUUUAUUCUUAAUGUAGCCUCAGGAAGAAGAGCUACUGGUGGAUGUGACUAAUAAAGUGUAAGAAGAUUCCACCAAAUGAGAUUCCCUUGAGCAAACCACCGAAAACCCUGGAAUCGUUCCAAAUGAUUGCUAAUUUCAAAACAGCUUCUAGCUCCUCUUUCCUAAAGGAAGAGGCCAUCUUCAUAGACAAACUCAACAAAGAAUCCUUAUUGACUUAGUUAUGUGAGAGCCUUUCAGUAGCUGUCCACAUUGAGAAUUAUGGCAGUGAAGCUUUAUUACCGAACAUAUUUCAUUCUAUUCAGUUGCUUUCAAAUUUAUCUAAGCAGAAGUCAAGGCAACUCAAUAUUUUACUAUUUUUUAUUUUUAAAAAUGCAGAUAAAAAAGUGGGGGAAUAAACCAAGAUGCUAUCACCACUGUUCUUGGAAGCUGUUGUUGGGGACAACUUAACUAUUGGGUAAAAAUAAGCUGUAAAAGAGGAGCCCAGUCAAAUUGCUACCUACAUCAUGGAUCUUGUGGCGAGUGUUUGCCUUUUCUUCACCCGUUGCCCUGAACAUCCCUUGCUUCUCAGAAUUUUGCAGUGGCUGCAGGAGUUAUCACAGCAGAAUGAAAGAUGUAGCAGGAAGGAGUCUGUCUCUGAAUGUAUGACUUCUGUGUGUGUAUCCGUUUCCCUUGAAUUGUGUGUUAUUCGCAACAAUAUGGCUGACCAGUGUCCUAAUUCAUACUUUUCCCAUUAGCUGAUCCUAGGUUUGAAUUUUUUAAAAGAUAUUUGAGAUACAGUAAGCCAAGUGACUGGAUGAUUCCAAGGCACCACUUAAGUCCUAGGUGGUGGUGUUUCAAUACAGUAAAUACUUUAUAGACAUUUCUCUCAACUAAGUUAAUAUUCAAUAAAACACAACAGUUUAUACUGCAUAGCACUUCUGGCAGUGGAACCUUUGGGAACUGUUUGGCUGAGCUGGUGUGGCACAAAAUGUUCAGUUGCUCAGGGAACAAAGCAUUUUGCACUCCAGCAUUGGUGAGGGGAAGAAAACAUCCUUGGAAGAUGUUUCACAUAGGGAAGAAAGGACAGGAGGCCAAGAGCUAAGCAAGCUGAAGAAAGAGAAGAUGGAGAAGUCCUGAAGAAAAGGGACAAAAGAGCACUAAGUCAAGAAGGGCACAAGAAAGAGUGAGCUCUGAAGAAACACAAAGGUGUGCAAAUCAGGAAAGGCUGUAUGCUAUGGAGGGAUAGGAAUUCUGAAGGAGAGUGGCUAAAGGAAUCAAAGAACCAUAGUUGGAAGGUACCAUGAGGGUCAUCUAAGUCCAAACCCCUGCAAUGCAGAUUUUUUUUGCCCAGUGUGGGGCUUGAACCCACAACCCUGAGAUUGAGUCUCAUGCUCUAUCGACCAAGGAAGUGGGGCACUCAAACACUGGUGAAUGAGAUAUGUAAAUUAAGGAAAGAGGAGCCAAGGGGGGAAAAUUGGGCUGGGAACUGUGGGCCAGGGAACCAAGGGUACAUUACCAGUGUAGAGCCUGAUAAGAGAAUUGUACUAGAUGUGUCUUUUAUUGUUAUUGUUUCAUUUGAUUUGGCCACCCUACGGGGGGACAACAGGUCUAAUAAGCCUGUUGGUGGAGAGGCUGAAUAGCAUUUUACAUAUUGAUUUGAAACAAGCAGCCAAUGUUUUGACUGCAGGCUUCUAUUCCACUAAAACAUUUUCAAUUGGAAAGUCUAUGUGCUGCCCUAUCCUAUUGAUCAACUUUAGCAAGAGCGCUAUAAACACAGCUGUUACAGUUAAAGUUAGAUCUCAUGGCUGCCCAAAUCAACCAACUGCAUGCUAUUCAGGAAGAUACCUUAAGGCACUGCAUGACGAUUAGUAGAAGCUCAGCAAUAAUUUGACACAGUGAUGCCAACACUGCACACUCUUUCCUCAGGGGAUUGCUCUAAUUAAAAUUAAGUAAUUCACGGCACACAGGGAGUUCUUAUGAUUGCUAUAUCAAGCUGUCUUGAGAGCCCUUUGGAUAAAAAAAAAGCAUAAAAAUGGAAAAUAAGUACAGAUCUUCCUUCUGCCCCACUGUCAUCAAUAUCAUUAUGAUGUUAGUAAUUGUAAUUAAAUAGCCAAUUUUUAAUCUGUGGGUUAGCAAAUUAAUCUGAUUAAUUUGACAUUAGACAUAGACAUUGAGUAGUUAAUAAUUGAGAACUAUGUAGUUUUUUUAAUUAACUACUUAAUUCUAAAUUAUUAACUACUUAAUGUCUGUGGCUCAAUUCUCAUGACUCUGAAAGCAGAUUGAAAUAUAGAUUAUCUGAAUGUGAGGGGCAAGCAGUUUAAGAUGUUAAGAUGUUAAAAGAAAACUAGGAAUGGACUUGAAUCUUUUUUUUUUUAAAUCCAUGUUUUGAUGAAACAAUCUUGCCUAUCUACCCAAUGGCGAGGCAAGUGGCAUGUCUUUAUUUCAAGACUUGCAUCUCUCACGGUGGGAAGUUCAGAUCACUUUUAAUGUUAUGUGAAUCCUUCCUAAUUCCAUGCCUUACCCCUCUUGUUCUGACAUCAGGUCGAACAGCAUAAUGUGGUUUUACUUUCUACUGAAUGUACAAAGAGCUUCCAAGGAAGGAUCAGUUAACAGAAUUUUUAAGCUUGCUAUAUUGCACUACUGGGCCACAGAAUCCAGAUACACACAGCAUGAAGGUGUGGGGUCAAACAGGAAGCCAGUUUAAUGGAGAGAGGGGCCAACCUGCAAUUUCAUAUCAGCCCAUGGGGACUUGUGGUUCAAACUCUUGAGAACCAACGACCAGCUUCCUGUAGCUCUCGAAUUAACUUCUUCAGUGUACGAGAACAUACUCCAUACAUUCAUCAAGGGAGCAGUUGAAUGAAUCUGUGUGAGCCUUGAGUCUCAAUAAUAUAUCAACAUGAUUUUUAAUGGCUUAAAAGAAUUCCCUCAGAGGGCUGUGGUCCUGCUCCUGGAAUGGUUGAUAUUUUUAUAUAUUUGUGCUUCAACUUAUUUAAGCAAGCAAAAACAUAAUUAACCAGACCCAGUUAUGACCGUUGUUUAAAGAUUUGUGUUCCCUUGCCUGGCAUCACAGGGCUGUCUUUUUAAUAUUAGUGAAAAUAAAAUAAUUAGUGAACAAUAGCUUCCAGCCAUAUAGGGACCAUUCAUACCCUGCGGCUCCAGUUCCUUUUUUCUUUUCUUUUCUUUAAAAGAAAAUUCAGAUGCUCUGCCAUUCUUUUCAAAUUAAAUCACAUGGAAAAUGCUUCUUCCCUGCUUUUUUCAUUAAUCAGCAAUUGCUAGUGUAACCAAAAGAGCAACUGUGAUUUUUCAAAUGCAAAGGAUGAUGGACAGAAAAAACCAUAGGACAAUUAUGAAUAAUUGCCGUGUAAUUACAGAACAAAAGAAUUUAAAGAUCACAUGUCAGGGUAGGAUUUUCUGAGCGCUUGUGGCUGGGGGUAGAGGGUCACCUAGAGCAGAGAUAUCUGAUUCCCAGCAAAAAGGCCACACACCAUGCUGUACCUUCUCAGUCUGUUUAUGGCAACUGUCUCUCGUUACAGUAUGCCGCCCUGGCUUGGGAGCAAACUCACCAACACCAACUCACCAACACAAAGGUAAUUACACACUGCCUGCCUUCAUAAAACCUCCAGCUUGCUCAAAUAGAAACCACAUGUUGGAAUAGACAGCAAUGCAUUAAAAAUAGCACUUAACAGUCAUGUGUUUAAUAAGCAGAAAAUAUGCGAACUUCACUUCUAGCUAAUUUCUUGGUCCUAAAUGCUUAAGUCAUUGAUGGAUUAUAAUGUAUUUGGUACGCUGGUGUGGGAAGGAUUGCAAUGGUUAGAUGAGUACCAUUGAAAACAUAGAGGCCGGGAAAUAAGACCCCUGGCUUGGAAAUUUAAAGCAAAUGUAAGGUUAUAGAAUAUAAGGGUUUAUCAAGGUUGAAGAGAAAAUGUCUCACUGCAGAUCCACUCCUGUAAUAGCUUGACUUGGCUUAGUUUAAAGUAAAAAUGUAUAUUGAAGUUAAAGGGACUGGCAGGGUUGGAGUGCUACUCUAAGAAUGAAGCUUAUUGGUCUCUUCACAUUCUACCAUGCAUUAGGCAAUCCUUUUCCACCCACUACAGAUUUUAAAGCGCUUUCAUUCUAUUUACUUGCACAAAAAUACGUUCAUCUCCAUUUCAACGCUGUCUUUGUCACAAGAAUUCAAAUGAAUGCAUCCUAUGUUUUCCUUUACACUCUCUGUUAUUGUGAGCUUCUGAUUACCAUAGAUUGAAGAUAAACAAUAAUGAAUGACCAUUACCAUCACAACCUUUCCUGUGAGCUUCCUGAGGCAUUUAAUUCGCUACUGCAGCCUUGAGAGACUUAGUUUGAUCCACCCAAACUGUUCUUCUGUUUUAAAUAGUUGGUUUCCAGUCCUAACUUUAUGCACAGCCACAUCAUUCACUAAUUUAACCAAAACCCAACAAUUCUGUCAAUAUAAAUUUAGGAUUAUCUCUGUGAUGGACUACUGAAAGCAUCAGCUGACUAGUGGUGGCAGUGCACAACCCUACUACCCAAACUUAUUCUGAGUGUCAGGGUUCUGGGCCAUAAGACCUUUUCCAUCCAUUGUAAUUGGAGAGAGGGUUCCGUUUGUGCAAACAGCAUUGUGUAGAAAGCUGCCCUGUUCCAUGGAAGUGAAUGGUGAAGCCUGUAUGCCCCAAGAUGGAGAUUAGGACAGUUCUUUUUAUAGUGAGAACUGCCAAAUGAGGGAAGGAACUACUAUAGCGCAAAGUGAUCUGGUGUACUUGUUUCCUCAUUCGGCCUCUUGCUAUUAUCCCAGACAUAACUGCUGAAUCAGGAGAUGGGGCCAACCGGAAUUGGGGCUUUUAUGCAGAUCUUGAACAUUUAUGGCUAUUAAUACAAUAGGUUACGUAAUGGAAUCUGCAAGGGGUCUCCUAUCCUCUCUCCAUCGUAUCAAUGUAUUAGUGUGCUGCAGUUUAAUGCAUUCAUUAAUGAUUUCGGCUAUAAUUUUAAAAGUGAAUGUUUGCCCUGCCAGUUAAUCUUGCCUUGUUGUGAAGGCCAUUAAGAACUACUCAUCUCAACUGGUAGUAUUGUUGUCUGCUUAGUUUUAAAUUUUAACCACUAUGUCAGCUGUGUCUCAGAUUGCUAGGCAUGAAAGACAUUUUAUAUUUGUGUAUCUCUGAUGUAUUUUCAUGUGUAAACAAGUGCCAGCCUAUUAUCUUUAAGAAAGGGAACAACUGAGUACCUCUGUAUAUAGUAGAAGUCUUCCUGCUUGCAUAUCAAAUCUAUUAUUUCUUUGUUAAAUUUGUAUUCUGUCUUUUCUACAAAAGCUCAAAGUCUCUCACCUGGAUAUUACUCUGGUCAAGAUCUAUUUAGUAAAUUUCAGCAAUGCAACUGUACCAUGUGCCUUCAGACCAGUUAAGAACCUGUGCAUUUCUUUACUGUGCAAUCCCAUACAAUUCUGUUCAGAAGCAAGCCCCAUUAAGUUCAAUAAUAAUAAGAUUUAUAGGAUUGCAAGUUGGAUACCAUACAAAUCAAUAGCAACUAUUCACUGUUAGAAGUCCUGAGCACUGCGACAGAGGAAUGCCAUCUGCAUUGGGCUUUAAAAGCAAUAAAUAUUCCAAAUUAAAUUGACGGAUCGAAGAAUUUAAUUUAGAAAAAAUUCCAGAUGUUUCUCCAAUCUGUGUGAUAUUUUCUCCAAAUUAAGGGAAAAUCCCUCACACUUAGAAAGAUCAAAUUAAACCUGCUACUGUUCUCGUGUGAGUAAUUUUUUUUGUUAAUACAUUUCUUUUGGCUGAAGCAUUCCUUAUGAAUGAAAGGUAUCUUACAGGAACUCUGGCUGAUACAGAGCAAUAACAUUCUUCCUGAAUUGUACAUUUCUUUGGCUUGCACCCAACCCUGCAACUGUUACUCUAGGGGUUGUCUGAUAGAUAUCAGCAAGGCAACUCAUCUGAGCCAGACAGGUGGAAUCAGGGCCUUCUCAGACAAUGGAAGUCUUUGUUGUUGUGAUGGGAACAGAUAGCUACAGGGUAAACAUUUAAGACAGACAACAAGCGGGCAGGUUCUCAAGGAUAAGCUUUAUAAGAGCAGGAAGGUUAGCAUCAGCCACGGUGUACGUGGAAGUCAGAGGACGUGAUUAUAGUUCAUGGGAACCAAGAGUGCAGGAUGGGAUACAUUCAAUUCAGUUUCCUUUGCAGGCUUAAAAUAGAGCCAUUGUAAAUUAUGUCAGCCUGUCUGAAAUCACUAAAAUAAUUGUUAAGAAGGUCUGAGAAUGCACAAUAUGCAUUGUUGUAUGGCUUUGAUGUGUGAAGGGCAAGAGCCUGUGAUAUAACACAAACUGAGCAAAAGUUAAACUGUUCAACUCAUCUUUACUGGAGGAAGCUGAGUUUUAAUGCAUAAGGAUAAUAACCAUACCCACUAUUUAGAGUUUAGAGUGGUGGUAUAUAGCCAAAGUGGCAACAUCCACACCCAGGAGGGAAGUGUCAGCAAGCUUGGAAGAACCUUCAGUUUUGCAGAAGGACAGAAAACCUUGAUGGGGAAAAAACCCUCAAUAAGCUCAGUGAGAAUUGAACAUGUUCAGGGGCCAUGGAAUACUGACUGAUUUGUUGGGGUAGAGGAGAUAGAAAACCGAGUUGGAGGGGAAAUGGAACAGUAUAAUCCUGGAUGACUGACUGCAACACCCCAUGCUGCAACAUUUUAUUGUAGGCUCAUCUAUUUUAAAAUUUCAGGCUGUGUGUGCCAAUUAUAUUCCCAUACAAAAGGGAGGAAUCAGCCAGGAACUCUUAAGGUUUUCAGAAGUAUGUUUUUUUGUUGUGUUUUAGGGGAAAACCCUAAGCGGGAGGGGACCCCUCCCAACAACCCAAAGCCGCCUAACUGUACUUGGUGACCAUGGAAUGCUAAGUAACAACCGAGGAAGACACAAAACUGGAAGGAGAAUGGAAUGACUGAAAUCUUUUACGGCAGCAUGCCACAAACAGCAAUGCUUUGUUGCAGGUCCUCCUUGCAUUUGCGCUGAUUUUGAAGAAAACUUACCACAUACCUGUGUUAGCAAGGCCCUGCCAAGAGCACACACUUGUUCUGAAUGCAGAUUUGUUUUAGUAAAUGACCACAGGAAUUGUUCCAACUGUAGAAAUUAGCUUAGAAAAUGUAUUCUUUGUUCAUGGUGUACAUAUACAACCACAGUACCUUAUUUCUGAAAUCAGUCCAGUAUAGCUAUCAUGGUUAUGCAGUAUAUAUAUAUAGCAGUAUAUAUCAAAAGCACUAAACCUGUGAUAACUACUGUUCAGACUUUCUUAGAAAAAACUAACUUUAUAUGCUUGUGCAAUCAAAAUAAUGGAGCAAACCACGGGGUCAAGUUACUCAUGCAUAUGCAAGUGUUAUUCAUGCAUAUGCAAGGGUCAAUAUGGUAUUCUCUUCUGCAAUUAUGUCUUAUGUCUCUAGAUAUCAUUGUACUAUAAAGCAGUGACCAUAAUCCAGAACUCCACGUAUGUGCAAAAGAUUGGCUUGCAUGUAACGUUUUUGUAUCUCUUCUCAACUUGCAAGUAGGGGACUGCUGAAUCGGAAGGACAACAGGGGUUUCAGGUGCAUGCACAUGGAUUUUUCUGGAUCCUGGCCAAUGCAUAUAAAAACUCAAGGCUGUCAAAUAUUAUGAAAAAUAAAACAAUAUGAUACUAAUGUUGAUUUUUUUUAAAGGGAAAGAAAUGUGGGGAUUUUCAUUUUCUGCUUCUUAUUAUAUUUGCCUAACUGGAUUCCUUGUUUUGGUGGUUGGGACAGUUGUUGUUUUUUUACAUGCAAUCUGCACUCAGACUCAUCCUUUCAGAUGUCUGACUAACAAUGCAGCCCCUAUGUUUAAGGUCUUGGUGCUAUCCAUUGUUGGUCAUACUCAGAACAGACCCAUUCAAAUCAACAGACUGUGUUAAAUGGGGCUUACUCUUAAGUGUAUGCACAUAGGAAUGCUGGUUGCAGUCAUAGUUGCAUAUACAAGGAUAUAAAUUCCAUUGAACUCAGUGGGUCUUAUUUCUGAGUAAACAUGUUUAGGAAUGAGCUCUAAGUAAGUUUUCUAAAAGUGUAAGAGACUUCAGAUGCUCAGUUUAAAGCAGCUGGGUGGGACUGAAUGUGGUGUGGGGAGGAGGAACAGAAAAAAUUACUUUAAAUCCUGAGUUUUUGUUGUUGUUGUUGUUUACACACAGGUGAGGUCUGCCAUAAGUCCUAUACUCAGUUUUCAAACCUUUGCCGUCAUAAGCGUAUGCAUGCUGAUUGCAGAACCCAAAUCAAGUGCAAAGACUGUGGACAAAUGUUCAGCACUACGUCUUCCUUAAAUAAACACAGGAGAUUUUGUGAGGGCAAGAACCAUUUUGCGGCAGGAGGAUUUUUUGGCCAAGGCAUAUCACUUCCUGGAACCCCAGCUAUGGAUAAAUCUUCCAUGGUUAAUAUGAAUCAUGCAAAUCCGGGCCUUGCUGACUAUUUUGGUGCCAAUAGGCAUCCUGCUGGUCUUACCUUUCCAACAGCUCCUGGAUUUUCUUUUAGCUUCCCUGGUCUGUUUCCUUCAGGCUUGUACCACAGGCCACCUUUGAUACCUGCUAGUUCUCCUGUUAAAGGACUGCCAAACACAGACCAAUCAAUCAAAAGUCAAAGUCCCCUCAUGACACAUCCUCAGACACUGCCAGCUACCCAGGAUAUUUUGAAGGCACUAAAUAAGCACCCACCUAACCUAAGUGAAAAUAAGCCAGUGGAGCUUCAACCAGAAAGGUCCUCCGAAGAGAGGCCACAUGAAAAAAUCAGUGACCAGUCAGAGAGUAGUGACCUUGAUGAUGUCAGUACCCCCAGUGGGAGUGACCUGGAGACCACCUCUGGCUCUGAUCUGGAAAGUGACAUUGAAAGUGAUAAAGAGAAAUGUAAAGAAAAUGGUAAAAUGUUCAAAGACAAAGUAAACUCUCUGCAGAAUUUGGCUUCCGUAAAUAAUAAGAAAGAAUACAGCAAUCAUUCCAUCUUCUCACCAUCUUUAGAGGAGCAAACUGCGGUGUCAGGAGCUGUGAAUGAUUCUAUAAAGGCCAUUGCCUCUAUUGCUGAAAAAUACUUUGGUUCGACAGGACUUGUGGGGCUACAGGACAAAAAGGUUGGAGCCUUACCUUACCCUUCCAUGUUUCCCCUCCCAUUUUUUCCAGCAUUCUCUCAGUCAAUGUACCCAUUUCCUGAUAGAGACUUGAGACCGUUACCUUUGAAAAUGGAACCCCAAUCGCCAGGUGAAGCAAAGAAGAUCUUAAAGGGAACCUCCGAGUCUCCCUUUGACCUUACCACUAAACGUAAGGAGGAGAAACCACUUACUCCUAUAACCUCAAAACCAGCAGCUCCAUCAGUGACCAACCAGGACCAGCCUCUAGAUUUGAGUAUGGGCAGCAGAAGUCGAGCUAGUGGUACAAAACAGACUGAGCCUCGGAAAAACCAUGUGUUUGGAGGAAAGAAAGGAGAUAUUGAUCUUGAAUCAAGGAAGUCAUCGGACAUCUCUUUGCAACAUGCAAGGCCAACACCUUUCUUUAUGGAUCCCAUUUACAGGUAAUACACAUGAAACAAGCUAUACAGAUGGCCCAAAUGGCCUAUGGUCCUCAGUCAUUUAAUGUACUAAAAUGCACAAAUAGUUGAAAUUUGAAUGAAUGCAGCUUAGGGACUGGGGAUUUUUAAACAUUUAUUCUCUUAAUACAAAAUAAUUAUUAUAUCUGAAGCAAUUUUCCCUUCAGAAAAAAUAAUGUAUUUAAAAAUUGGCAGUCAAAUCCAGCUUUUGUUUGCAAACUAGGAACGUCGAUCUCCACUGCAAUCAAAGGUGUUUCACUCAAGAACUCAAAACACGUUGUACCAUAGCAACACAACGUGGAACUCAAGGGUAAAAUUCUGCCUUUAUUUACAAUCAAGUAAUCUACUGAUUUGUUUUUAAUUAUUGGGAAGUGUUUGUUGCACUCUGCUGUGCAGAGUAUUACAACUAAUGCCAAAGGAACUGCAUGAUAAAUAGUAAUAUAGCAAUGAAAUAACAAUAAUAGUAAAUAUUACUUAGUGUGUUCGGAUAUCUUAUUGAACACAGGACAAUAGAACAAUUAUUCCAAAGGGAAAUAGCAAUGUAUGCUAUCCAGGGAGACACCUAAAAGAGCCGGUGCAUUCAAACAAAUUCAAUUUGAUAUUCCUGAUUAGAGAUUUUUCUGGGUUUUCAUAAAAUAGUUUCUUUAUUUGCCACAUUGAAUGGGUACUGUCUUCCCUGUGAUCUCUGGAAAGACAAUACAAUAAAUUGUUCCCCCAAGUUUGCCACUUCAAAUGGCAGGCUAGCCAAGUUUCUCUCUUUGUAAGUAAGAGCCCAAGCCUGAUGGAUCUAUCAUCAGGCAUGCAGCUGUAUCCAAAUAUAGUUUCCUCGUGAGUGGAAGUAUUCUAGCUGCCCCCUGACAAUGCAGACUAGUGUGUUUCCCAUGAGUAUAUUGACUUCUAUUGGUGUACAGCCGUAGGUGCGUAUGUGUUGCAAAGGAGCAAAGCAUACCACAAGAACAGAUGAACAAAAAUCUAAACAAAACGCAAUUGGACAAGGGAUAACAACGGCUGCCGGCUGCCUAAGGUGUUCGUUCCCAUGUAAUAUGCCAGCACACAGCAAGAGUUGUCUAAAUUAAUUAAAUAAUUAAAGGCUCUUUAAUUAAAGCCCUCAAUAACCCACCCACAGAGCAGAGAGCUCACUGCAUCUCUGCAUGAUUUACUGCUGUGGCUUAACAUCCUUUCAAUGAGCCUCUGCUUUGGAUGGCACUCUCUCUCUAAUGGAGAAACUCAUUCAUCCGCAAUGCAGAGAUGGCAGCAGAAUUACCCACCCUCAGAAAGGCCUCCAAUCUGCCUGCGCUUGAGUCACUGCUCUGGCCUUGCUUCUUUCCCACCAGGAGACAUACCCAGAUCAGUGACUCAUGCAGAAACACAGGGAGUGGGGGGGGGGGCUCCUCUGAGAGUGAGUCAUUUUAAAUCUUACAUAUUCUACAACUAUGCUGUUCAGGUUAAACAGGGAAAGGAACAUUUUAUUUUUAUAUUUUGAAAGAAUAAAGUUUGGGAAAAACUGGCCUACGUUUAUGAACAAGUGCUGAAUGACGCCAACUUGCUGUUUUCGAAUAUCACAUCUGGAUAUUCAUUCAUGGGAUUUAGACCUAAAUAAAUAUAGCAUCCUGUUAAAAUUAUUCUCCCCCCCCCCCCGUUUUGUUUAUUUCUGUAGUAUUUGUCUACUAUGGAAUUUGCUGCUUCAGUCACUUGGCACAACUUAACUAAUCUACAACUUCCAAAUGUAAAACAAAAAAUCCUCUCAUUCUUUAAACAGUUAGCCAAUAUUGACAUGAUAUAAACUUGGCAGACCUUCAUGAUGAGUUACAAAAAAACCAUAAUCCUAUUUGGGGGGGAGAAAAUAUGAAUAUGGAAAUAGAUGUAUUUUGUAUUUGAAGUGGUGAGCGUCGAUGCUGACAUAUUUGGAACUCAUUUCCCAUACUUCAAAAGCAGAUAAUAUUAUUAAUAGUAAAACAAUAAUAAAUGCUUCAUAGAAAAAUUUUCAGUCCGAUUGUUUGUUUGUUUUUAAUAUUUGAUUUUGUUCCAUAGAAAAUUGGCCAUUUCAACUCUGUAGUUUUGAUAAUAUAGUUAUGGCUUUGAUAACUGUGCUCAGACCACUCAGCAGUUUCUGUUGCGCAUAAUAGUAGAUACUUGAAACUGGAAUGUUUCCAGAGUCAUUGGCGUAGUUUUUUAAGGGGUGCCCACCAGCCUCAUUGGCAUUAAAGAGCAUAGUGAAUUGCACCUCCUUGUCUUUGAUCUUUGUGCCUGAGAAGUUUUGCCUCUUGUUCUGAAUCCAAGUUGUCAAAUAGUUAUCCAUAUGUGAGACUGAGUCAUCACAAGAACAUUCUUAUUUUAACAUUUACAGAGUAGAAAAAAGAAAGCUAACUGACCCACUUGAAGCUUUAAAAGAAAAGUACUUGAGACCAUCCCCGGGAUUCUUAUUCCACCCACAAGUAAGUAUUUUUUACAAUCAAGAUGUUGUGAUGGUAAACAAACAUGUUAAGCCAUAGACGCAGGUGCACAGGAACAACGGGAAUCUUAGUCAUUAUCGGAUUUCCUAGAACAUACAAGUUUUAGUGAGCAGGGAGAAACAAACCACGUAGCAUUGUUUUACUUUUCACAAUGUUUUUCAGGAAGACUUCAAGAGAAUAGUGCAACUGUCUCCACAUGCCCAGUGGAAUUCUGGGGUUGUGUGUCUCAGAUGCCACAAGAGAAGCCCCUUUGGGUGUACUGGAAGUAGUCUUUCAUCUGGCAUGAAUGCCUCUAAGAAAAAUGCCCAGAAGUCGCACUAUGCAGACUGGCAUGAGCAAAAUACCGGGCACACUCAAAGCACCUCCCUGAAUUUCUAGCCUCUGUUUUCAAGGCGCUGUGCUUGUUAAACUAAGUUCUUAUGCAGUUAUGCCAAACAAAAGCACCUGGUGAAAUGAUAAUAUGACUGAUCCACCAUAUGCCUACUUCUCAAUAUUUCAAGAUAUGUCAACAGGGAGCAACUUCUGGUAUUUGCUUAUGUCAUACCUGCCAGGGGGCAAAAAUGCCCAACCCAACUGCAUGACAGACAGGCUCAGUCACAAGUUUAGGGACUAUUUUGUUUCUAAGCCACAGGAAUUUGUGGGUCCACCUUAAUACACAACCUUUGCCACCUGUACCUUCUUGAUGUAUGAGAUAAAAUUGAGCACUGCUUCCAUAGACUUCACCAUUUUUGAUUUGUCAGAUCAGGGUGGCUUCUUCUGGUUGUGCUAGUUUAGUAGCCUAAACAAAGGUCUAGGAUCUUGGAAUUCCAAUUUCUAAUGCUAUGUUUCAUUUAUAACACUAUAGGCAAACACCGAUAUGAUUGUUCCACAGUACUGUAGAAAGCCACUGUUUUACUGUUAAAAAUAAUUAUGCGCAGCUUAGCAGGCAUGGCCAAGCUCAGAGGAUAAGGUUAUGAGAACUUGUCAGCAACCGUAUUUGUGGUAGUCCAUAGCAUGACAAAAAUUAGUGUAGGCUGGCAUUCAGGGAAGAUUUAUUUCAUAAGAAUCUACCAAUAAGUGGAUAAAGAAUGCAUAGUUUAUACUAACUGAAACCUGGCUUAGGACACUUCAAGACAAAAUUAUAGGGAUGCAGUACAUUGCCCAGGCAGGUGCAUUAUGUGACCCAUGAGAGCAGCAAAAUAGCUAGAAUGUACAACAGUGACGGGAUAAAAUCAGACCAAAUCUUUAUUGACAGCAGCAGACAGGGCAAGGGUUGGCAUGGCAUUGGGUCCCUGGAUUAGUUCAUCAUUCCACAAGCCCCAUGUUGAUGGGAUGGAUCUGCUGGGUCUGGAUCGCUCCAAACCUGCACGACAGGAGUCGGCCAGUGCUGAACCUUGCCAUGGUGCAAGCCAAGCAAGCAAGGUCUCACUGGGGGACCAGGGUGCAGAUUCCAACCGGGCAGAUACCAAACCCACAAUUGGGUUUGCCGUGGUCCAUCCUCCCCUCAUGCCCCUUAUGGGCCCCCCCACACACUAUGUUGAUCCUGACCAAUGCCACUUCCGCCCUCAUACAAAAAAUGUUCUUCCGCCUAACCAAGGAAAGCCAUAAUUUCACUGAGGGAAAGGUGAGAAAAAACCCAACCAAGUGCCAAUGGGGGGGGGGGGAGAGAGAGAGAGAAAGAAAGAAAGAAAGAAAGAAAGGAAGGAAGGAAGGAAGGAAGGAAGGAAGGAAGGAAGGAAGGAAAGAAAGAAAGAAAGAAAUCUUUUCUGGCUCUGUCAACCAGCAACCCAAAAUUGCUCAGUGAAGGUUCUAAGCCCAUACUUUUUUUCCUAAAAAAAAUGUUUAGGGAUACUCUCAUUUUCCUACUCAUAUUGAAAUACUGCCCCUCAAUGAGGCCAAACUUAAGAUUCACAAAAUGUUUAGGGGUAUGUGUACCCCUGCAUCCCCCCAGAAAAAAGCACUGCUCUAACUCAAGGGAGGGUGGGCAGGAAGCUCUCAAAGCAAAAUGGCUGUGAGCUCCAGGGGAAGCAGCCUUAUAUAGGUUUUCCCCUCCCCUCUUCAGCAAGGGCUCAUGGGACAGCUUUUUCCCAUGAGCCCAUCACACAGAGAAGACACUGGGCAAAACCUUGCCCAGUAUUUUGCUGCAAUCUGUGGGCCAUAGCACUGCUGGGCAAAGGGGUCCCAUGCUUAUUAGGCACAGAAUGGGGCUUGGAAGUGUUUUUAUAUUUUAUUUUUUGCAUGCGUGAGACUCCAGGCUCAACCCUAGUAUCAUAAUUGGUAUUUUGAAUUAAAAAACAACAACAAUUGCCAUGCAUAAAGUGUUUCCUUCCAGGACUAAUGCAUGCACAGAUGUUAAGUCUCAUAUACAGUCAUCCUCAUGGCAUCAAAACAGACUUGGAAAAUCUUUUACAUUACAGAUUAAGCUCACAUCCACAGGGUAUACCUCAGUCUACAGCCUUGAGAUAUUUUCUCCAUAGUGGCUGCUGUGACUGAGACGAAAGGGAGAUUACUGUACUAUUGUUAAUAAACGAUAUAAAUCAAGACAAUAUGGAGUCAAACCCAUCUUUCUUUGUUACUCCUCUUAUCACCAAUCGAUGGUGAGUUAAGCAUUCCAUAGCUGUUCUAAUUGUUUUUUGAGAGCCAGCAUAAAGCAGUAGCUAGAGUAUGAGAACUUAGUUACAACUUAUGUUUUGUCAUGAGGAUGCUAGCAAAAAACUGCCUUCUAUAUAAAGUGAUUGCUCUUUGACAUAGCUUUUGAACUGUUCACAUGGGGGAACUCACAAGAAAUAGUUCUUAUGCCUUCACGUAUGAUGGAAAGAAUGGAUGAUGUGCAAUUUGAUGGACCCAAUCAAAAUGGUACAACAGGGAAUCAGUUACUACAGGGUGAAUGCUUUCAACAUCUUCUCAGUGGCAAAUACAAUGUGUGUUUUGGUGUUUAGGCUGGCAUGCUGUAAAUCCAAUGCAUAGAGUGGGAUGUACUCUUAUUCUGAUCUCUGCCCCAGAAUGUGAGAAGGGUGAUCUGAAUACAGAACAGUGAGAUGUGACAUGCCAUAAACAUGAUUGCUAAAUGCCCUCUUCAGCACUCUGGAACUUGCAUUGCUCCCAGGGACUCCAGUGAGCUGCAGGUAAUGAAGUAGACUGGACAACUGGGAGGCCAACCAAACACUUGCUAGAACACAUAAUCAUGCCUGUUGCAUGGCAGAGAAUAGCUUACUUUGCCGCCUCCACUGCGUGCAUCCACAAGCAAGUGGGCUACAGAGCUGUUCAGGAUGGUCCAGGGAAUGUCAAAACCUUCUCCAGCUAACUUUGAGAAUAAAAUUGGUUGCAUCUGCAGCAACUUGGACUAUAAUUUUGUUGCAGAUCCCACUGAGAUGUCCAGUGCAUCAGCUGAUCUUACUUUGUGGGGACUGUUGCAGUUAGUGAGGUGUUGAAGACAUGAACAAGGUGCCUGCAGCAGUGCUACCAAUCAUGUGCUUUCUUGAUCCCUGCUGCUCUUGGCUGAUAAGGACUAGGCAGGAAGCAGCUAUGACCAGGUGGGUUCAGGGUGUGGUGAUGAGCCAGUUGUGCCACCAUUCCUCAAGAAACCCACCCUGGACCUGUUGGUGUAUGACAACUACUGCCUAGUCACUAAUAUCCCCAUUUUGAGGAACUAGAGAGAUCCACAGUAACCCAGCUGUAGGAACUCUUGGGUAGUACUGAUUUUCAGGACCCAACUCAGUGCCUAGAUGUAGUUGUGGGAUGGAUGAGGGCCAGUGAGAUGACGGCUCUGUAAGUAAGCAGUUCUUGGGUCAAGGAAAUAAUUCACCUGUUCUGGAGGGGGUGCAUUCCCUCUGAAAUGGUUCCAUCGUUGCUACUAGAGACCCAAGUGACCAUAGUGGCUAGGACUAGGAGUGCCUUUUACCAGGUUUGGCUGGUGCAGUAGCUACGAUGGUUCCUGGACAGGGAUAGCUUAGCCAUAGUGACCCAUGCACUGGGUAAUCUCAGCAAUGGAUUACUGCAGUGUAGCCUUUGCAGGGCUCAUCCCAAGGCUGGUUCAGAAGCUGCAGCCAGCACAGAAUGUGGUAGCAUGGCUGCUCAGUGGAGUUGCAUAUUGUGAACAUAUUGUGAACAUAGCAGAGGCACGUGCAUUGGCUGUCAAUUUGCUACUGAGCCUGGUUUGAGGUUUCGCUGUUAACUUAUAAAUGUAUCCGAAAGAGUGCCUUCUCCCAUAUAGACUGCCCAACUCAUUGAAAUCAGCAUAUGGGAAUCUUGUGGCGGCACCACAGCCACUGGUAUUCUAUCUUGUAUUCAACAGGUAGAGAGGUCUUUGCCUACCUGGGAAAUUAGGCUUGCAUAAACUGCAUUAUGUUUUAAGUAUGUCGUAAAAAGGUGUUUGCUCUAAGAGGCAUCUUUUCAUUAGUAAUGUUGCUGCAUACACGGCAACCAGAUUGGACUACUAUAUAUUUAUAUAUAUCUAUUGUUUUAUACUGAUUGUUUUGUAAUUCUAUGUUGUACACUGCUUUGGAUGUUGUUUUAAAUACAAAGCAGUAUGUAAAGAUUUUAAUAAAAUAAAAUGCAGGAUUUCUGCAAAAGCUGGCCUUGGGCCUCAGCGACUUCAUAGGGUCGUUAUGAAGCAAAAAUGUGGCUUUGAGCUACUUUAAAGGUUGUGUAAUAAAUACAUAUUGGAAAGGGGAGAAAGGAAAAGAACAGGAACCAUGGGGCGGGGUGGAGGGAAGUUGGCAGGGAGCAAUUAUAAGAAGGGACAUAAGAAGAGCCUGCUGGAUCAGGCCUGCAGCCCAUGUAGCCCAGCCUCCUGGUCUCACAGAUGGGCCAGCCAGAUGCCUGAGGGAAAGCUGCAAGCAGGACCUGAGGAAAGGCUGCCAUGCAACACCUUCUUUUCUCUAACAACCACACUACGUUUUGUCACAUGACUAAGAGAUAGUCCCUUUGUCUGUACCCAGGAAGAUUAUUUAAACUUCAUCACAUCUUUUCUUUCUGUCAAACUUCAUAUUCUGAGAGCUGCUUCUAACAUUUAGUUCUGAAGGGGUAAAAUCUUCACACAAAGCUGCUUGUUUGAAACAGAUAUUAUACUUUUUAAAAUGAAAACUAUGGGGAUUUCCAUAUAAAUUAGGUAACUGACAGUGAAUGUCUACCCAGACCAUCUGGCAUGUAUGCUUUAGUUGAGUUGAGCUUCCUGCAUUCCAGGGGGUUGGGCUAGAUGGCCCUACAAUUCUGUGAUUCUAUAUUCCCAGAUAAGUCGGUACGUGAUUGCAGCCUAAGAGUGUUAUUUUCCUAGGAUUAGCAUGUCAUGACGUCAGCAGUGAUUGCAGACACUGAGUUCAAAGUAGUAGCUGUGUUCUGAAACCAAAGUUCUGAGGUGACUUAGUGGAAGGUGGAUGAAGUGAACUGUCUCUACCCUUCUCUCUCACCUCUAUAUAUCAAUGCCAGUCACUCUCCCACUUCACAAACCAUUGCUCUGUUUUGCUUGUGGGAAAUGUACACAAACCUGUUGCCCCUUUAGAAGUAUUUUUGUGUGGUGGCUAACACUGUGUUAGGUGUUUAUCAGCUACAAUAACCCGAGAGCCAGAACGCCAUAGUUGUUAAAGUGGGGAGAUGCAUAUUCAAGUCCCCACUCAGCCAUGAAGAUCACUGGAUGACUGUGACCCAGUUACUCUCAGCCUAGCCAAAUUCAUAGGGUUGCUGCGAGAAUAAAAUGGGGAAAACUACUUACACUGUUCUGGGCUUUGUGGAGGGAAGGCAGAUUUUAAAUGUAGUAUUACUAAUAAAAUGCUGAUGAUGAGAUGUGUGGGUUGUGGUACAUGCCACCCCAGGGGAGUGCUACGUGCCAGAGUGGGUUGGAAACAGACGCAAAAGAACUGUAUUUUAUUAUUUUAUGUGAGCCACCUUGGGUAGCCUUCUGGAUCAAAAGGAAGAACAGAAAUAAAAUAGAGUAAUUAACAUAGAUGGUUGGACAGUGUUCUCGAAGCUACCAACACAAGUCUGACCAAACUGCGGGAGGCAGAGGAAGACAGGAGUGCCUGGCAUGCUCCGGUCCAUGGGGUCACAAAGAGUUGGACACGACUAAACAACAAUUAACAUAGAAACAUAGGAAGUGGCCUUAUAUUGAGUCAAACAAGUGGUCCAUCUAGCUCAGUAUUAUUUACACUGAUUGGCAGCAGCUCCCCUGGCCCUACCUGGAGAUUGUAGAGAUGGAACCCGACUGUAUGGAAGUCCAACUGCUCUACCACCGAGCUACAAAUAUUGAUAAACCCUAUGUCAGAACUCACUCCCAAACUUGUACGGCUAUAGUUGAAAUGAGAGGCGAUUAAACAAAGACACUUGUUUUGGCUGCAGUGACUUAGAGCCUACUAGUAGCCCCUGCAAAAGGAUGUAAAGGUAAAGGUAAAGGUACCCCAGCCCAUACGGGCCAGUCGUGUCCGACUCUGGGGUUGCGCGCCCAUCUCGCUUAAGAGGCCGGGGGCCAGCGCUGUCCGAAGACACUUCCGGGUCACGUGGCCAGCGUGACAAGCUGCAUCUGGCGAGCCAGCGCAGCACACGGAAACGCCGUUUACCUUCCCACUAGUAAGCGAUCCCUAUUUAUCUACUUGCACCCGGGGGUGCUUUCGAACUGCUAGGUUGGCAGGCGCUGGGACCGAGCAACGGGAGCGCACCCCGCCGCGGGGAUUCGAACCGCCGACCUGACGAUCGGCAAGUCCUAGGUGCUGAGGUUUUACCCACAGCGCCACCCGCGUCCCUGCAAAAGGUUAAUGGAAGGCUGGUCAACAGGUUUGCCUCAUGGGGAUGAUGAUGAUAAUAAUAAUAAUAAUUUAUUAUUUAUACCCCGCCCAUCUGGCUGAGUUUCCUGAGCCACUCUGGGCGGCUCCCAAUCAAGUGUUAAAAACAGUACAGCGUUACAUACUAAAAACUUCCCUGAACAGGGCUGCCUUAAGAUGUCUUCUGAAUGUCAGGUAGUUGUUUAUCUCUUUGACAUCUGAUGGGAGGGCGUUCCACAGGGCGGGCGCCACUACCGAGAAAGCCCUCUUUCUGGUUCCCUGUAGCCUCACUUCUCACAAUGAGAGAACCGCCAGAAGGCCCUCAUGCGACUGAGCCUCAUGGACUCUUCCUUGUGGAGUGCCCAAGGCAUAGAAAAUAAAGUGUGUGGUAACACAAGGUAUGGGCUCAUAAGUGGGCAUGUACAUUUGUAGGUUUGAAUUGUCCUCUCUUUUUUUGUGGAGAAGAAUCAUGCCCAGAGGUGGAGCGUAUGCCUGUGCUGCCUGGGGCGGUGUGUGGGAUGUGCCCCUGGGGGGUGGGGUGCGGCAGGUGUCCUUGGCACACCACAGUUCAGGGUAGGAGAGGCGUGGGGAAUCUGCCACCCACUCUCCUCCUGCUUACCUCCUCCGGGUCAGGCCUGUGCCAGGCACAAGCGCCACAGCCAAGGCGCAGCUCCUCCUUGCGUGGAGCCAGGUUCCAAUAAAGGAGCCUGCUGUGGGGGAGCCUGUUUGAGCCCCCUCACAAAAUUGCAUCCGGGGCCACGGCCCCCAUGGACCCCCCAUGCUAUGCCUCUGAUCAUGCCGAUCUAGCCUGCAUGCAUAUGAGCCUAGCACUCAUAGUCUUACCCAUGUAUUGGCAGCAUGCACAGAUGAAAUUACUUUUCUUGGAGAUGCAAAGAAAGCUUUGGUUGAGUGAAUGUUGAUCAGCUGUCAGAUUGAGAGAUCUCCCUUAGCCGGCCUGUUUUUCCUUGGACCUUUGCUUUUCCUUACUCUAGCUCCUCUGUCAGUUGUUCCUUUACAUAAUAUUGCCACUGCUUGGUAUUAUCACUUGAUCAACUCACUGUACAAUUGCCGCAGCUUUACCUACAUCACCACAAGUGUCUAAAACUAAGGUUUGUGAGGACUGAAGAAAAUCCUCCCAGCCGUGUGGUGAGCAUCUCCAUACAAAUGGCUUACUUACCAUGUGCCAGUCAACCAGCUGUCUCUUAUGAUUUAGCAUAGUUCAAGUGACAACAGUCAUGUGAAUAAUGACCCUGAGUCUGGUACCCUUCCUAAGUUUCUGCUAGCCUUCCUUGGUGUGUCUUUUCCUGUCCUGGUUCUCUUGUCUUGUAAAUGUUCAGGACCUACUUUUGCUUUGCUUCUUCUGCAGCUCACAUCCUGUGAAGUAGGUCUUCACUAUUUACGAUAAACCAAGACAUGGCAGGAGGCAACAAAAAAACCCCUGUGAGGUUCAUUGAGCUCUUGGUGGGCUGCCAUCCAUGUUUGGAAGCAGCUCCCCUAAGCUUGCUGCUGCUCCAUGCUUCACUAUUGCAUCUCUUAACCUUAAGCACUUGUUAUGCAUUGCACUUGUGAAUAAGGUAAAUUAGCAGAAAGGUAAAAAUAAAUAAAUCUGUAUGUGAAUAUGUUUUAUUCUAAAGUGAAAUUUAGAGAUAGUGUCUGCAAAUGGCACACAAAUGAAAAAGAGUUUUGACACAAAACUGGUAUGUGUGUGGUCAGGGAUCCACCACAGUUUUGCUGGUUGGUAAAUAGGAUUAGAACAUUCUAAGAGAUACGCUGCUUUAGUUCCAAAGGCAGAAUUUAAUUCAGUGUUGUGUGAUAAAUUAUUUUGUGCUACUGUUUUAAUAAUCAUACAAAGAUUAACUUUAGUGGUUGACAAACAUACCUGUAACUUCCCAUAAAAACUAUGGGAAGCUAUUAGGACCAAACCACACAGACCCUGUUUAAAAGAAAAAUCUACUUAAAAUAAACACAUCUUGAUUUAUUUUUUGAAAACGAUCAUUCUGGAACAUAAUAAUUACAAUGGCCACACUGCAUUUUGGAUAUAAUGGACAAGUUGAGACACAGCACUGGCUCCCUUUUAACUGUGGUUAAGAAAUGGCAAGCCAGCUUUGGGAAAGUACUCUCCUCCCUCCCACCUCCCUACCUUUCUCUGGAUCAAAUUGCCCUCUCCUGCCUUAAGAGGAAUUUCAACACUGUUGUGUACUGGCCCAGUGUCACUUCAGAUACAAAUAAUCCACUUCCAGAAGGGUAAUCCAUGUUAGUCACUCAUAGCAAAAACAACAAAGAGUUUUAGCAACUUAAAGACAAACCAAUUUAUUGUAGCAUGAACUAUACAUUAAUUGCAAUAAGGGAUCCAAAAGCAGGAAUAAUGUGUUGUUUUUGUUUCAAUUUUGCUCCCAGUUCCAAUUGCCUGAUCAAAGAACUUGGGUAAGUUCAUUAUUUAUAUUUUCAAUUUAAACACUGUAGAAGAAAUUGCAUAAGAAACGUGACAUGAAAACUCAUUUACUUCACUGCAACCCUACAAGUCUUUUCCUGCUAAUUAUUUUAGCUCUCCUAAAUCACACUUGUGUCUUAUUCUACUUUUCAUCAAAUGCUAGUCUUUACUCCAUUACACGUUCUAAUGAAUGGGAGUCUACCACAAAGGACUGUAUGUGCAACCAUUUCAAAGAAUUGUAUUACGAUUUCUAGAGGCAUAAAAUUGUUGUGCCAGUGAGUGAUCCAAAGCUCUGAGCUUACAGCAGCACAAUUGCACAUAUAAAGCAUUUUACUGUGCUAGUGUGGGCUUUGUAUGCCAUCUAUUAUAGAUCAGAAGCCAUCAUACUGGGGAGUUUAGAUGACAUCCCUCACAGAUCACAGCGCUCCCCUCACAUGUACAAGCAAUACAUGCAUGUGUCAGUACAUGCAUAAAGCAGAACAAACAAAACACAGAUGUGUGUUUGUGGCUGCCAUAGCUAGGAAGUACCAAGCUAGGUUGUGCAACCCUGUCAUCCACUCACACAUUUUUUGAACAUGUGAUGGGGGAUCUCUCUGAGCACCCACCUUUGAAACAAUCUUUUGCAGAUGAAUCCAUGUAAAGGAAUAUUAUAUAGUCAUUAUUUAAGUAUAUUUCCCACCCACCCACCCCAGGGAAACCCUAUUGCUCAAUCAGAGCAAACAUCAAUUGGGUUUUCUAUGGAUUUAUGUUUGCCCCAAUUUAAAGCUAAAGAGCAGGUUUUCCCUGGGAAAGGAGCAGGGCAAGGAGAAAAUCUCUUGGACCUGUGCUCUCUGGACGUGGAACAAGCAGAAGUGUGGAUGGACAAAAGUUGGCUUGGACAAAAAUGAGAAGCUCAACUGCUUCUUGUGGCACUUCAUCAGUUCACCUCAGUACUCUGCACAUGACCAUUACAAUUUACUUCUCUCUUUGUUUUUAUUUUUUUCAUGGUUAGUAGCAGUACUUUGUACAGCUCCAUUUUUUAAUUGUGAGCCCUGAACCUGGGGGAUGAGAACUAUUGAUUGAUUGGACAGUUUAUUAAUAUUUUCUUGGCACUGUGCAAAAAUUAUGAAAUGGUGGACUACCAUCCACCAAACACAAAACAAAAGUGAAAGAAACAAGGAGGGCAAGCAGAUUCAAGUACCAGUUCUUCAUAAAUUAUACUAUAUUCUUCAUAAAUGUUAUGAUGAUGACCAGGUGGAUUGUCUGCUGAUGGAGGCAUUUCUGAGAAAGGGCAAACUACACUGCAGUUGUUCCCACCCAAGCCAAUGGAGUAGGCCUUGGAGUCUCACCUCUCCCACUGAUGCAGCCAGAUAGAUUUAGCUUGUGCAUCAUGAUGAGCAUUGGUGAACGGAAGCAACUACCAAUAAUUAUAGCCAGUCACAUGACAAGGUCUAACCUCCAUAAAUGUUUUCAGGUCAGACUUGCUCCUUUUAAGAACAGCAAGGGAGUUCAGGUUCAAAUGAAGACCACAGAUCCAUGUUUUUAAAACCAGGUCUGCUCUGAAAAAUGAGAGAUGGGUGUGAGGGGUCUCAUUUAAAGAGCAAAACGGAUAUAUAGCUGAGGAGUGCAGACCUUCCCUGCUACACAUCUUUUCUGCAGUCUGUCUCACAACGUCACUUUUCUGGCUCGAGUACCAAAAUUGAGAUCAGAUUAGAGAAAGGCACUUGGGGAGAAGGGCUACAGGAAAAUAAGUGAUGGGAAGGUUUCGUAUUUCAAGAAUACGAACGUCUUCAACCCAGUUUGUUUGUUCCACUUUAACCCCGCUGUCACUUGUAGGUUUAAGGCAGUUUACAAUAUUUUAACAUUUUCCCUCCCUUGCUGUAUCCCACUCCUUUCUCACUGGCAGAUUUGAGAAAGAGAUGAAGAAUGAAAUUCCCAACCAAAUGAUCUCUCCCCUGUUUUCCUUUCUCCCAUUCACAUGAACAAAUCCAUACAAUUCUUCUUGAGGGUCGCUAAAAUAGACCCAAAAUAAAAGGUAUUGGCAAUGACAAUGAAAAGAUGCUGAUAUGGUCUAGAUUUUUCAUAUUUCUUAAAAAUGCACUAAUUAACAUAGAAAAUGAACAUCUGUAUCAUUUUUCAUUUCCCAUGAAUUAUGAUGGCCAGCCAUUUUGUGAAGCAAGCCUUCAGUGGCCUAAUUUAUGAAAUGCUAGGGUCAUGUAAUCCUCCGAUUUCAAGGUAUUAAGUCAUUAUUUAUUUUUAACAGACUGUUUGCCCUAUAUAUCUGUUACUGUUUUUCUGUCCCUAGCUAAUAAACUUUGACAUAAAGGACCAAGGCCAUGUUUGAUGGUAUCAAACCCAUCUGAGAUGCUUAUAAAUACCGUCUCCCCUCUAGUUAUGGCCAUGUCUACAUUUUUGGGCCUGAACUGGGAGAGCGUGCAGGUUUGCGUCACCCAACAGUUUAUAGCCUCUCUGGGACUAAAAGGGAGGUACGGGAUACAAGCAGCUUCCUUUUCUAAACUUCUGAAUGCAGAUAGAAUCAGCUAUUUACGUAUGUAAAUCAAAAUUGGUAUGCUGUAUAGCAUUAAAAUAUGCUGGGUUUUUAUUUAUUUAAAAAACAUACUUAGCCCAGAUUAAGAGCAUGCAUUGCUUAACCAUAAGGAGCCUGUGUAUGAGAGAGGAAACAAAGAACUCUCUUGCCACCCCCUAGCUCUAGGAAGGUCUCUGUAGACAUAUAAAAUCCAAUCGUUGCCCUGAAUUUUUUCUUCUCUUAAUAUGAGGUAACAUGAUGUUGGUUUUGGAUAAGGAAUAUUGUCUCCCUCGGUGAGGAAAUAUUUCAGUGCCAGACAUCUGUUCUAGCCAUGCAUUCACAUGUGAAUAUUGGGGCAGGAAGGGAUGAAUAGGGGCACUAUUUCUUUAAUCACUCUCCUUAAACCCUUAUACCAGGCUUCCUCAACCUCGACCCUCCAGAUGUUUUUGGCUUACAACUCCCAUGAUUCCUAGCUAGCAGGACCAGUGGUCAGGGAUGCUGGGAAUUGUAGUUUCAAAUUGUAGUCUCAAAACAUUUGGAGGUUGAGGAAGCCUGCCUUAUACCUUGCUGCCUGGAAGAGAGCUGUUCCUUCAACAGCGAAUCAGCUCAGGCUGGGAGGCUCCUUUGCUUCAUGGCUCUCAGUCAGCCCGUCCCCCUCCUCCCAAAUAUACUCAUUUACUAGUGUUAACUCUGAAGAUCCUGCCUGACUCUCCAUAUUCUCUGUUCCUGUGGUCCCAGGGGAGAUUUGGGGUUUUUUUUUGGGGGGUGCAUGUGUGUCUGUGUACCAGCAGGAACUCAGGCAACUGAAGUGGGCAGUGGUGGCUGGUAACAUUUUGACUUAGCAGGGCUGACAUUUUUAACCAUGCUGUUUUCAUCAUAAGAUGACUUGUAUGGCACUUAUUUAGGAAAGUGUGGCAUUAUACUUGUGCAGAGUGAUAUUGUCUCGUCCUCUAAAAAAUAAAACAAAACUCUGCACAUCUAUGAGCAGGGAAAGAGUUUCCAUGUAAGAGGGCCCAAGUACAAUUUUCAGAAAAGAAUGACUCCAUACCGCCUGUGUAGAAAUUAAGCCUAUAUUCUAUAUAAUAUGACAUAAAGUUUUGAGUACAUGAAUACAAGUUCUUUGCCAAAAAACUAAAAAUACUUUUAAAAUGUGAUGGAAAUUUGCUUCCAGUUUCAUGCAGCCCCACCCCCACAAAAAAAUCAGUUUAACUAUUCAUUAUCCAAAAGACUCUUUUCUCUAAAUUAAAAGAAGUAUCUUCUUGACUGACCUGUCCUCCUUUAAUUCUGCAAAGAGUUAACUAUGCUAUUGCCCGUUACAACACAGUAUGACAUUGAACUCCAUAUAUUUAUUGUGCAGGUUUUUAAAAAUAAAAAUACUGCCUUAAAAGUUAUGAAGCAAUUAUUUCCUUUUGUAGUUCCUGUUCAUGUUUUGAGAUAAUUUCUCUAAGUUUACAUUUCUUAGUGUUCACAGUCUGAUAUCAUUGAUCAUGCAGCUUCCUAUACCAAAAGGUUCAAAUAUUUUGCUCAGUGGUAGAGCACAUGCAUGAAAAUUCUUGCUAUAAAGGAUUUUCAGUAACUGGGCAGGAAACCACCCCUGCCAGAAUUCCUGUGAUUAAUUUGAGUCAGUGUUGACUGGGAGUAUAAUCUUUUGUCCUGCUAUUCACACCUGAGCUCCACCCUGGAAUUUGCGAUGUAAUAGCAUGUAUGCAUUUAUGAAUUAAUGAAUGAAUAUGUACAUAUAUAAAGCUUUCGCAGAAUGCUUUUCUUAUGCCACUAUGUCAGGGUUUCCCAAACUUGGGUCUCCAGCUGUUUUUGGACUACAAUUCCCACCAUCCUUGACCACUGGUCCUACUAGCUAGGGAUGAUGGGAGUUGUAGCCCACAAACAGCUGGAGACCCAAGUUUGAGAAACCCUGCACUAUGUCUUCACUAUUUUCACAUAUCUCGGAAUAGCAAACCAGGGCUUCCUUCUUUUGACAGUUGGAGCAAUGCAGUAGAGAAAAGUAUAACCUAUGAGCCAGGAAUCCUUCAAGCACAAAUGUUACCUCAGCCAUGGACUCACUAGCUAGCCCAAGGAAAGUCAGUGUCUUCUAGCUUCAACCAUCAUCUGCGACAUGAGAAUAAUGCUACUGGCCCACUGUACUUUAAUGGUUACUGAGAUGAUGUAUGUGAAGCACUAUGAAUGCUAACAAAAAGUGCUAUGUAAAUGCAGAAUAGUAGUAGUAGUAGCAAUAAAAGUGUUCCAGGUCAGAGGGAGCGAUUCCUGGGCUUGACCUGAACAACUUGCCCUUCUAUUUUUGGAAACUAAGCACGGACCAUUCACAUUCUGAUGGUCUGCGUUUUUGUUAGCAGCCAUUGUUAUAUAGCUAUGACAUUCUUGUAGAGUUUCCUUCCCCUUCAACUGCUGAUAUGUCCUCUAGACCCGAGUUCUGCCUCAGCAACCUUUCCUUGGUUUUCUUUGUCUGGGAACAUCUGUUCAGAUGGGGAAACAAUGACCUUUUGCCUCGGCUGAGGCAAAGAGCUACCCUAGCAGGCACUAAGAAGAUUAAAGGAAGGCUGCACUGAUAGCUUUCAUGCUGCUCCAGUGGUUCUCAGCAGUGAGAGGAGAGAAUACAAAUGGGCAAAAGGGCUGUAGGCAAGCAGAAGAAAGAAGCUGGUAAUCUCCUCCAUCCUUGUCACUUCACUUUUAUUCCCAGUUUAUUUCAGGUCUAUUUCAAAAAUAAAGGGGAAUGCAACUGAUUUCAAGCAUGCCCCUUAAGGAAGAACUAAGCAUUAUGUUACAUAUGGGGAUGCUGUUAAAAUGAGUUUGAUUCUUGCCCUUUAACAUCCAGUACAACUUACUCUGAAUCCUGAUGCAAUAACUUAACAUGUUUCACCACCUCUGCCAGUGGCAGCCAGUUAGGUAAAGAAACACCCAGCAUCAUGUCAAGACGGGGGAAAGUGAGAUAGAUGCUACCAGGUUGGAAGGAGACUCAACCUAGGGCUGCCAUUUUUAGUGGCAGCAUCACCUUCCUUAUAAGUUUUAGUUCCCCCUUUAGCUUUAUGUCCUCUUUCAGAUGCUGCUGCUGAAUGACCCUGGAAUAUUUCUGCAAAUGCACACUCUUUAAUUCUGUAUGGAUUAAUCUGGUAUAAACAUCACUCAAUAAUUAUAUUAUUCACGGAUUGCUCAGAAUGAUUUGUUCAUCUUAUGUUGUCCUACUGUAUGUAAGCCCUGUUUGGGCUGGUUUUCAAGGCAGAGGAUUAAGCUGGCUGUUUCAUGUUGAUUAAAUUUUAUUAUGCCAAUUCCCAUAUGAUCUGUGUUCCUCAACAGGCAGCCUAUGGGCACAUCAGGCUCACCAACUGGCCCCUCAAGUCGAUUGCAAUCAUAACUUUUUCUUUUGCUAAUGCUGGUUGUACCUUAAAGAAUGCCACUCCCAUAGGUUUUCCUGAGCCCUUAGUUCAGCUGGCUGUGUUCCAUGUUUUAAUUCAGGAAUGCCCUAUAUCGAAUAAAGUGACUUACUCUCAGAUUGCUCCUAGAGAACUAAAUCUGUUUCUAAAACAUAAUAAUAAAUUCAGGCACUUUGGAGAAUUUAUUUAUCUAUUGCCUUCUUGGUUCCAUGGCCCAUUAUUCCCAUAGGUGAGGAGUGUGAGAGUGUGGGGCUUGGCCUUCUCCAUCAUGUCACCAACAUUAUGGUGAGGUGUGUCAGGUUUCCUCUCUAUUGAUUCUGUGUCACCAGGUGAAAACUUAGUUUUUCCUGAAUACUUUUCCUGAGGUCUAUUUUAAUGUUAUAAACACUUGCAUUGUUGGUUAACUAUGGGAUUCUUAGUUGGCUGUUUUUAUUGUGGGAUGUAUAUUUUUAGCUUUGCAGUAAGCAGCUACAAGUACUGUGUAAAUAGAAUAGAAUGCAGCAAAGUAUUUGAACAUGUAAGUAAGCAGGAAGUAAUGCAACCAGGAAUGGCUGCACUAGCAGUCAUUGGAAGCAACAUAAGCAUGUGACUGGUGAUAGGAUCCUGGGGUUGGGUGGAGUGGCAGGCCUCUCCAUAUAUUGCCAUAUAUUGUCCGUGCAGCCGCUACAAGUCAGAUGUGCAUUAACUAGGCAGGCAGGAUCAAUGCACUGGUGGAGGAAAAGGGGGGCAGGGGGAGCGCACCACCCCCAGCAGCGCGAUCCCGGUGGGGUGCCAUCGUGGCUGCCCACCUGCACUGGGCGCCAUGCCCCCGCAGGUGGCGUGCCACCCCAGGACAUAAGCCACGCCCCCUGGGAUGCACACCAGCCACGCCCAUGCCUGCUCUCCACUCCCCAGUGCCGGAGCGUGAAGCUCCACCACUGGAUCAGCGAAACGCACAUACUAGGAAAUCAGCUCUGAUUUAUAUACAAUGACUAGUACAUGCAUGCCUUAGAAUAGAUCAGAACCAAGCCUUAAAGCCAUGGUAAUUGCUUGAUAAAGCCAUUUCAAACAGGAAAAGGAAAAUAGGUUAACCAACUAAUGCUGGGAUCUGUGGGAAGGAAGAAUGUUGACCCAAGCACGAUUUUAAAAGCACUUGGUAAUGAGACUGACUCAAAUAUUUAAAUAUAUAACUAAGCCGUUCCUUAUCCUCCCAGAUGCAUGUCCUCCAACGAAACUAGAAAUAGGUGGUACCUUACUCCUAAGCCAUGUGUCACUACUAAUCUGCCAGAAGGCCAAAAACCAUUUCCCUGCUUCCAUCCCUCCAUCACAGGCAAUAGUAAAACAGCAAAAUUAUUUCUCUUAGCAAGCAAUUAGAAGUGAUUAAAUGCAAUGAGAAAUAAAAUGGCAGAUUUAUUCUGGGGGAAAGGAGAAAUAGGAAGGAGUGAAAAAUAAAUGUUAUGAUAAUGCUGAACUCUGUAGGCUGAUAAUGACAUUGCUCUUCUAGGAUGGAAUUGCCUCCUACUCCAACCAGCAUCAUCAUUACAUAUCUUGGCCCUACGAUCAGUACCCGUCACAACCCUUCAUAUUGACAAAUGCCCUGUCCACUUGCAUCUGUGGAGAAUGUUUUAGCAGCUGAGUGAUUAUGAAUCAAAACCCAGAGCUUCCAGCCCUUACUGCUUCCCUCUGCUUUCCCAUUUGUCUCCUGACAAGUAAAUGUAUCUUGACUUUCCUCUGAGAUUUUUUUUUUUGCACAAUGUUUGAUGAAAGACAUUUGGCAAAUUGGCAGUGGAACCCUGUACAUUGCAAUUUGUAGUGAGCAUUAGAAGUCUGAGCAUGGAAUGGAAGAGCAGGCUACGGGCGAAAAGGAGAGAAAAAUACCAGCGCUAAGCAGAAUAUGAAUAUGAGCAGACAUUUAUUUUGGACUAAAAAGAGAAAGUGCAAACCAAAUUGCUAUAUUUAUAUUGUAUCUUAGUAUGAAAAAUGUAAGCCAAAUAAGUCUUCUUCCAUACAUAUUUCUCUGAAUGAUGAGUAACACUGAGCCUGAUGGAGCCACUUUUGUGUAAGUGCAAUGUAAGCGAGAAGAAAAUCAGUUCACAGAUUCCUGGGCUCAUGAACUAAACCUUAUUUACUAUAUUGGGUUUUCUGCAAAAUGGUCAUAAUUAGGAUGGGGGGAGGGGGAGUAAGCUUACCCUAGGGCAACAAUUCUGUAAUCAUUCAGGACAAAGGGUAUGAUUCUACGAACUUCUUUCAAUCUGAGUAAUACUAUUAGUUGUCAGUUCAGUGUUGAAGUGAGAAAAUUAUUAAGGCUAUUAUACAUUAAUCUUGAAGAUACAGAGUAAUUUGAACACUUCAUUAUUUGCAACGGCAUCCUGUAGUGUUACUUUUCCAUCAAGCAGAGGCUGCAGGCAUAAGCAUUUCCUGAAGAACCUUUGCUUCACCUUCUAGGCAUGCAUCUCUUCUACUCAUUGUAAAUGCCUGUAGCUCCGCUGCCACCUUAUUCUUAGGGGGACACAGUACUAUUGCAUAAGUUGGACUGUGUUCAGUGGAAUUUACUCCAAAGUAAGUGCAGUUAGGUUACUUAUGCUUUUGUGAAGCAUGUAGCACUGAGUUGACACUUUGGCUAUUACUAAUGCUUCUGCAACUAUUUCACAUUCUUAUGUCUGGAUUCAUACUGUUUUUAUUUACGCAUUUAUGUAUUCAAAAAAAGUCUGGAAUAGCUUCAUUAGGUGUGAUCUUCCAGCCACACAUAAAACUCUUAUCAGGGUGCAGCACUAGAGAUUAUUUGUAUUUUACCAUAAGGACUGGUUCAGGUAUACAGGUUCAUCACUUGAUUACUCUACUCCUGAUUACUGUACACAUGAUAAUUGGCAGCUGAAUGUGUGAACUAACACCACUGAAAAGCAUUGCUUUGGAGGUGAUAAAAAAGUUGUCAUUCCUCUGUCUCUGGAACACUGACCUAACUAGAUGUGAUUGAAAUCUUGCCAAAUUUUGUUCUGAUGGGGUAAAAAGAAGCAGGCAGCAUAACAGGGUGGAUAUACCUUAUUUACUCUACAUAGCUCUUUAUCUAGAACCAUAUAUGUGUACCAUUGCGUAGCUCAGGGGUCAGCAAAAAUUUUGUGGCUUGGGCUGGUUCACGGUCCCGCAGAUGCCACGGUGGGCCGGAGUGCGCGCACACAAGCAUGCACAAACGUUAUUUACAGCGCUCCUUCUGGUGCGGAGGAGGCAUGCACAGCUUCCCAUUGGCUAUAGGAGCUUCUUGCAGCCAAUAGGAAGCCAGCCAGCGUCGUGGAAGGCAAUCCCUGCUCUGCUCUGCGUGGCGCAUGGGAGCCGACUGAGCGGGUGGCAGGGGUCCAUGGGCCACUUGUGGCCCAUGGGCUUUAGGUUGCCGAUCCCUAGCGUAGCUUCUUAACACACAGAGAGAGGCAUCCUGGAAAUUACUCAGGACCGCUGCCUGGCCUGUCCCAAGCCUGCCUGCCUGUGGGGAGCUAGUGUGUGCCGUGACAGCAGCUUGCCACAGAGGGCGAGGGGCAAGAAGGGUGCCCAGCAGAACUGGUGACAGGAUGGGGGUGCAGACACAUGGCUGGGAGAAGAUGCUUCCCACCCUGUCCUAAUGGUUGACUGAAGGCAAACCUUCCCUCACUCAGGCAACUUCCAGGCAGCAACAGCAGCAGCAAGCAAGGGAAGGCCUAUUUAUUUAUUUAUUAUUUAAUUGUGACCCAGAUGCACGUAAGUGGGAGGGUGCCUGUAGAGGAUGGAUGGAUGGAUUUAUUAUGAUUACAGACUAUUAAACAGGAAAAUAUUAUCUUUUGUGGCGUUAUACAAACAUAUCUACACACAUAGAGUAACAACCGUAAAGCCUUGAAUUAGUCCAAGGUGGAGGCUCAGCGCUAAUUUUCAUGGAGCAAGACGGCCACUAGAAAAUUGGAUGACAGGCUAGAAACAUAAACUGAUUUAUGUGUAACUGCUUUUUUCUUCUGUGAAUUAUACUGUAAAUCAGUAAGAAGGUUGUGUUACCUCUAACAAAGCUGCAGUAUCUCAGAAAUGUAGUAUCAGUUAAACUGGCUUGAGACCAGUUUAUGUUGGUAAUAUUUCCUUAUCAGCAUAUAAUAACAAGGUGGAAUAAAUAUUGUGUCAUUGAAAUAGCAACAACUUUUAUUCUUUCUUCUAGUUAAAAAAGAAAAGCAGAGUUUUCAAUAGUACACUUUUUAAAAUGGAGCUCUUUGUUGACCAGAUUGUGCUAAUUCUCUUUGGAGUACAAGAAUGUCCUCACAAUGAUUUCCCCCUCCUCCUUGCAGAUGUCAGCUAUAGAAAACAUGGCUGAAAAGCUAGAGAGUUUUAGUGCCCUGAAACCAGAAGCCGGUGACAUCAUGCAAUCUGUCCCUUCCAUGUUCAACUUCAGAGCCCCUCCCAGCACCCUGCCAGAGAACCUUCUACGAAAAGGCAAAGAGCGCUAUACCUGCAGGUAAACUCUCCAAGCUAAUUACCCACAACAGCCUCUCUUAAUAUCGCUCUUCUCUUGCAAGCCACUGCUGUUUAUUUUAGAAAUUACUCAAGAUUGGAUGAUGAAUAGGGAUUAUGGUGGGUCACUGGCAUUUUAAAAGGUUCUUUAUUCAGCAAGACAUGGUCAUAGUGUUUGAUUCUGUGUUUGUUUGCAAUUACAGGAGAAAUUUGUCCUGCAUUACCUUGCGCUUGAUAAAUGAGGCCAAAACAUUACAUACGCUGCCUUGUUCCAAAAUUUCCUCAUCACCUUUAUAUUAAUACACGAUCUUUUCCCUCGUAAUUUUUUUCUGAUCAUGAACUGCAAGACUGUUUUUCACUUGGUCUUUCCUUUGAUAAUGCCAGAAGGGAAAUUCCACAAGAUCUGUGAAUGAUUAGAUGUGUUAAAAAAACUGAGUCGUCACUGCAAAUAUUUGGCUCAAAUCAACUUUGUCCUAAAGAAAUCAAUGGAAGUUUUGUCUCAGAGUUUGGAUCCAUCUUAUAGACAUCUGUAGCCUUUCAGGUCCUAAGUGGCAGACCAGUUGUUAGACUCAGAGAGAGCUUUUCUGUUGACCUCAGAAUUUAAUGAAUUUCACACAUCAUUAUGGUGCAAAUGUGAAUUGGAAAAUUUGUUACAGUUUAAAUAGUGAAUGUUCUGGAUAAUGCCCUUGACCAGUAACACAGUUUAUACUCACCCAUGUCUGAAAUAAUAUUGAGUCUUGUUAAUUUAUUUUAGUAGGUUGAAGGAUAAAUGAUUAUGCACUCCUGUCACUUUUAAAAGCGGGGGAGUGCACGUGUACCUCUCUCAACAAUGCCCCAACAUGCCAGAUAUUUUCUUAUUCUCUCCCCACCCUCCAAAGAAUGAAAGUGACUAGACUAAAAGCUAUUUCUGAUCUGGCAUAGUCAAUUUUACCACUUUCUUUAUUUGCGUGGGACUAGGUUUCUGUAUGGAAUUUUUAAAACAGGCCUAUUCCUUCACAAUACUCUAGCCCUUCAUUAUGUUUAGACAGUUGUAAAGGAAUUGAUACUGAGCCAAGCCUACCUUCAUGGUAGCUCCAUUCAGAAAAGUUUGGAAUUAUUCCCUUAUGAUCGCCAUCUGUGUACUCCAGAGGCAACAGCAAUCCCAUGUAAACGUCAUGGAAUAGACAUGGAGUCUGCUGAUUUAGACAAAACCACUGUAUCACAAGUUUGCAUUUAUCUGAACAAUGUUCCUUUUGACAAGCUCUGUUGUCUUCUACUCUGGCUGGUAUCAUUAGAUUAGAUCAUUAGAUCCCAAAUAAAGGCCCAAGCCAUUUGCACAAGCUCUGCAUUUAUUAAUGCUGGUUGUGCAUUCACAGUGCUUGCUUGAUGGAUGAUGCAACGGGCACUCUACAGGUAUUUUAUAUAAUAAUAGAAUAAGCCAUAGAGUUGGAACAGACCACGAGGGUUAUCUAGUCCGACCUGCUGCAAAGCAGGAAUCUUUUGCCCAACAUGGGGCUGGAACCCCUGACCCUCAGAUUAAGAGUCUCAUGCUCUACUGACUGAACUAUCCAUCAUGGGCCAUCUUCGGCUUUGUUUGAAAACCCCAAUGCUGUAGCUGUUUGGUAGCAUAUAAAUGAAGAUAAAGGUAUUUCACAAGCUAAUUCAUGUAUUCCAGAGCUGGUCCCACCAUGUAGCACAGUGAACUAGCCGACUUCAGAUGGCACAGGGCUGCAGUAGGGGUGUAGAUGAGGGCAGGAAUUUUUGUUUGAAUGUUGCAGCUAGACUCUUCACGUGUUGGUCCUUGUGGAAAAGGGGCUCCAGUUCAUGCAGCAAAAUAUAUUGGGCUGGCACUGUACUAUUCUUUUUCAUGGUCAAGUCCUCACAAUGUGGUUUUACCUUGUCUCCUUCAUGUGCCACACAGCUGGUAUUUACUACACAAGGAUCUGUUUGUUUUCCAUUCCCGCCCCCUCUAGUUGCAGCAAAUAUCAGCUAUCUUCAUGUAGAGCAGGAAUAGGCAACUCUGGCAUGCCAGAUGUUGUCAGAUUCCGAGUCCAGCCCUAGUCAAUAUGGACAGUGGGCAGGAAUACACCAUCUGAAUUUGACAGGAUGAAAUAAUCUCAUAAUGGCUUUACUUGGUCAACAAGUGGUGUUCAAAUUGAUCUAUGAUCAUCUAGAAAUGUCAUUUAGGAUUUAUAUUUUGGAUGCAUAUUUUCAGGGAAAUGUUCCUGAUUUGGCAGAAUAACCUAAUGCUGCCAUUUCAGUUUUCUAUUUAUUUUUUUAGCUUGGUAUUUAUGACCCUAUCUCAUUUUCAGAAUGUUAGUUUAUGUGUUUGAUAACUGUCAUAUCAGUUUAUCUGAUCUUUCUGAAAACAUGUCAGCUACUUUCAAGUCACACUAUUACAGAAGCAUACCUUGAUGGAUUAGGUCUCUUGAAUUGUGUCUGAUCUGAUCUUUCACAGAUGGAAUGAUGCCACGUUUACUGACACAUUGAAUAUGCUGAACAAUUUAAAACCUCUUUCCAUCAAGCCAAGAUUCUAAACCUUGGAUAAAAGAGUUCCCGUCCCCCAUAAGCAUUUAGCUGGGGAAGUGACAAAGUUAAUAAGUGUAGUAUGUCGGGAUGAACAUUCAAAUGAAAGUCUGCUCUCAUAGAUUUCUGAGGGUUGCACUGGAAAAUACAGACAUCACCACCUUAAUCCAUAAGGUUUUGAUUCAAUAUAUUUAUUGAAGCUACUUUCAGAAAUAUUUAAAUACAGUGGUAUCUUGAGUUACAAAUGCCUCAGGUUACAAGCGCUUCAGGUUACAGACUCCGCUAACCUGUAAGAGUUACCUCGAGUUGAGAACUUUGCCCCAGGAUGAGAAAGGAAAUGGUGCGCUGGCGGCGCAGCAGCAGCAAGAGGCCCCAUUAGUGAAAGCACACCUCUAAGAAUAGUUUCAGGUUAAGAACGAACCUCCGGAACGAAUUAAGUUCAUAACUAGCUGUACCACUGUACACCAAAGAAGCAGUUCCAUCCAGUAUUGGUUUGAAGUUUAGGACUAUGCAUUUUAUUUCUUUAUGUAUCUUAAAGCAAAACAUUAAAGCUAUCUUUAUAUACCAUUUUCUAAUACCAGAUACUGCGGCAAGAUAUUUCCAAGAUCUGCAAAUCUUACCCGUCACCUGAGAACACACACUGGAGAACAGCCUUACAGGUACAAGAUGAAUGCUUCUGGGGAGUAGCCACAGACUCUUAUUGGCUGUUAGCGCUCCAUACUGCAGCCUUUGACCUCCAAAGAGUUUUCACUCUUAAAAAUGAAAUGAGGUUUUAGAAUGUGCUAUGUAAAACACAGUUGACAAUACUUUCUAAUAAAUGUGUGGGGAAACCUGGUCCAAGUGCUUUAACACAACCCCAAUGGAAUGCUCACAAAACCCUUCAGAGGCAAAAGACACCCAAGAACUUGAGAGUUAAUAACCAUAGUGCUGAGCAUACAUAGUUUUGAUUAAUGCAGGUGCCUUUAAAAGUGGAUGGAUGAAGCAUUCCUGAUAAUGUGAAAUGACACAUGCUGGUCCUUCUGGUUUUGGAGUUGCAGAUGCAGAACUCACCUGGAGCGGGGAGAGAGGGCCACACUAGGUGUGACAUUAUACACAUCUUUGUAUGUGUUAUGUGUGACAUUACGUGCCUUUAACCAAACAUGCAUAUUUUUAAAAAAAUGCAAAUCACAUCCAAUGGGAUGGGAGGUUAAUAUUUAUCAGAAUCAUAGCAGUCUUAGUAGGGGAUUUUCACCUGAUGCAAACAGACACCUCUGAGAAGACAUUUUAAUCUGGACCAUAGCAAGAAGGAAAAUAUUAAGUUCUCCCUUACAGUUGUCCUUAAAUGUGUCGUUGUCUUCUUCUUCUUCUAUUAUUAUUAUUAUUAUUAUUAUUAUUAUUAUUAUUUCUAUACCACCCUUCAUCCAAAGAUCACAAUAUACAAUAUAAAAACACAAUAUAAAAUUUAUAUUUUUACAAUAUAAAAACACAAUAAUACAUACUGUAGUAACAAACAAAAACAGUAACACCCCCAAACAGUUUAAAAUGCCAUAGAUUGUUUUAUCAGCCAAAGGCCUGGGAGAAGAAGAAUGUUUUCGCCAGGCCCCUUAGUUACAUAUCUUUAGCCUCCCUGGGAAGAGCAUUCCACAAGUAGGGAGCCACCUCAGAAAAGGCCCAUUCUUGUGUUGCCACUCUCUGGACUUCUCACAGAGGAAGCACACUAAGAAGGGCCUCAGAUGAUGAUCACAGGAUCUGGGUCAGUUCAUAUGGCUGGGAAUCCUGGAAGAUCAGCUUCCUGCCUUGCAGGCCUUUUUCCACCUGGCCUGGGGAGGGUAGCGCCCUGACUGAUUCCAGCUACAUAGAUUACAUCUAUAUCAAGGCCAAACUGUUGUGGCAUGAACAGCAGUAGUCUCUUUCAGGAAUGUCUGAAUGGAAACAAUUUUAAUUGCGCUUUGGUGGGCCUACCAAUUCUGGUAAAAAAUUAAUUAACAAUCAUUUAAAUCAAAAACAUGAUUUUCUUACUUUGCAUCAAAUGUGAUUUCAGUAUUUGUUCAUUCACCCUGCAAAAGUGUUGUUUUAUUUCAUUUAUUUAAGAUGUACAUUUAAUUCCCACAAGCAUUUUCUGUCCUAUUAUUCUCUUCACAAGCAUACAUACUAAUCUCCAUGUCCUUGGUGCUUUUAACCCACUUCCUCACUGGUAACUUUCAUUGAUCUCUGUGGGCCAUAACUGGGAGAGCCUUUAGGAAAUCUGGCCCAUGAGAGCAAUUCACAUAGUGAAAUGAGAAAAGAAUUUUAAUUGUACAAAAUGGAACUUUCACUUAAUGAAAUCAAUUGAAGAAACUCGGCUCAUGUUCUAACAAAACAAGCACAAAUCGGUACAUUUUACGCCUUGCAAAGAAAGGAGAAAAAGCUCAUUGUUUGGGAUAGAUUUUUCACUCAGUCCUGAAUUUACUUGGGAAGUAGGUUGCAUGUAAUUUAAUUCUUGUUUUAAGAGGUAUCUUGAAACAUGUUAUGCUCUUCCACUGCUUAACAGCCAGAAACAAUUAGCAAUGUAAUGCAUAAUUUCUUCCCUGAAUAAUUGACUUAGCACACAAUGUAACAGACAUGUUUUGAAGUUCAGGAGAAAUAGACAUUGUGGGGGGCAGUGGGGAGACGACGAUGGUGAUGAAGACUGUUGGCCAGCUGCCAGGAAGAGAAUUUGGAAUAGUUAUAGUAUGUCUUAGUAAUGGCUGAAAGGGCAAUACAGUAAAGACUUCAGGGACUUCAAAUCACUACAGAGUAUGAAAAUUGAUGCCUCUGGUACCAGAGCGAUAGACUAAACUACUUGCGUUGGCACAGUAUUAAAGAUUUGGAUUGUUUAUUUCUGCGUUUGGGAAGAUAACUGAAUUUCCUCCAGGAUUAGCAAUUGAGCAAGCUAAUUCCUCAAUAAAAGAUUUUAUCACACAGUGUAAUUUUUAACAGGGAGGGAAGUGGUCUUUCUACCUUAUUUGAGCCUUAGAAGUAAUUUGUUUCAUGUUUUCCCUCUUCUCAAAGUGCUUAAUUGUACGGUAUUGGCAACAGCAUGAAACAAUAGGCUGGUGCUUCUCUGCUUUUCACACCAUAUAUGCUUUACUGCAAUACUUUUAACAGGCUAUCAUAAAUUAUGUCCUGUUAACUCUGAAAUACUGAGAUAUUUCCUGUAACUAUACCUUAACAUUAAUUUGCAUGUGCCAAAAUGUAUGUGUGAGUACAUGGGUGGUGGGGAAGGGGAGGCGAGAGAGAGAGAUAGGAGACAGGAUGUGCAGUUGACUUGUGCUUCCCGCUCCCUAGAUUUCUCUGCCUUGUUCAAAAUCAAUCCUGCGUGUCUUCCUUAGUGGAGACAUAUGCAAGCUUUGUGUGGGAAAGAUGCACAAGACCAAUUUCAGACAAGAUAGGGAAGCAUAAGAAACAAAAAGUGCAACAAGUCAGUUGUGCAUCCUGUUCUCCCUUAUCAUUAUCACAACGUAACAAGCUCCCAAAAAUUCACACUGGCCACAAAUCCCUUCUGUUUUACAGUAUUAAUAAUAUGGAACCUUUCCCGAUACCAGAAACCAAACUUGGAUUUUCAGAGCAAAAUCUAUACCACUUAUUCAGAUAAAUUUGUACAGUGGUACCUCGCAAGACGAAUGCCUCGCAAGACAAAAAACUCGCUAGACGAAAGGGUUUUUUUGUUUUUUGAGCUGCUUCGCAAGAUGAUUUUCCCUAUGGGCUUGCUUCGCAAGACGGAAAUGUCUUGCAAGUUUGUUUCCUUUUUUCUUAACACCGUUAAUACAGUUGCGACUUGACUUCGAGGAGCAACUCAUAGAACGCGGUGUGGUAGCCUUUUUUGAGGUUUUUAAAGACUUUGGUGAUUUUUGAAGCUUUUCCAAAAAAACACCGUGCUUCGCAAGACGAAAAAAAUCGCAAGACGACAAAACUCGCGGAACGAAUUAAUUUCGUCUUGCGAGGCACCACUGUAAUGAGAUUACUGUGCCCUUUCUGAAUAGGGAACAAGGGGGAUGGCUUGAAGCAUAGAAACCAUUGCUUUACUGGAAAGUUAGAUCCAAAUAAAAGGCAUAAAAAUAUUGAAAAUACAGUCUUUCAAGCAGCAUUUUGUGAUAUUUUCUGUUUGGAAGAUAUUCUAGCUACAUCCCUGCAUUGCAGGUUGUUGGACUACAUGACUCUUGGGGCACCUUCCAACACUACUGUUACCCUAUGAUUCUAUGAUUUGUUGUUCAGAUUUCCCUCUGCUCUUUCACCUUACUCUGUAGUUCUUGAAGUAACUGGAUAGGAGACCUGCAAUGUUUGCUAUUUUAUUGAAAAACCAAAUAAAAUAUAUGGGGUGGGGGAGAUAUUACUGGAUUUAGCAAAACUGCGGUGGAGCUUAAUUGAGAUGGUUGCUCUCUAGUUUCAUUUGAGUUAUAUUUCACAUACUACUUUCUUAUUUGAUAUUUGUUUUCAGAUGCAAAUACUGUGACAGGUCUUUUAGUAUAUCGUCUAACCUGCAGAGACAUGUUCGUAACAUUCAUAAUAAGGAGAAGCCCUUCAAAUGUCACUUAUGUGACCGGUGCUUUGGCCAACAAACCAACUUAGAUAGACAUCUCAAAAAACACGAGAAUGGCAACAUGUCUGGUAUGUACCUAUCAUGCUUUCUGCAUUAAAAUAAAUCAUUUAAGGGGAAUUCAUGAGAUCAUACAGGUCUGUUGUACAGGUGUGGCAUUCUUAUGACACUGCAGAUCAUGCUUUUCAUCCCACAACUAUUACAGGGGUCUUCCUAUGUCAGAAGAAUACAAUGGGCUUGAACAUUAUCCUUAGGUUUUUAUGUACUUGUGACUAAAAUCUUAAAUACUUGUCAGAAAUCAGAUCCGAAUUUUGAUCCAGGAAGUUGGUAUGGUUUAAGACCUGGGCAGCAUCAGCCUAAUAUACCAGUUUUGAUAGAGAAAGUUAUGUAGACUAUUGUGUACAACUAGCAACAUAUGCAAGUUUAUCUUCACUGGAUCAAUGGAUUAGAUGAAAAUGGUCAUCUAUUUUUUAAGACUAAAAUGAGAAAAAUUUUCAGAUGCCUGCACUCUGAAAUAAAUACUAAGUUCUAUUAGUAAGUAAUUAGUAAGUUCUAAGCCUUUUUUGGUUGAUUUCCCACAAGAAGCUCAAUAAUUUUUGUCCGGAUUUUUACAUCUUAAAAUAUGGCAACCCUACAAUUGACCAGUGAGGCACAAGCUGCUUCCUCACCUAACACAGUUCAAUUUUUCAAUGUUAUUUAAUUGAGCCCAGAAUCAGAAUGCUUAGUUUCUUUGAUCAUUGUAGCAACCAGCUGUGUAAACUAUGCUAUUUCUCUCCAUGCUUGUUUUCUGUGCUGCAAGCAAAUCUGGCAGCCCAGUCCCACUUCUUGUUUUGAGAUACUUUCUUUGGAGAUCCUUUCCUGAGGACACCUAUAGGAUGGGAUGGGGCCAUAGGACUGUGCACAUCCAGUUCUUCAUUGGUUUUGCUCACUUCCAGCUGAACCAUUUCUAUUAUAGUUGAGUGUGCUUCAUCAAGCAUUUGUUUUCUUGAUUUGAUAAGAUGUGCAAUGAUGACAUUUGGGAACUUUGGCACUAUUUUUUUAUUGUAUGUUUCCUUGAGACACUUGUGAAGAAAGUAGUUAAUAAAUUAAUAAAAAUUAACAUAAUUCUGAUAGGAUAAAAAACCAAAUAUUUACUUUUCUGUGAAGGUACUGCUACGUCUUCACCUCAUUCUGAACUUGAAAGCACAGGUGCUAUCCUAGAUGACAAAGAAGACUCAUACUUUACUGAAAUUCGUAAUUUCAUUGGGAAUAGCAACCACAACAAUUCAGAAGAAAGGUAAGGUGCAACUUCUCUGUGUUGCAGACUUUGUUAACUGUUGUUUCCUUACUGCUGAAGUGUUACUUUUCCAGCUUAUUUCCAAAGGGAAUUGGGCAAAAUCAAGGUGACAUACUCCCUUUAAAGCCAGUGGUACUGAAUCACAGUCAUGGAGUUUUCUUGAUAUCACUGUAGUCCGAUUACGCAGAACUUUCUCUGGAUUGUCUCCAUUACAUAUAAGACAUAAAAAUUUGAACAUCUAUCACAAUCGUGCAAUCCCAAAGCUAACUUAAUUUUGACCAUUUCUAACAGGCAAAACUACUACAAUUAAGGUGUUUGGUGUGUUUUUUACACUAUCCUUAGCAAUAUCUUCACAAAAUCUUUUUGAAAACAUAGUUUGGAUCUCCUGGCAAUUAGCAAAGUUAAAUGUGCUGAUGUUAAUGUGGCCAAAGUAAGCAGGUCAAACUGGAUUACAUACAAAAUACAAAUCCAGUGCUUUCACAAGAAAUGUCUCAUGCAUUAGCAAGUUUCAAUCAUUCCCAGUUCAGCAAUAUCAGCAAUAUAUGCUUGAGCUAGGAAAGAGAAGUUUGAAAUUUCCUCCAAAUGGUGAGGAAUUGCGAAGGAAAUUGCUAACCCUCUCGCAGUAUUUGGAUGCCCAUGUAAUCUUAUUGGACAUCACUUUCCCUUCAGGGAUUUGCACCAGUUUUAGCUUUUUGCAUAUAACCAAACACCUGAUUCAGAGCUAGAAGCUGCUCUGUAUUUAAUGUGGGAUAGUGAGACAUUUGUUACAGAUGCAGAGAGGGCCAGCUACACCACAAUGCCUGAUUUUUGUUGUUGUUGUUUAGUCGUUUAGUCAUGUCCGACUCUUCGUGACCCCAUGGACCAGAGCACGCCAGGCACUUCUGUCUUCCACUAUCUCCCGCAGUUUGGUCAGACUCAUGUUUGUGGCUUCGAGAACACUGUCCAACCAUCUCGUCCUCUGUCGUCCCCUUCUCCUUGUGCCCUCAAUCUUUCCCAACAUCAGAGUAUUUUCCAGGGAGUCUUCUCUUCUCAUGAGGUGGCCAAAGUGCUGGAGCCUCAGCUUCACGAUCUGUCCUUCCAGUGAGCACUCAGGGCUAAUUUCCUUAAGAAUGGAUGCGUUUGAUCUUCUUGCAGUCCAUGGGACUCUCAAGAGUCUCCUCCAGCACCAUAAUUCAAAAGCAUCAAUUCUUCGGCGAUCAACCUUCUUUAUGGUCCAGCUCUCACUUCCAUACAUCACUACAGGGAAAACCAUGGCUUUAACUAUCCGGACCUUUGUUGGCAAGGUGAUGUCUCUACUUUUUAAGAUGCUGUCUAGGUUUGCCAUCGCUUUUCUCCCAAGGAGCAGGCGUCUUUUAAUUUCGUGAUUGCUGUCACCAUCUGCAGUGAUCAUGGAGCCCAAAAAAGUAAAAUCUCUCACUGCCUCCAUUUCUUCCCCUUCUUAUUUGCCAGGAGGUGAUGGGACCAGUGGCCAUGAUCUUUGUUUUUUUGAUGUUGAGCUUCAGACCAUAUUUUGUACUCUCCUCUUUCACCCUCAAUAAAAGGUUCUUUAAUUCCUCCUCACUUUCUGCCAUCAAGGUUGUGUCAUCUGCAUAUCUGAGGUUGUUGAUAUUUCUUCCGGCGAUCUUAAUUCUGGCUUGGGAUUUAUCCAGCCCAGCCUUUCGCAUGAUGAAUUCUGCAUAUAAGUUAAAUAAGCAGGGAGACAAUAUACAGCCUUGCCGUACUCCUUUCCCAAUUUUGAACCAGUCAGUUGUUCCAUAUCCAGUUCUAACUGUAGCUUCUUGUCCCACAUAGAGAUUUCUCAGGAGACAGAUGAGGUGAUCAGGCACUCCCAUUUCUUUGAGAACUUGCCAUAGUUUGCUGUGGUCGACACAGUCAAAGGCUUUUGCAUAGUCAAUGAAGCAGAAGUAGAUGUCUUUCUGGAACUCUCUAGCUUUCUCCAUAAUCCAGCGCAUGUUUGCAAUUUGGUCUCUGGUUCCUCUGUCCCUUCGACAUCCAGCUUGCACUUCUGGGAGUUCUCGGUCCACAUACUGCAUAAGCCUGCCUUGUAGAAUUUUAAGCAUAACCUUGCUAGCGUGUGAAAUGAGUGCAAUUGUGCGGUAGUUGGAGCAUUCUUUGGCACUGCCCUUCUUUGGGAUUGGGAUGUAGACUGAUCUUCUCCAAUCCUCUGGCCACUGCUGAGUUUUCCAAAUUUGCUGGCAUAUUGAGUGUAGCACCUUAAUAUGCCUGAUUUACCAUCCACAAAUUCUCUGAAAAGGCAAGCUUGAACCAUUUCCAACCAUCAAAUUAUAGGUUGAUUUAUUAUAUCAACCUAUGCAAUGCUAAAGCAGGCCAUGAUUCUUAUGAUGACAUCAUUAGGAACACUGCUGGAAAAAACAGUGUGUAUUUCAUAAAAUACUCACUGUUUCAAAAUCAUACAAGUGGAUCCAUAAUGUGGGGCACUACCAGGGUGAGGCAUAAACUGCCCUAUAUUCUGGGAAUAACAGCUAGCAAGGAUAUAUUCCUAAUGAAGAUCAAUAUAAUUGUUCAACACGAAUGUAAAACUAUAUUACCGCCCAUUUUGUCCACUACACAUUUCAGUAAAGAAAGUGAACUGUGCAUAUUAAGUAAAACCCCUACUACUACUGCUACUACUACUACUACUACUGUACUAAUUUUUUUAUUUAUACCCCACCCAUCUGUCUGGGUUGUCCUAGCCACUCUAAUGCAUCAACAGACUAUAUGUCAAGUGCAUAUUUUGGAUUUGAAACAGCACUUGAAUUGGGGAUAAGCAUAAGCUUUCCACAGAUGUGUAACAUGAUGUGUGAUUAUGUUCUGGGUCAAAUUUAUUUACUGCCUUCUCUCUCACAUUAAUUUGCUUUCCAUGUUCAAGAGCAGAAAUUGCAUAUGGCUUAUGACUUUCUAUUUUUAAAGUUUCUCGCUCAUUUUUAUGCUGGGUCAAAACUAGUAGGCAUAUAUUCAUGAAGGCCACUGAUAAUACAUUACAUACACAUUCAAAUUUUCUUCCUGCUUGAUUGUCAUGGGUUAGUUUUCCCCCCCACAUCUGGUCUCAACAUGUCCUCUGAUAGGAAGUCUAUAAGGGAAAAAAAGGUUGAUGGGUCAUCCAGUGAUUCCUUUCAAAAUUUUGAUAGAUAUUUCAUACUUGGCAAAUUACUGCAUAUGAAAAGCAUAAUUAGCAAAUCUGUUUUUUUAAUCAUGUGGCUUUCAUUACUUUGGUUUAAAUUCAAGUCCUUUUUCACUUCAAACUGUCUUCUUCUGGCAUGGUUUAAAAAUCUGGCAACCCCUGGUUUAUAGCUCAUAGUUUCUUAAGACUGUCCAAGAAGUUCUGCCAGGGCAUCCUGAUAAAAGAUGCCAAAGAUACCCACAAGUGAGAUGAUGGUCACUUUUUUCAAGAUCAUUGCAAAAUUAUGGGUUUCUUUAUGGUUAUUCCAAGAUAAUUUCCUCAUGUUUAAUGGAUCCUAUAAUCCUUAAUGAUAAUUGGUUAAAUUCUAUUUCUUUUUCUUCUUGAAGUAUAAAUGAAGGAAUAUAGACAUGUUGACCAAUGUAGACACAAGCUUGUUAAAUGAUCCAAAAGAUUAUUGUUUGUGGGUAACCCUACAUGAUUUAGGCAAUUAUGGGAUAAUGUCUAGUGUGGUUUCAUUUUAUAUAGCCUAACAGACAAUUUAUUGGAAAAUCUAAAAGCAAUCAGAUGAAAAGUGAAAUUCCUUUGUAUUUAGAAAGGGGUAAUUUUUCUCUAGGGAAUGGGUUGAGAAGGACUGAGAGCUUCCGGUGAACUAGAACAUUUCGUUACAUGUUUGAGUUUAAAAUGUUAUGAUAACAAGGCAAACCAAUCAAAACCUAUCUCCAUUUAAAUUAUACAGAAUGCUUCAUAAAAUCAAUGGAAUAAUUUUUUGGUGUGCAGUACUAAACAGUGUCAGUUAUUCACAUGACUGCUUCUCCAUGACAAAGGUCACAAUCUUUUAUAGAAUUAAAUGCAUCUAGGCCUAUUGAUUUCACUUUGAAGCCGACGUGUUCAUAAUGCUCUGCACCUCGCCAACACAAUACAUACUGCAAGCCCAAGAUCUAGGUAGAAGACCAUUAUGUAAAUGGGUUUAACCUAUUGUACAUAUAUUUAUUUUUAUUUAUGAAAUAUGUAUUGCACCCUUGCCCCAUGACUGUUAUUCUAUUUUGUCCUCACAACAAGCCUGUGAAGUGGUUACCCAUUACUUUCCAACUAUGCUGUGAAGCAGAUUGUAUGCUACUGAUCGUUGUUAUUCUUAUUACUCCAUGGUUAAUAGGGCAAUGAGAGACAGUUGAGAACAUGAAUAAUUUUUCCUUUUGGUCAAUAGUAACUAUGCUGGGAAUUCUACUUUCAAGAAUAAUGAAAUGUAGUAAUCUAAAACUCAUAUGUAAUAGUGAGAAAAGCUAUCUCCACUAUUCUGUCAGACUGUGAAUUGAAUUUCAAAGGAUUAUUGGCCACUUAAUAAAGUGGACAGAGUGGUUAUUGAUUUUAAUUAUGGCAAUUACCACCUAUGGGAUAGUUAAUGCAAAACAAAGUUUAGAAAGCAAGGUCCUGUUUCUGCAACUGCUAACAGGUAAUUUUGUUUUCAUUUGAUAUGUAUUUUUUUGAAGAAUUAAUGGAAGUCACUUUAAGGAUGAAAAGACUCUGGUGACAAGCCAGAACUCAGACUUGUUGGAAGAUGAAGAAGCAGAAGAUGAAGUAAUGAUGGAUGAAGAAGAUGAAGAAAGUGAGAUAACAGGGGGGUCAGUUAAAGAACCAGCUGUAAGCAACAUAUGUGAAGAGGGUGACUAUGAAGAAGCAAAUGCUUUGGAAAUGAAUUGCAAGACUUCUCCUGGCAGGUAGGAGCAAGAUCAAAGCAAGAUGGUAGAAAAUACAACAGAAAUCCCAAUUUCUAGGAUUUAAUCCAGGUUCUGUAUUUGCAGGUUGACUAAAUAUGCCUGUUAAUAAUUAUUUGUGGACAAGGUUUGGAAUAGAAAAACUAUUGUGCAACUGAGCAGCUUUCUAAGGGGUGUGAUCCAGAUAAAGCUAGGCACACUUUAUAGUUUCAUUUAAAUCAGUAGAACCUAAUCAUAUGGUUAAGAAUUUAUUUUUUUAAAAGAACUAUGCCUAUUAUGCCCUCAAUUUUGCCCAAAGUCUGUUAAAGGAAAGACCAAACAAAAUAUUUCAGUUACUAUUUUUUAAAAAUCACUGAUAAUUUGCUUUUCAAAACCAAUCAGUAUGCCAAUCUUUGGACGUUUCAUAGGUAUAAGGAAGAUGAGUUUAAUAAAACUGGACUUUCUGCGUUGGACCAUAUAAGGCACUUCACUGAUAGCCUCAAAGUGAGGAAAGCAGAAGAAAGCCAGUUCAGUGAAGCUGAACUGGCAGCGUUUAGCACCUCCCAUCUGCCAGAAGACUUAAAGCAGCCAUUGUGUCGCAAGUCCAAAUCCCAGGUAAAUCUAUUUUAUUGUGCUUUCAGGAUAAAUUGUAAUCUGGUUGGGAAGGGUGGGAAGAGUGAUGGCGGGGAUUCAAACAAUAGAAUGGGAGGAGUCAAAGAAGGCCAGUGCCGAGUCAAUAAUCCUGAGAGUAGCAGAGGAACAGACAGUCCCGUACAAAUGUACACUGAAAACAUAAAACACUUGUUGCUGCAUAUACCAACAGUAAGAAACCCAUCUGGAGAUACCCUCAAAAGGUUGUUUGACCUUUUGUGCUGAUAUGGUUAAUGCACCUCUGUUUUUCUGAUGAGCAAGUGCUGCUGCAUCAGCACCACAUCCAAUUAAGCUGGUGCUGAGAAAAUCGUGGACAGACACUGCUUAACUGCAGUUAAGAGAUCAGGAGGACAGCAUUGGAUCACAUGCAUCUUCUCUUUUUCCCUUUCUUCUCUAGUACAAAUAUAUUCAGGCUAAUGACAGUGGUUCAACCACCAACAUUAACAAUGAUGUUUGUUCUUUGAAACUGUUUCCAAACCCAGCUUUCCAAACCUGGCUAAGAAGAUUGGACCUUGUGUUGUAACACCUAUAAAUUAAGGACUUCUAAAGAAAAAUAAAGAUUAGGGCAAACCGUAGUUAAUGUUGAUGCUGAUGUAAUUCCUGACAUUUGUUAAGAUAGAUGGAGGAAAUAUGCACCGGAGAAUGGAGUACUAAGAGAAAGAGAGAGUGCAAUCCUGUGGUCUGUUCCGUUCCCGUAUUCAUAGACUAGAGAGUUCCAAUGUUUUGUCUGUACUGGCCCUAUUAUUCGUAUUUAAUGGUUGGUACAACUGAGAUGGCUAGGCUGUCUAGUUGUAACCUGAAACUAUACUUUUCUGGAAAGGAGUCAAGUGUGCUUACACAUGCUAGUAGAAAUUUUAAUGUCCCCAGUAGGCCCAUGAAUACUGCCAAUCCUCGUCAGUUUUCUACUUUGCAGAGAAGGUUAACAAAUUAGUUCAUUUAAACUUGUUUGAGAAGAUUCGGAACAUGCCACAACACAGUGAAAUCCAUGGGGAUCCUCUUAACUUACUUCCAUGAAUUAAAGACCAUAGUCAUGUAAUUAGGUUUUGAAAUCACUGAAUUGUUCUGUACAACACUCUUAUACCAAGGUAAUUAACCCCAUUAGUGCAGCAUUUCUCCAACUGUGAGGCAUGAAGUGUUGCCAGUUUGGCCACUAGUGGCAAAAUAACUGCAGUUUUGCUCAACUGAGGGCCUAGCUGGAAACACACCAGUUUUUGAUGCAGGGGAGGAAUAGAGAAGGCAAAAUACCCUUGUCUAUCCAAACAUUGUUGCGGCUGCCUUUCUGACUAUGCCCCCCGGCUGCCUUUUCUUUGUUUCCAUACUACCGUAUUUACUCGAGUCUAAUGUGUCAUCGAAUCUAACGUGCACCUUAAUUUUCACAACGUAAUUUGGCCAAAAAAGGUGAGCAUCAGGUUUGAGUAAAUACGGUAUAUGAAGUUCUUUGGCUCUUCCCUCUGCCACAUUGGGGGCCCAUAAAGUAAAGUACAUUCACAGAUCCAAAGGGUUUAACAACACAGGCCUAGCACAGUUUCCAUUUUUUCUGUCAUGAGCCUUCAGGAACCUAGUGAGAGGACUUUGUGGUACAGGGUGAAUUCCAAGAUGGUUCCCAGGUGGGAGCCAUACUGCUGAUUCCCACUGAAUGAAUAGGUUCUGCCAUGAUAGAACUAUGACUCUAAAUGAUAUUACUGAAUAUCUUAUUUUGACUUCUUACUUCUUCUUCUUCAACUGUAGGCCAUUGCUAUGAUGCUUUCACUCUCCGACAAGGACUCUCUCCACUCUGCACCCCACAAUUCAUCCAAUGUGUGGCACAGUAUGGCAAGAGUUGCUGCAGAAUCCAGUGCCAUCCAGUCCAUUAGUCAUGUAUGA